AUUCCAGUUUCUGUCUUGACCUUAGUCCCGUUUCUCCACUGUGCGCCCACACCCAACCUGCACUGUGUCCUCCGUACAGUGAGGCUCCGCAGCCCUGCAGUGUCUGCGGGACAUCGUCUUCUCCUCUGCCUCUCUGCAGCCUCAGCGGCACUCCGGACCGGCCUGGACCUCCGCGGCACACCGGUGUAAACACCUCCCUGCUGCUGACUGCAGGCAUCAUCCAUGUACUGUCAAUGUGGAUAGUGGCUUAUUUACAGAGCAUCAUCUGACUGGAGGAGACAUCUGAGUGGCACCAUGAGCAGUACUGGUAAGACCUUAUUAUUGAACUGGGUCUGUGAAGAAUACCUACCACCAACAUAAUUUAGUUGCUCCUUUAGUACUUCUGCCGAUGAAUAAACAUGGUGUUUCUUCUCUUUCCCACAUUAAUGUAAAUUCUAUCCAGAUUUUGCCGCACUGUAACGUCCUUUUGUGUAAAACGUGCAUAAAAUGCGUAAAAAGCGUGGUAAAACAGAGAACUAUGAGUGUAUUUUUUCUUUAUUUUUAUUUUUUUGCUAAGACUGCAGAUGAAGUGUUUACCUGUAUGCAAAUAUGUGAUGCUACAGUAAACAUGAAGGCUGUCUGGUGUUUUGACACAGUUUCAAACGCAUCUCUAUGGUUCUUUAAGUCAUGUGGGCUAAUGAGACAGGAUGAAGAAACGCCCACAAAGGGAUUGGUGGCUAUGCAGUCACUCCUGCUUUAAAGACGCAUGGCUCUUGUGUGUGCAGCAGGCCCAGACUCUUGGUAGGCUGCUGUCACAUCUGGCUUUGUCCCUGAGGAGGAUCUGCGAAAUUUAACACAGAGCUGGUCUUAAUUUAAUGUCUGUUUGCUGUCAAGUCCUGCAGCAGCAGUGCUGUGCUGUUUGUUUUACAUUAUGCAAAUAAAUGAGAGGAAUGCAGCACGGGGCAAUGUUGAACAACUUGUUAAAAACUGGGACAAUCAGUCCUUAGUGUGUAAAAGCAAAUAAAUGGUGGUUUCGGGUAAAACUGCAGGGUCGUACUACUGGGGAGCAAUAAUCUUUUAUUGUAGGGUCUUUGCAGUUGCAUAUUUUUUGCACAGGACACUCACAUGGUUCUUUCAAGGACCUUUAGGGGACACCAAGUCGAGAAUGAGAGAAGAUAAUAGACCAUAUUUUUGAGGCGUAAGGAUAAGGAAAAAUAGGUUAAUCAUGGGAGAAAUCACAAGGUUUGUAACUCUGAGUUAGUAUCUGAGGUUGGGAACCCUUUACUAUUUCACUCUUUUAAAGGGUUAGUUGUUUUUUUUAGAGUGAGAUUGUAUGAGGUGCAUGUCAGCGGUAGGUGUAUGACAUACAGGGGAUGUCGUAAUGGCGGUAUAGGGGUCAAGUUUGACUCAUAAUUCAGCAAAGUUUUGGAAAAACUCAGACCAAAGCGCAACUCUUAGAGAGUGCGCUUUAUUUUGUAAAUGUCAACACUUGACUGUGCCAUCCACUCUUUUGUUUUUGCACUAUUUCCUUCACCUGCAGAUCAACUUAAAGACCAAGUCACCAGGAUGUUGAGCUAACAAGAACCUGUUAGGGCUUAGCAAACUAGUUUUCUUUUCAUUUUUGGGGGGCACAGCCUUAAGAUAUAAAGUUAAUCACAGUUAUCCUGCCAGUCUGAUGUGCCUGUAUGUCAGUGGUCUCUGGACUUUGACUGAAAGACUGUCCUCACUAUACACAUCAGUACAUAAGCAUAUGUCUGUAUUAGUUAGGGCUGGACGAUAAACUGAAAAUUUACCAAUACCGAAAUUUCUGACAGUAACCAACGUCAUUUUGGCCAUAGCAGUAUAUUUGGUGUCAAAAAAAUAAAUCAAUAAAAGUCGGUUUUGGAUGUGUGUAGGUGGGCUAUGAUCUCAUGUCCCUCAUCGGCUGAAGUAGACAAAGUUAAUGUGGGAGGGGGUGAGCAGCUUGUGGAUUAGUUAUCGUCCAUUUAUUGUUAUUGAGGUGAACUGCUUAAUAUAUCGUGAUAUUGAUCGCCCAGCCCUAAUAUAAGUGUUAAUUUCUGCAGUGAUUUUAGAUUUAGACCUAGUCUCAGUCUUAAGGCCAGAACGCUCAAGUGUCUCACCAUAGUUUUAGGCUCCUUAUAGCUUUAGAUUAGUUUUACAGACACCCUCUAUCAUCUUUUGCCAUGAGUCAAGUUCAGAUAUAAGUGGGAAAAGAGAUUCAAGCCCAUUAAUGAAUGCAGCUCUUGCAAAGAGAAAGCAUAGAUGACCCUGAUUUAAUGAGGAGACCUGUGGAUGCUCUGCUGGAGCUCUUAAUGAGAGAGCUGCAGUUCGUCUCCGAGAGCAGACGAGGAAAGUCAUCAACAGGCCUCUGUAAAGUGCAAACUAAAGCAACAAACAGCUUUUCCACUUCUUCUUUCUGAUGCCUUUUUUAAUGUUUGACCCUUGAACUUUUGAAGAAUGUUGGCUGGACGUGUGAGCAGACUUUCGCCUGAAAUUCAUCUCAGAUCUGUACCUGUGUGUGAUGACAGCUGGGCUCCACAUGCAGCAAUGAUAAACACUGUCAGGGUGUGUGUGAGAGAGCUGGUUGGGUUUCAGGGAGGCUAUAUCUGGCCAGAAUGUAAUUUUGACGAUCAUUUGGGUGUCAGACUUAGCAGAUGGAGCAUCUUUUGCAGCUGCGGUUCACAUGUAGAAAAUCACGUCUUUCUGCACUGGGAUGAUUGUUCAAUAAUAGGAGAUAGAGGCCCAGGAAAGAGCUGUACUUAGAGGCACUUUUGCAAUCUGUUUUGGUGAUUAAGUCUUUUUUUGUGUCUUUCUUUUUAAGGGGUUCAGAAAAGAGAGGCGCAGAAUCAGAAUUGGGGAUCUUUCCCACAAGGUUUGCAGAAAUGCAGGAUUUGUCUUCUCAUGGUGGUAAAAGUAAACAGUACUCUUCUGCUGAGAAAUUUCAAAAGCACAAAAUAAACCAUAAUGAUAUAAAAGAAUAUAUUAUAAAAAGAGCACAAUAUUUAUUUUUAUACCUAAGAAGAAAGAGCUGUGCAGUUUUUAUGCAUUACGCAGAUUUUACCAAGGGGAUGUGCAAAAGUUGACUGUGUGAAAAACAAAGAGAACUCCAUGUGUUCAUGAAAAACCUGGAAAAGAUUUCUGAAUAACUGCACAUAUGUAGACUGUAAAUAACUGACUUGAGUAGCAUUUGUCAAUGUUGCAUAAAUUCAGCAAAACUGAAGAAAUCCUGGAGCGCAUGGUCACUUCAGCAGUUUUAAAAAGGUGCCAACAUACUGACAUGUCCAACAACGCAUGAAUGCAAACAAGUUAAUAGGCAGUUAAUGAUUGGAUGUAUUAGACAUGUCAUCUGUGUUGGAUCUUGUCCUACAAUCUAUGCAAGGACACCAGAGUUGAUGAGUCCAUCACUAAAGAAGUUGUGUUCAUACCAGACAAGAAUGAAACUAUUUAAUUUGCACGAACUUGAAUGCCUGAAUGUUUUGAGUUUACUUGCUUUAUGUAUGAGGAUACCUGCUUUAUUUUAUGAGGAGGGGUUUCCUGUAUACCAUGCUGUAUUGGGUAGCUCAGGCAGUUGUGGACUAUCAUCAUCAGUUGGUGUUCAUUUUCCAAAUGAAUGAACCUCCAUUGUUGAUGAUUAAAGGGAUAUAUCCAUGCAGACUGACUAAUGAUGACCAAGGUGUCGCAUCAGGAUUUUGAUCGCACUAUCUGGGCUCUAAUUCACAUAACCACCUGUUCACUAUAAAUUAUCCACUCACCAUUAUAGUCCAUUAUCACCCCAGAUCAUCAUAGCACCACUACUAUUUCAGAGUCUUGUGGGAGUGAUCAGAUCAAAUCUGAGUGUUUCCUUAAUUUGGAUUCAUGCAGAUCUCAUUAGUGACAUUUGUUUUUGCAGGCGCCCAGAUGAGUGUGGUUGUUAAGUGCCACCACUGUUCAAUAGUGUUUAUCUAGUCAAAGCCGCAGGAGUGGUGCACUCAAGUUUAAAUAAACAAGAACAAGCUCAGUGUGAACACGCCCUCACAGAAAAUACAGCUGUAAAAUCAAUCUGCAUGUUUCUCUGCAUUCCUUUAAUUCCUAACAAUCAUCUUCAUGUUCUUUGUUUUAAUUAUCGUUUUGUUUGCUCUUUUUCUAAGCUGGUCAGUUUGGUUUGGCUUUAACUAUUUGAGACACAGCGGCUGAGCUGGAUGAUUGUAGAUCAGCUGUUUAUUCCUGCAGGGAUUACCACAUAAGGAGGGUCCUGAUCAAUACCUGGCUCUUUACUCUUUGUUUGGGUACAUCUCAGGUGAAUCUGCUGACUCCUCAGUAAUAUAAUCUACUAUAGAAAAUGCACCCAGAUAUGGAAAACCUUAAAAUAUCCUAAAAACAUCCCUCAUUACCCAAGGACGGCAGGUAAUACUGCUCUAUCACUGACUCUAUCAAGUCGGACUGGAUUUAAGCAGAAUUGUAAAGUACCGAUCCAUCUCUGAAAUGGAGGCUGAAUGCCAAAUAAUCAGCUGUUUCAUAGCUGACCAUCUUUGCCCUGCAGAGAAGGGUUUUAUAAGUUUUCCCUCACAUCACAGAUGUUCAUCCAGAGCAAAGACUGUGGUGAGAAAUGAUAACUGAAACUGUGUCUAUGUUCACAUUUCAAAGACACCAAAUCUGAUUCUUUGUCAGACUUGUUUCUUUUCAAGUAGCGGUACGGCGUUCUUCGAUAAAAGAAGCUUCUCAGUCAUGGCUCAAGAUGUGAAAAACUAUUAGGUUUGUAUUAUAAUCCUGAGUGCUUUCAACUGAUGUCAAGUAGUUGUAGCAGUAGGAGUGCGAGAAAAUCAUUGCCAUGUAGAUGCUCCAAAAUCCUGCAGCUUUAAAAAUUAUUACAUGCAGGGACUUAAUUUAAUGAUUAAAAAAUAAAGACAUCUUUUGCUCAAAAACACAAAAUUUGGCUCUGAUUACCCUUGAUGGCUGUGCUAUCGCAAAAUACUGCAACUCAUUCAGAUAUUUUCCUCAAACAUGUUGAGUUUCCUCAUUUUAAGUCACUCAGUAAUGAGUUCAGUAAUAUUGGAGUCCAUGGGGGGAGAGCUCACAGUAAUGGAUGCAGUUGCCAACAGCACCAAGCGUUGGGCAUCAUUUUCCCUGCUGUCUGCUCCAUUCAAAGGUCUCAUUUACAAGCAUAAGUCAUAAGUAUCCAAGGGGAAACAUGCUGACAAAGUUUGCAGCUCUGUGCAGUUUGCUCUUGCUCGUGGAGGAGUGCUGUUAGCAUCUCCAAUCUCAGCAGUAUGGAUGGAGUGGAAAUACUGUUUAUGAGUGUUAUGAAUGUGUUUUUCCUUGUUUAAUUUCACUUGUUAGUGUCUGCUUUAGUGAAUUCCUGUCUCUUUUUUAGAAAUGAACCCAUACCAGCUGAUUGAAAUGGUGGAAAUUUGAUGGUCUUUUUGUCUCUUCUGCACAACUGUAACAGGCUACAUUAGAUAUCAUCCCCUUCAUGGAAAACUGGCUGCAUCAUCUUCUUCCUCAGAGCUUCUUUGGCAUACAUCUGCGUCACUGUAAGACAACAACAACAAAUACUGGUGCCAGCUAUGACUCAGCAGCUUCUGGUGAAGCUUUUACCAGUGAGCGAUUACACCCACAAACACACACAGUUGUCAUUAAUUGUGGCAGUUGUGACACAGUUGCAGUCAGGCUGGUUCCCUUUGGAUCUAAAUCAUGUGUGACAGUGUGUCCCGUGUGGAGAUGUAGCUGAGUGCAGGAGUCUGUGUCGAAGUGUGCGUUCCUCCAGGGUGUGUGCACUAUGUCAGGUAUGAGGAUACGUGUGUUUACUCAGGCAGUUUGUAUAAAAUGUUUGUUAAGGUGGAGAAGAGAAAGGUCAGGUACUGGUGAGUCUGUGUGGAUUUGCAUGUUCUGGGCACUAAACAUGAGGAUGUUUUAGUGUCUGUUUACAUCAGUCACUCCACUCUAUCCACCAUUUCUCUCUACUCUCUAUUGUGUUGUAAGGUAUCACAUGCAGUAGGUUUUUAUCACUUAUAUGUAUAGAAUUGUAUUGGUCUUAGAGCCGGGCGAUGUGGCUUACAGCUAUUCAUCCCCAGAUGUGCAAAAACCAAGUCACUGCUGACAUACUCCUCAUAUACUUGUCUGAAGCCUAGGGCUGGGCAAUAUGGCCUCAAAUCAAUAUCACGAUAUAUUGAGCAGUUCACCUCGAUAACAAUAAAUGGACGAUAACUACUCCAUAAGCUGCUCACCCCCUCCCACAUUUACUUCAGCCACCGCUCCAGCCACUACAACUUUUGAACCGUCCUCCCUCUCUUCACCUGUCUUUCCCUCUUUGUUACAGACUGGAUGGGGUGGAGUCACGUCUCCAAUGUAGGACAGCGUCUUAAAGGGACAUCAGACCAUAGCCCACCGACACACAUCCAAAACCAACUUUUAUUUACUUAUUUUUUUGACACCGAAUAUCUUGACAUGGGCGAAAUGACAUCGGGUAUUGACGUAAAUUUCGGUAUCGGUAAAUUUUCAGUUUAUCCCCCAGCCCUACUUGGUCUCAUCGUAUCAUAUCACAUCUUAUCUUUUCAUAUUUUAUCAUAGUGUGUUGUGUUGUAUCCCCAAGCAUUGUAUUGGGUUGUAUCAUAUUGUGCUGUAUCUUAUUAGUUGGUUACCCUUUACAUCGGAUUGUUUCCUCUCAUUUCGUAUCCUCCCAUUGUACUGCAUUGUGUUCUAUCGUCUCAUAUCAUAUUGUCUCAGAUUUUGUCAUGUCCUGUUGUGUUUCAUCGCAUCAUAUUGAAUUGUAAAGCAUCAUGUUGCAUCACAUCAUGUAAUAUAUUUUACUGUUGCAGAUCCUUUGAUAUUAUACCAUAUUGGACUGUAUCAUAUUGUGUUGUACUGUUUCGUAUUACGUAAUAGGUGGCUCAGCUAUUUUUACUUAAUUGCAUCUUUGCCACAGUGUCAACACAACAGGUAGUAGUAAAACCUGAUGUCUCUCUACAGAUUGAUUUGAUGUGACGUGUGAGCAGAUCAUCUCUUGUUUUUCUUUCGCUUUUGAGCAUCAAAUACUUUUGUUCAGGGUGUUUCGACCAAUCAGGAUCGGGUAUUCUGACUGGUGUUUUUGGUUCAGAUCACUGUCUGCUGAGCCUGAAGACAGUUUGGAGUGGAGGCAAGGAUAUCAAAGUGGGCUUUGCUGGACAUAUUUAAUCUUUAACACUGUUGUUAAAUAAGACCAAAGGAUGUCAAGUUAUUGAUCAAUCAAAUAAUGGGGUUGACAACUCCAUUAAUAAUUUAGUUUUUGGUCCAGGAUUUUCAGUGGAUUUUUUUUCAUUUCUUUAAGCUGCAGUUCUUAUAAUUCUGCCCUGAAGCUGUCGAAAACAGAGGGGUCUCUGUUAGUAUUUCUAACAGUAAACUUCCAUAACCCCCUGCUCUCUGUGUGUUCUCUGUACUUAAUUACAUAAUGCUUUUUCACACUUUCUCUGGCUGUUGAAGUCAUGCCCUCACUGCUGCAGCGUCUGAAUGAAAUAACAGUGCAGAAGAGUGUUGGGCAGAUCCAGGCUGCAGUCAGGCUGACACCACAGCUCUUCUUACUGGGAUAAAUACUGGCUGAUCUCACCAGUGCUAAGCCUCUGCACUGGGACUGCACAGACACACACACACUCACACAGCAGUAAUUAAGCCCACAAUGUGGUGGGGGCUUGUGACAUUUCCCUGCUGCCUGUGAUGCUACAUGGGCCUUUGAUGGGGAGAAGAAUGGCAGUUUGUUCGUCCUCUUUGACUGCACGGACUGAGGAGUUUGUCCGCAUCACAGUUUGGGACGAGCAGAGUUUACUUUUCAGAUUUUAAUCUUGUCAAAGCUUGUUGAAUGCCACGAUGGUUGAAAUGCUGGUUUGCUGAGUUGUUGGUGCGAUGUGACGGUUCUCUUUCAGGCUUGCAGAAGUAUGUACUGCUGAGCUUAUGGCUUUAUUUAAGAGCUCAGCUUAAAUAUUGUUUGCAGUUUACACUGUCAGCCUGUUUAAAACAAACACAGAAAAACAUAUGAAAGGCUACAACACUGAUCUCUUUCAAUCUCUAAAAAAAGUGGCAGCCCUAAUGCGUACAUGAAAAGCCAAGGCAGGGAGAACAUCAGCAAAGACCCCCAGGGCAAAGGAUAUUUUAGGAAUCAGUUGCAAUGGAUAAUAGUCGCACAAAUUUUGAAACAGAUCCACAGCAACUAUUUUCAAACACACCAGAAGUCCAAAAAACACAAAAAAGCAACAAUGAGCUGUAUCUCAUAUUCUGCAGGGUAAAACCCCUUGUUUUGUGCAAGGAGUUUGGUGGCGUUUAAGAGUGUAACAUCAUAGCUGCUUGUGUUUAAAAAGUCAUUUAAGAGGUCUAUUUCUGUAGUUACUUAAAAGCAUUUUAGACCCAAAAACAAGCCUUUUAGUGGACCGACUUUGAGAAUUUUGUUGCAACCAAUACUGCAAUUUAUGAAGCUGCCAAUGAAUCAGUUGCUAAUGCUCCUAAUUAGGUAAAAAUCACAGCUAAUGAUCAAAAUGACAGAAAUUUACCCUUUUUAUACCAAUUUCUUAUUUUCAUUUAUAGGAGCCAAGAGAAAGAAAAGUGUGUGCAUGUUAGGGCUGGGCGAUAUGGCCUCAAAUCAGUAUCACAAUAUAUUGAUCAGUUCACCUCGAAAAAGAUAAAUGGAUGAUAACUGCUCCACAAGCUGCUCACCCCCUCCCACAUUUACUUCAGCCGCCACUCCAGCCGCUACAACUUUUGAACCGUCCUCCAUCUCCUCAUCUGUCUUUCCUUCUUUGUUAUGGACUGGAUAGGGUGGAGUCACGUCUCCAACGUAGGACAGCAUCUUAAAGGGACAUAAGACCAUAGCCUACCUACACACAUCCAAAAACAACUUUUAUCUAUUUGUUGUUUUUGACACAGAAUAUAUUGACAUGGGCAAAAUGACAUUGGUUAUUGUCGUGAAUUUCGAUAUCAGUAAAUUUUUGGUUUAUCGCCCAGCCCUAGAGCAUGUUUAUGUGUAUUUCAGUCCAACCUAAAAUUGAAUGAAGGGAAACUGCAUUACCUCAUCAAAAAGGAAAGGAAAUCUUAAUGUGUGUGAAUAAUAAGUGAUGUACAGGAAGAGUUGUCCUCACAGAUGUAAAAUACUCUAAAAUCAAAAUGAAGCGAGCACCCUCCGGCUGUCCGCCUGCAGACCUGCCACCAUGUCUUCACUGGGACAUGCUUUAUUCAUGCCUCACAGCUCCUGCAUGCAGCGCAGAGUAUUAAUUGAGUUCUCGCUGUUGAACAUGCUGAGUGUGUGACAUUUAGGUGUGUCAGCAGCCGUCAAGGUCAGCCAUGCAUUUUACAGCAAGCUGUAAUAUACAGUAUACAGAGUAAUGUUACAGGCUGGAUUCAAGCAGCUGCAUCAAAUCUCUGCAACCAUGUAGAUUAAUUUACUGAAGGGGAAUAAACAUGCAUUUCUUUAUUGGGUUAGAUUAUAACAUAUGUUGUUUUUGUCAAGUCAUUCAUCCUGGUUUUAUGUGGAAAUAAUUCAGAUGAUUAGUUUAAGUAAAUAUUUGGAAACCCGGUCUUUCUGGGACUGUAUAACUAACUUCCUGUUUGUUAUGCAUGCAAUGGUAAACACAUUCGUUUUAUGAUGAAGGAACUGUUCUCCACAAGGCUCCCUGCAGAAAACACGAGAUCUUGAGUGAAUUCAAAGGAGUGAUUUUCCUCUAGAGUUUGGUCUAGUCACAGCUACAACUGUUUCAGCCUACUUUUUAUGUAAUAGAUGGAAAGAACCAACACAAAAAGUCUCAGUCCUACACUGCAACUCUGAAUAAAUACUGAUAUCGUAUUUAAGAUGAACUCUGGAGUAUUUUUAAAGAUGGUUUUUAAGCAAUAAAGGGGCAGUUGGGUGUAGCAGUUAGGGGCAGAUAAAUAGAAAAGAAAGCAAACAAAGGUGGUUUCUUAGAUAAAAGUUGGCUAUUGUGAGUUUGAAGAGGGAGCUAACGUGCAUUUCCUCACAUUGUAUAAAAGUGAAGCCGAAAUAACUCCAAGAACAAUUGCUGACAUUGAGCAUUAAUAGUCUGAGCAGAGGGGGCUGGGCUAAUGGUUCUGCAGUGUUGAUGUCCUGAAAACACACUUUUAACUCAGAGAUGAAGCCUCAUAGAUCCCUCAGACCGUCUUUAGCAGAACCGUUUCUGGAGCAGACACUUAUGGUUACUGGAAGUUAGUGAUUGUUUAUCUAAUACUCUGAUGAUCAACUGCACCGAGGAUGCAACUAUCCUAGCAGCGUGAUUAGUGUUGGAAUAAUAAUCAUGGUUUCCAGGUUAUCAAGAUUAUUAUGCAUGCAUUCAAGUCAUGACUUUGAUUUGAAUUUCACUCAUCAAAACCCUUGAGAAGACUUUACUGCACCCCGGGUGUCACUUUGUUUACAUUCUGUGCAGGUUGAAUGAGUCUAAUGGACCAACACCUUUUUGUGGAUGAAAACAGAAACACUUUAUAACCCGACAUUUGAAAGUCUGAUUGAUAAAGAAAAUCGUUUAGUGCUGCAUCUCUAUGGUGCAGAGUUUCAGGAGCCCCAUUGGUCGACAGGGCUGUCAGUCAUAGCUCGUUUUAGAGCAUCAAAUAGUAAAAUGAAACUUAACGUUUCAGAAAUAAAAACACACUGACAUCAAACAGCAUGAUAAGUACUAAAAUAAAAGCAGAAACCACAUUUCAGGAAAGCGUAUCAGAUAUGUUAUUAGAUUUUGUAGUUUGGCUCAUGUCUCGCCUGUUUACAAAGAGGAGGCAGAUUUUAAAUCCUUUACUGUAGUCACGAAGUUUAAAGAGAUCUUGAUGUUUUGGCUUUACUUUUGGCGAGCUGUCAUGUCUGUUAAUUUAAUAUACAAACUAAUAGUCACAACCCUUAACCCUUAUUAUGUAGAUUUAUGUGCCUGUGCAUGCACCAAAUGUGAUUUUUAAUCAGUAAAAAGGUAAAAUACACUCUUUUUUGAUACAUGAAACUCUAAAAAAUCAACUUUUUAUCUACCUUAAAAGUUCCAAUAAUAAACUGUAUGGCUCCCCUCAAAAGCUGGAAAGAGGAUGUACUUUUGUGUUUGACAGAUGUUUCGUGAGGACACCAGACUUGAAACCUGUACAAUCCCACUCAAACAUGGAUGUCUCGUCUGUCUCAAUUAUCUCUAAUCACAGAAAAUCACUGACAUGGUUUAAACCCAUUAUAGAGGCAACGUGACUGUUUGUUCAGGUGUCCGCAUGAGCUGAACUCUGGUGGAUGUUUAACCACCACCCAAAACAUCCUCAGUCCUUCUUUAUCGUCGGUUUAUAGAGUAAAGGAAGCUUCAAAAAGUUGGUUAAAUGGUGGGUACCAGGAUUUUUUCUGCUUCUCCUUCAUUAUCCUGUUUUUUCUUAAGUUUGUCUCCUCUGACUGCCUCGUCUGUUACCUCUAGUACCAGCUUUACUGUACACUUACACUGUUUCAGAGCUUUGAGCGCAGCUUUCUUCAUCUCCUCUGGAUGUGACCUAGAUACAUCUUUAUACAGAACUUUGCAGACUCUCACAUAUGCACGAUAUAGAGAAACAAUGACUUACUCAGAUCACCAAGCUCCUCAUUUGACAGAUUUAUAAAUAACUCACAGUGCUCCCUUUACUAAUAGAUCAAAUGAAUCUAUUCUCUCCCUCGGGGCGCUGCGUGAACUCAGCUGACAAAAACCUGAGCAGUCACAAUUUGUGUUUGAUCUGACAGAUACUAAAACCUCUGGCAGUAUUUCUCAGUAUUGCUAAAAGUAAGAACUCUCAGCUGCAGUGUAGAAGAGGUGCAACAGAGGCGGUUGUCUGGUACAAUUAAAAUCUGACUUAAGAUGAUAGAAUGGAGUUUAGGUCUUUUAUUUUAAGACAAUUACCCCGCAAAAUCGCACAUUAAGAAAUAGUGAGAGAUAAGAGUCACGAGCAGACCAAAACAUCAAUUACAGUAUAUUGGAUAGAAAUGUGGGACAGUAUGGAACAUUAUCUCCUAGGGGUGGGAGAAAAAACAGAUACAGCAUAGUCAAGUAUCGCGAUAAUAUCAAAUUGUGGCCCAAGUACCAUGAUAAUAUCAUAUUGUGGGGCCACUGGUGAUUCCCACCCCUGUUAUCUCCUAUGCUAGUUGUCACCAGAGUUACUGGUUUGUUUAAGCUUGUUCUUAGUAGAUUUGUUACUGUAGGCCUGCUCUAAUACUGUGUCUAAGCUGUAGUUCAGCCUUCUGCCACUAGUUGUUGAUAUACUCAGUGAAUGGCUGCUGCUAUAAUGCUCUACUAUCUGGAUGUAAACAAACACAGAUGAUGGAUGGCAUCUCCGAGCAUAUUAUGGUUUGUUGGUGUUUUGAUCCAGAAAAUGGAGAUUAAGUUGAAUGUGGGCUAUUUCUGAUUAAUUUGGAGAAACUAGCAUGAAAAUGUGGGUGUUAACAUUUAAGGAGGAGUGAAGGCUGGAGCUGAAGGGCUUCACAAAAAGAUUACAACAAAUGAACAAACAAAGAGAAAAUAGAAAACUGAAAGAAACAAGUUUUAAAUUUAAAUGUCCAUUUAAAGGACAGGAAAAUGAGGUGCUAUUGAUUUUCUUACUCAAACCUUGAUCACUGUCAUAUUUGAGGAUUUAUCAGAAAGGAAAAGGGAAAAGUUUCCUGCUUUAAAAACAUGAGAAAAUAUAAAAAAGACAAUAGUAAAAUUUUAUUUGAGGAGCUGGAAGUUUGAUAUUUUUGCUCGAAAAUAGAAACAUGUGACCCAAAAUAAAUUUUAAUAUCAAUAGUAUGAUCUACUCUGGUGCUUCAGCUCACCUGUACAUGCUGAAUCCGAAAAUAAAGUUUGAAAUGACCGGAUUUAACUUUCCUGUUUAGUAAUUGGAUGUAAAAGCUUCCAGGUCCCUCUGUUAUGUUGUGGCAGUGCAAUAAAUGAUUUAGUUUAUUUGAAAUCCGGGGCCUACACACGAGGACUGUUUUCAGGUGCAUCAUGGGAACGCGUGCAGCUGACUUCAGGGCUAACUGUGCACUUAAAACCUGGAUCGGAUUCCUGCUAUGUGGAGAGAAGAGGGAUCGAUCAGCUUUAUUUAAUUAUUCAUUAGUUCACUCUCUCUUGAUCGUGUAUGUGUGUGUGUGUGUGUUGUAAUGUGAUUGAUUGUUCUCGUAGACUGGGUUGUCUGCAGAUGCUGGUCGAAGUAAAGCUUUUAACAGUUUUGCUCCUUCUCUGCAACAACAUUCUUCUUCCUCUUUCUCUUCCUUGUACCCUUAUUUCCUCUCCUUCUUUCCUUUUCUUCCCUUCCUACUGUGUGUUUUUUUUGUCAUUCCUUGAGUCUCUUGUAGCCUCCGCACAUCCCCGGCGUAAAUGAACCAAUUAACCAGAUUAACACACCAAAUCAGUGCAUGUGCCGUGUGUUGAAGGAGGUUUAAAGAAGGAGCCUAAAUGUGGGUCACAUCAGUAUUUCUCUUUGUUGUUAAUGCUCUUCUGAGGACUGGAGGAAAAUGUUGUGUAGACUCAGAUUAGCUUCAUGUUGCGUCUCCCUGAGGAUCACUAAUCCUGAACAUGAGCUUUAGUGGAGCUCCUGCCUCGCUGUGUGAAUACAGUGUGUGUUUGUGUACACUCAUGAGGACCAGAGAGACUGAUAAGAUGCUAUUUUAGGAUGAUAUAUCUUCAGUUUACAUUCAGGGUGGAAACAAUAGUAGGGUUUCUUUUGUUUUUUUUUUUGAGAGAGAAAGGGUGGCGUUGUUUUUCCUCCCAUUCUAUAUGCCAAAAAAUUGCAUGCUGUAUUACGUGCUGCAUGACUGCGAGGUGUUCCCCCUCUUUUGUGCAUAAUCACCUUCAUGCACAGCCACAACAAAGCCUUGUUUAACUGGGGGCCAGGAGAGAAUAAUAACAGGGAGCUAAGAUGCAGCUCAUUUUUCAUAUGACUUGAAUUACAUUACGAGCCGAAGUAAAAACAAGACACAAAAAAAAUUGUUUACAGAAGAGGAUAAGGGCCCCAUGAAGACAAAAAAAUAAUCACAGGAAGGAGAUUAAAGUUGAAAUUUCAAUAUUAAAAGUCAAAAUUUCAAGAUAACAAAAUGUUGAAAUGUCAUGAAUAAUUUCAAGAUAAAAAAAAUAAAAUUUCAAGACCAAAGUUGAAAUUUUGAGAUUAAAGUUGAUAUGAAUACAGUUGAAAUUUAGACUUUUUUCAUUUCAAUUUUAAUCUCGAAAUGGAAAUUAAAAAGAUCUCCCUCCUGAAAUUAUUUUUUUCUCUUCUUGUGGCUCUAAUCCUCUUUCCUAAGUGUUUCUUUUUGCAACAUUAUGGAUGUUCUUAUUUUAAAAAACAAGAUUCUUACUUUGCAAGAAAUUGCAAUGUGAUUUUGAGGUAAAAAAAAAAAACAGCUCAUCACGCACAAAAUUUGGUAAAAAGCCACUUUUUAAUUAGUAAAAAUGGUGCAGUCAGCAUGGAAUUACCAAAACAUGCAAAAUCAAGCCAUUUGUGCAAGGGAUAACAGUUGAAUUAUUUUCAUUAUGUCUUCAGUUACUUAGAAAUGGUUUUCUUUUUUCCUUUUGUCUCUUUUCACUUACCUUGACAUGUUUCGGCUGAAACUUCCGCCUUCCUCAGAAGUGUCACUUGAUGGUAGGUGUGACACGUCAUAUCAGCUGGUGUUGAUAUGCCAAAACAUGUCAAGGUAUGUGAAAAAGAUUCCAUGUCUGAGAUAAAAGAAAAAAGAAAUCCAUUUCUAAGGGAUAACAGAGUUCCUGUAUUGUUGCACUGCUAAAAUCUGUGCAUGUGCAGUCAUGAUUAAUUUGCACACAGAGUUGAUGAAUUCUCUCUUUGAGGGUAUAUUUUCAGACCUUCACUGAGAGGAUUAGACAGUGGCAUAGAGGAGAGAGAGGGAGAUGACAAGACAAAGAGCCAAGGGCUGGAGCUGAACCCAGACUGUGGGGACUAAAGCCUCUGUACAUUUUACCGCUGAGCUGAACCCAAACCCAUUGUUAGGGAAAUCAGACACAGUGUUGUGACUUUGAUCCAGACGUUUGUCUCUGCAGUUGUAUGUUCCUGUAUCUAAACCAGAUAUUCAGUGAAGAGUUAAAAGUCCUCCAGUUAAUACACAAGGCCAGAUUUUUCUGCAUCUUUACUGAAGUUUGGUCCAUUUUUACUGAUAAAACUGCAGUGUAAUAAGUUAAGGACCUUAGAAAGUUUCAAAGAGUCAUUUCAGGUCAAAUUCAGUUAUUUCAGUGAGCUAAUUCAUUCUUCAUACUUGGCACUCAUCCAUGUCCCCUCCUUCAGUGGUUGCCCAUGGUUACAGCCUCAUCCUCCCUCCUCCUCCCUUAGACGAGGACCUGAGAUGACAGUGUGUGUGUGUGUGUGUGUGUUUGUAUUAGAGUGUGAGUUAUCUCCCGUCUAUAAUCUGGAGGGUGUUUCCUCAUGUUUACACCCACAACAACCCACAACGGCUCACAGACACACACUCAGACACCACAAACAGCAGCUUUACAACACUGCAGCUUUAAUUUGACUUCUAGAUGUUUUAUCUAAGGAGCUAAAUAACCCUGAUGUAUGACUGCACCCACUCUCCCUCCCUUUCUCCAUUGGUCACACACAUUGAUCUGCACACACACAGACCACCCAGCAUACUAUGAUGCAAUCUCAGAAAUGGGGAAAAUAAAUGUCCUGAGCUCUAUUUCAUCUUCAUCUUAUUUCUCAGUUUCUCCCCCAAAUUUAGACAAAAUAUGCUUCACUUAGAGUGUUUAGAUAAUGAAAUUUUACUUGUUUUCUGUUAAGAGGAGCAUGGUGCAGAUUGUUUGGAUUGCAUCUGGAGGCGGUAAGAUUGCAAAUUGAAUUUUUAUAAUGAUCAAGGGCUUGGCAGCUUUCUGCUGGAAAUCUUAAAGUUUGUUAGACACCAAUAGUAGAGAAAAUUUGCACAAAAUAGCCUAAACAUAAUCCUUAAAGGUGAUCUUAACAGUCUAAAGAGUCUAUGGGUUCUUUAAAGGUACAGUGUGCAAUGUUUGAGUGGUGAGAAGUCACCUGAAUAUUAAAAAUGAUCUUGUUUUGUUGACUUAUAAUGAACAUGAACACCAAAAUCAGAGCAGUCACCUUGCCAAGAAGGUUGCCAGUUUGUACUGUCAUAUUUCUACAAUGACACACCAUGGACAAACUUGUAACAGCUGUAAACAUUUAAGAAGAAGAGUGUGAUUGUUCGGUGCAAAAAUAUUCUGUAUAUAGAUGUUUUUGGUGGUAGUAGAAGUUCUCAUGCAUCACAGGCGCUUGAGUCAAGUUACGUAAACAGUAAAGAUCAAAGGUCCUGUGAGGAACCAUUGCUGGUUUCUGAAAUAGUUUGCUGUUUGAUCCAGCGGGAGGAGCUCACACCGUAACCUGACCAUUGAAUAAUGACAGUGAUCACUGUUUUUGCCCAGAAGUGCAGUAAUAAAGGAACUGUACACAUUUUUAGGUCAGGUAUUCAUUCCCUUUCAAGCCUCCUUCACAGAGGUUUGAGUUAAAGAACUGUCUACUUGCUGUUUUAUGUUUUAACACUCUCUCUCACACGAUCCCACCCCUGGCUUGAUGUCCAGUUUUUAACCCGGCUUUAUGACCAGCAGAUGGACUUGGGAUUGGGGUCGAUGGUGUAUUGCAGAGUCACUCACACAUGUUCGUACACACUUUCAGAGAUUGAGAUAGAGACCCUCAUCUCUGCCUCACUGAUCCCUCAGUGGUCUUUCAGGACCCUGUGUUAUCCAUUACCCAGCCCACCAGUGUUCCCAGCACUGAUAUGGUCACCUGAGCCUUUGAAGUGAAGCUCUUUAUGAUAGUCUGCCUCGCUUCAGAGCUGCAGGGCCAGUCAUGCAUUAACCCCCUGUAUAAUGACCCUGAGGUUUCGUAUUAGAGUGAAGAGGGGGUUUGAUUAAGUCCUGGAUGUUUCUGAAGACGGGACCUGGUUGGUGAUGGAAACUUGGCAAGUGGUGGGUAGUAUUGAUAAGCCAAAAGAUCCAGAGAAGGUAGAUCAUUUCUUUCCCUUCUCCCUUUAUCUUUAUCUGGUGUUGAGAUGAAGAGGAUUUAGACUAUCUGUCUUAACUUAUCUGAUCAUCUGAAGGGUCAUAUUUUUGCUUUAUCCAGUGUUGCUGGGACAAGACACUCAACUUGAUAAAUACAUGGAAAUGUAAUAAAGAUGCCUUCUUAUCUUGGUUUCUGCUUGUCACUUUAAGUGUCUCAAACCUUGAUGGAGUGCUUAUUUCUUCUUCUUAACAGGCUUUCUUCACUCCAAAAAAAUAACUGUAUAGAUAAAUCAAGAUUAGGAGCAGAAUUAUCUGAUAGUAGUUUAUAUAGCAGUAAAGCUCCUCUUAGUCCUCCUGGUGGAAAACACUGAUUUGAAUAUAGCAACAGAACAGGAGCAUGUACAACAUUCACAAAAUUUAGGAUAAUGUUCUCAGAGAUGACCAAUCGUGCUUACGGUUUUUGUCCGAACUUGUAAUGAGCUGUUCAAAUGCAAAAUCUACAGUUUACCAGCAGAAGGAGCUCUUACCAUUACCUGACCAUUUAACGACACUCUUAAAGGGAUAUUUCGGCAUUAAAUUAAGUUAGAGUCAAACACACCGUAACACAGUUAGACACCCCUGCAAGAGAUCAAUGUUGCAGACUGCUUUCUUCUGUAGAUAUACCAACUUUAGUAACAAUCGUUUGUUUGUGGGGACGCCCUGACAAGUCAAUCACCGAGUGCAGCGGAGUUUCGCAGCUCAAGGAAGAACAUUUAUGAUUAUUACCUCAUGGAUUUGCAUGGGGGUGGGGUGAGUCUAACUCGAUGUUAUGGUGUGUUUGACCCUAACUUAAUUUUAUGCCUGAAUAUCCCUUUAAACGGAGAUGCUUUGCUUAACAAAAAAUAAAUAAAAAUACUAACUAAACAAUUGAGUUUCCCUGUCCUUCAGUUCAGCGUUCAGAGCUGCCCCUGUAAGGACCUGUUGAGGAAACACCAGGUUUUGGCUGAGAGAAAAUGCUGAUUCAUAAUGAGAUAUUAUAACCAGUUUUUGUUCAGAACAGAGCUCUGAUUCACUGGUUGUUUAAAAAUACCUCUCAUGAUUCAGGCUUUCAUAUUAGCUGCUCUGUGCACAAGAGAGAGUUUGUCUCUGUGCAAAAAUAAAGAUUUAGCUCAGAGCUAAAAUCUUUUGAGAGGUUGCUGCCUCUCAAAUGUGUGAAAUCAAACUAGCUGUUAGAUUGUGUUAAAAUGUGGGAGAAAGGUCAAGAUGCUGCAGGAUAAUAAAUCAUUGAAAGCACCUGAUUGGAGGAAAUGCACGCUCUGUCCUUCUCUCCCCUGUCUACCCUUCCCACUUGAGGAAGCAUAUAAAGCAUGUGCAGGAUGACGGAUUGAGCUGACAACAAAAUCCUGCGGUGUGCACAAAUCUGCACAAACCUCCACUCUACAGCCAAAGAAAGAAGGAAAGGGAGGGAAUCUUGUUCACUCUGCAACUGUGAAGAUGUUUCCUGCUUCUUUAAACUCGAGGAGAUAUCCGUCUUUUAGCCUUUUUACUUUGCCAAAGCUGAAAUAGAUGCUGUAAGCUGAGCUGUGGUUCGUUCUCUGCUUUUAUUUCAGUGUCAUGCAGGACUUUCUCCUCUCAGGAUGGUUAAGUAAAGUUAUUGCCGUAUUAUUGCUAAGUUAAAUCCAGAUUAUGAUUGACUGCACUCAGCUGGGGAAAGCAGCUGAGUCAUUGCCUUUCAUGAGACUGGUAGUUUUUAUUUCAUAUGUGCCAAAAAGCUGCCACAGUCUCCUGUAACCAAAGCCUGAAGUGUCAGUGUAUUCUCAUUUUUGGCAUUUUGGUCCUCUCAAAUGUCGCCUAAGCUGCUGUGAAUCUAUUGUUGCUUCAUCAUUUUGGCUGAACUGGAGGCAGCGGGGCUCUGGGUCUGCUGUGGAUGCCGCUUGGCAGCUCUGGCGUUGGAUGAUUUGCAAUGCAGAUCUUGUGUCUUUCUUUCACACACACACACACAAACAGGAGCGGUGCCUGCUGCUGAGUCACAUGGCAGGGUCCUCCACCGUGCACGCCGUUCCCCCUGCAGCUUCCUACCAUUUACUGAGCACUUCCUUUGGUUUGUGUUCCAGCGAUGAUCCGUCACAGCUUCAGAAGACAGGGAGAGAAAAGGAAAUGAGGGCCUGUGAGGAAGAUGGGGACAGUGUCAGAGAUGAAACGAGGCCAUGCCCGCCGCCCGGUCCUCUGGUACAUCCUGUCUGCUAUUUUUGGUCAUUUUUUAAUAACCUCCUCUACGGCUCCUGCUGGUCUGGCCUGACUGGGUAGAUAACAUUCACCUCUCAAAGCAGCUCAUGCUGGGCCUGCCCUCCAUCCAGCAGGGUUCAGGUGACAUCCUUUGUUUAUGAGCCAAACCUGGAAGCUGUAAAAACUGAAUUAUGUCAAUAUUAGUGGUUACACAGCAGCGUUUCUUCAAAGCUGUACUUAUGCUACAACAGGACUUGAAAAAGCAAAACUAUGUGUACACUAGUAGUCUGCGCUGGAAUUUCAGAAAAACCCAAAACCAGAGACUUACAAAAAACCUACAGUCCCUUUUCUCAGUAGAAACCUCUGGGGUAGUAUUACACUAGCAAUCUUUACAUUACAAUAAACAGAAUAAAUGCCAGAUCGGAAAAAUAAAAAAUGUUGUGUAAACAUGUUGAUCGGAAGAUUCAGAUCUAGUUCUGCUCAAUCGAAAAGAAAUUGUAUUCCGAUUGAGAGUGGUGGUUUAUGGCGAUCAUUAUUCCGUAACACGUCCAUGUAAACACUUACUACGAUCGUGAUUCUCUAACUUGACUCGAUCUUCACUCUCUAGACUUUGGCUAAUUUUCUGAGGGCAGUGCAGGAGGUUUCAUUAUUAAUACUCUGGCAUAAAACACAACCACAGGUGCCGUGUCUGCUCCUCCAAUACCAUAACAAGAUGUACAUACAGUCUAAUGAUGUCACAUCUGCACGCAAAGUGCAACAUUUGACAGGACAGUAAUAUAAGUAAGCAAGGGCACCAUCUAGUGACAUCAUUUAACAGGGGGAACAUCCUGAAUUGGAUGGAAUGAGCCACUACCGCGUUUGUUGGUUUGUUGACAGCACAGGCGUAAAUACAACUCUUUUUCUGCCAUUGUUUUAGUAAAAUCAGACAACUCAGCGCACGUCAAAAUGCUUCUAAUCUGAAUAAAACUUGGUGCAUGGAUCGCACGUCAUGAUCGGUUCAUUAGAUUUUGCACCCAUAUAAACAGUGGAUUCAGAUUUUCCGAUCCCUCAAAUUUUUAAUCAAGAAAUUUUGCACAUGUAAACAUGGCUAGUGUCUGCAGGUUACUUCUUCCACAAAAAUAAAGUGUGAAUGAGUAUCAUUCAAGCUUUACUUUUGCAGACAGCAAACAUUAGAUUACAUAAUUUUACGGCUUUUUGACUUUCACUUAGACUGUUAAUUCACUGAGGUCGAGGUUGCCAUUCAAUGGUCAGGUAAUGGCAAGAGCACCUUCUGCUGGAUCAAACAGCAAGCUACUUGAGUUCUGAAUCUUGUAAUUUGGAUUCCAAUGACUCAUUACGAUUUAAAUAGGAAUUUUUCGCCCAAGUAAUCACUCAAAAUACAGAAAAAAGUGACAGCUAUAUCUACAGGAAGAAAUGGAAACCCCCAAAAGACUGCUGAUGUGCAUAUUAGACAGAUUAUAAUCCAAAAAAUGAAAGUAGUUGUAGAGUAAAAGUGCUGAAAUCAUGAGGGUUUAAUGGUUUCUGGACACUUAAGAUUGCACCUUAUUUACUCAAUUUCAACUAUCAGUUUACAAAGUGCAUUACAGCAGCAGACCUGUUACUCUACAGCAAUUAUGACACAAAAUUUAGCAGCACAGUUUGGUCUUUUUUGGUGUCUGAUGGUGAAGACGAACUGCAGACAUCUCCACUCUCACUCUCAGGAUUACAAGAGCAGACUUCCUAUCAGUGAAAGGAAAACUAUAAAAGAUGUCCUCAUUGUUUAUAACAAAGCUUUCCUCUAAAAUAAGUCAGCAUGAGUAGUUUGUUCCGAUUACGCACACACUUAAGGUCCAUUUGCAUAAACAUUCUAGAUCAUCUCUACAACAUGUAUGCGGAGUGUGUGUGUGUGUGUGUGUGUGUGAGAGAGAGAGAGAGCUGGGUUUGACUUCAAAUGACCUCAGAGUUGCUAAACUAAAGCGGUCAGGAAGUUUGGGAUAAACCCCCUGGAGCAAGGAGACCAUUUGUGCCUUUUAUUGAAGGUGCAAAUAAAAUCAGUGACCUAUACUUAAAUGUGGGUACAUCUUCUUCAUAGUCCAUGACCGCUCCUGAAACUCCAACAUGCUAGUGGCAAUGUUAACCCACAAUGGUAAUAGCUUAAAUACAUGAUUUAAAUGAAAGAAAAAGAACACAUGAUGAGUAUAUAACAUUAUAGUGUAGAUCUCUGGAUAUUUUAACAUUAAUAAAGGAGUGAUUUGUAGUGUAUUUGGUCCCCAAACCUCACAGCAAUUAACCAAAAAUUUGGCCCUUCUACUAAUAGAGUUGAAAAGCCUAGGAUUUGUUUAUCAGGAUGUCUACUGAGGGGACCAUGAAUAUUCACAUUUCACACCUUAACACCAAGUUAAAACAUCACUUUUGAUUAGUAAGAGCUUUACCCAGCUGGUCACCCUCAGUCAGCUGUAACAGGUUAUCAUCGUCAGUAAGAUUCAUCCUCUGAGAACCACGAAUGUCUGCAUAAAAAUCCAUCUCAAUCCUUCCAUUGAACUGCUAACCUUAAAUAUGAAGGUGGAUGUUGAUUUUACUCGAUAUACCAAAUAAAACUUGGUACUUCUGGGACCAUGAAUAUUGAUUUAAGUUUGACAGAACAACCAGCAUUGCAAUCUUCAAACUCAGUGACAUUUACACCAAUCCACCGUAGAAGUAUUUGGUUACCUUAUCAUUAUGGCAGAUUUCCUCCUCAGGUCACCUGGUUCGGCCAUGUUCUGAAUAUUUGGCUUGGCGCCUAAUGAAUCUGCAUGUUCACGUCUCUGCGGUGGAAAUGGUCAUUGUUUUACUGAGGCCCUGAUGAUGGAAGCGCUCCAGCAUCAUUACCGUUAACCUAAGGUGACCCUACGCUCGCUAAAAGAAGAAUCACCUCAUUGUUUGUCUACUCUGAACAUACGUCACGCGACCACGUGCUGCAUGCUUUGGCUGUGAAAACUGUUGGAGCAGAAAUUUGUCAUGAAACACUCAGCUGUUCGGUAGGAAGUCAGGUCACGCCACAUUAUGUCAUUUUUUAUUGACACCAUUAAAGCAACAAAUAGGCAUCAAUACAUGUGCAGGUUUUUAGUCAGACAUCUCAUAAUGUAUAGACCAUUCUUGUGCAGCACAGGUGCAAGGCAGCAGAGGCAGAGUACAGGCAGGUCAGGUUCAUGUUAAGUAUGAAAAUGUGCUCAGACUAAAGUAGUUUAGAGGCAUUUCUCCAUUUUUACAUAUCCUGAUGCCAAAGCUUGGUGUGUUUCUAAUAAUUAAAGGCUCUGUAAGGAGUUUUUAACUAGUACUGAUUCCCUUUUAGGACCUUCAAACUCAUACGAAACAGUCAGCAUCAAGGUCAAUAAUUUCUCUGUUGUCUUUUUGAUGCCUGAAACCACCAGAGAAACCAGGUGAUUUACAUCAUGCUGAAAAAUAAUUUGACUUUUUAAGACUUUGUCCACAGGGGGCACCAAAAUCGACACAAUCAAAAGUUCUUCACAGCAGCUUUAACAUCUCUCAGUAUGGACAACCUAAAAUCUCUGGGCAUCAUAGUUUCUUAUUUGGACCAAUUUUAAAGAUUCUACAAGGAAAUUUUGGUUGUGUUGAUUUUGGCGCCACCUAUGGACAAAAGUGUGUCGCUCUUCCUUUUGCUGAUUUUGUCCUGUUACAUUUGUAGGCAGUGUUUCAACUCUCAAUAUAAAUUUCUGCCAUAGAAAGUAUACAUAAAAAAGAGCCUCUGGGAGGGUGCAGUUCAUCGGUUUUUAGAGACCUAACCCUGCCAGCACUUUAAGACAUCACAAAUAAUCAUGUAAAAAUUACACGUCUUGUCACUGAUGGUCCUAUUUGCAUCCAGUGGCUAAUAAUAAGGCAUGAAUGUUGUUGCCAGUCUGCAAAUAGCAUCACUUUCAGCAGUUCGUGCAUACGCAAAAAUGCAUGCAUGGUCUGUUUUUACAAGGUUUUACAUGGUUUUACAAGGCAAAAUGUUAAAUGUAUUAUACUAUAGGGCUGGGCGAUAUGGCCUCAAAUCAAUAUCACGAUAUAUGAAGCAGUUUACCUUGAUAACGAUAAAUGGACGAUAACUACUCCACAAGCUGCUCACCCCCUCCCACAUUAACUUUGUCUACUUCAGCCACUCCAACUUUUGAACCAUCCUCCAUCUCUUCAACUGUCUUUUCCUCUUUGUUACAGACUGGAUGGGGUGGAGUCACAUCUCUGAUGUAGGACAGCAUCUUAAAGGGACAUGAGACUAUAGCCUAUCUACACACAUCCAAAACCAACUUCUAUUUAUUUUGACACUGAAUAUAUUGACACGGGCAAAAUGACGUCGGUUAUUGUCGUAAAUUUCGGUAUUGGUAAAUUUUCAGUUUAUCGCCCAGCCCUAUUAUAUCAUGUACUUCAUGUAUUUCGGUAUAUCCACUCCCCUCUGUGAGUUCAAAGCUGGUUGAUUAUAGGCAGUGAUAAAUCUCUGGGGCUAAGGGCUGCUCCUACUAUUGAUUACUUAUCAGCUCAGAUCAGUAAUGGGAGUCAAAGCCAGCCUCCAAGUACCAACAAACAAACAAACAUGCAGCAGCUCAAUGUGAAGUCACCUUGAACAUUAAUCAGGUAUCUGGAUGAGCUGCUAUUGAUCUGCAUGUUGAUGUACUAUAGAUACACGUGUAAUAGCUAUAGGGCAGUGAAGCUAAUGCAGGAGGCGGAUAAUGGAGCAAUCUACAGUCCAUGUGUCAUAUUCAGCAUGACAGGAGUGAUAAGAUCUGUGAUGGCAGAGUGUGAGAGACUGAAAAGGUACAAAAUUAUCAGCUUAAAGUCUGUGUUUUUGGUGACACAGACAGAAGCUGAAAUUGAUUUAACUUUAGAGAUCUGUGUUACAAACCGUCAGAGGCAGAAAGCAGUGAAAAAAGUGAAAGAAUGCAGCUCUUCAUUUGACAUUACAGUGACAGUGAAUCUGUGUGGCUCUGCAGAGGGGGUGUACAGAUCCAUCUGAGAUUCUGUGAGUCCCACUGUGAAGGUCAUCUCUGAAAAGUCAGCAGAAAAUCAGGAUUCAUAUUCAACGCUGGCUCUCAUUAUCCUAAAGUCCACAUGACUUUCCUACUAUAGUACAAACUUUAAUUGUUAUUUCUCUAAGCUCAUUAGAGUCAUUGCUGUCGCUCUAUUUCUAAUGUUAGAGACUCUGUAGGCUGCUGAUAGCUGGGGUGCUACAUAAUAGGACUACAAAUCCCUGUAGUGUCCUGUAGUGUCCUAGCUAGACCUUGAGAUAGAGAGAAUCAUAGAAGUGACUUCCUACAUUAAAAAACAGAUAUUUGAGACCACGCACAUGUCCAAAAAAUGAACUUAUUUCAAAACACAUAAACUUUUACUCAUAUACAUCUGAAUUCGAUCGUCAUUGAAAAUGCUGAAGUUUGGAGUUUUAUAAAGUCAUUUUGGACACGUAUGGAGAUCGAACUAUCAUGCCCCCUAGUGCUUAAAAAUAAAUACCGGAAGCAAAUUUUUAAGCGUCCUUAAUAAAGUCUAGUUUGUUUAUCACUGAGCUGUCAAAGCUGAGAGUGUGUGAGCACUGGUGAGACCGGGACACGCCCAGUAAUCACCAGGAGGAGGUGUCAUUCUCUUUGAGCUGCACAUGCUUCUAUUUAUAACAGAUCGCUGCAAUAACUCACUGAGGAGAGAGAGAGAGAGAGAGAGAGAGAGAGACAUAGGGAGUCAUAUGACCUCUCCUGCUCAUUCCAGAGAUAGUGACAGACAGAGCGCUCACUCUGUGCUCACCACUAUCAUUACACCAUCGUGUGCAGAGGAUGUGUUGCAACACCGUUAGAGGACUCUGAAAAGACCUUUUUUUGGACGUUUCUUUUCUUUCUUUUGUUGAAGGACAUAAAGAUAUUUCACGGUUUGGAAAUCAGCUGAGCCACAAUGCCAGAGGAGAAAGGUAAACACUGAACUUUUAUGACCUCUACUGCGCUAUUUCUGGCAUAUUCACCUGCCAUUGAGUAGAGAGGCUGCAGGUAAUGAUUGGUGAAUGAACCUUUAACUCUUUCACCCAAACCUUUCAGAGGCUUUAAUCACUCAUUCACUACAAACGAAGAUGAGAGAUUUGGAGCUUAUUCAGGAGUCCCAGCUGAUGCAGAGUGAGUGUGUUUUUGUAGGUUGUAGUUUACCUACAGGCCUCCUAUUAUGUAACCGCCAUCAGAACAGAAGCAGAGAGCAUGUUCUGUUUGAUUGUGGUGAGCGAUUGUGAAUGACAACAACAAGCGAGUGUGUUAGAGGGCUGAAGGCUGCAGGUUGACGUGCUGCCUGCCUGCCUGCCUGCCUGCCUGCUUGCCUGCCUGCCUCAUCCCUGGCAACAGCAGUGUUGUGUUGGUCCCCUGCCUGCCUCCCUCACACUGGGAGCUGAGCCAUUUGGGCGGCUUACAGAGGGGUGAGGAGCAGUUGCUGAGGAGAAAUCCCGAUGAUAUUACUACACUGAUUUACAGAGUGUGUUUGCUGUUGCGUAAUAGGGUAGUGGUGACCUUUUGGGGCUGUGGCAUCUUUUAAAGUGUGUUUACUUUUUGUUUAGGGAUUAAGUGUUCGCACAAAUGUUCAUAUGGGGCGAUUUUAAAGAUGAGAGAGAGAUUUCAUUUUGUUUCACAUCAGAUGUUUUUAUCUCCACAUGAAACAUGAGUUUUAAAGUCUGAGAAAAAACAUACCUGGGCACUCUUAAGACUUUGUCAAAACCUUUUGACAAUUUUUGACAAUUUUUCAUCCUUAGACCCUAAUAGUUGUUGAACGAUGAAGGGCUGGACUAAAUAAUAACAGGUUUUCAGCAGAUUAUUUUUACAGUUAAUAGUUAAAAUCUUAGUUUCAAGUCACAACUUCAUAUUUCAACUUUUUCCAAACUGGCUGUCUAAACCCCCAAACUUUUCUUUUACUGGAAAGCUAAAUAAUUUCAUCACUUUAAUAGAAUAGAAUAUUCCUUUAUUGAUCCCCCAUGGGGGAAAUUUUUGUCACAGCAGCAUCACAGACAAAGAGUGCAAAAAUGCAGUUAUAAAAAUAAGGAUAGGAAUAUUAAGAACUUAAAUAAAUGUAAUAAUUGAGAAAAAAUAUUAGGAAAAGGAAAAAGGGAGAAGAAAAAUAAAACUAUACACGAUAUACACAAUUUAAAUGCCAGAAAAAAAGAUAGGUAGGUAGGUAAUAAUUGGUAUUGUACCUUGAUUGAUUUUGUGGUCUCAAAAAUAAGUUUUAGUAACUGCAUGUCAGCAAUAUAAGUAAAUGUUUUCAAAAUUUCAAACAGCAGCUCAGCUCGCAGCCCCCUCGGCCCUGCCAAAGACCACAAGAAAACAGAGAACUGUAACUGAACUGCCUUAGCAAAUGUUAUUACUAUUUUAAUCUGCAAUUUCAGAUUAAUUUCAAGAGAAGGAGACAUGCGCAUAAGUGUUAUGAGUAACCAUGUUAAAAGUUUCGAACAUGGGGGAGCAGCAGCUCAGCUCGCAGCGCACCUGGCCAUGAGGCCAAGCCAAAGACCACAUGAGACCACAGAGUUUUUGCCUUUUACAGUGUUUUUGUUUUAAUCUACAGUUUUUGUUUAAUUUUAAAGGAAGGAAGACUCUGCAGAUAACUGGAUAUGGAUAUCAGAACAAGGAAGAAUACUAUGAGGGCUGCAAAAGACUCUAUUUUCAUUCAGUUUGUUCAUGUGCACAGUUAAGUUGAGCUGCAAGUCUCGCUCAAGCAGGCAAAUUAAAUACAUAACCAUCCUUGUCUCAGUGUACAAGCAGCAGUAGAGAAUCAAUUCAGGUCUGUAACUGUCGGACCUGCUUCAGACUAACUUCACUGCAAAAACAAAUGACAAUCAGGUUUGCAAGAUGAUAACAUGCUGUUUAAGUUUUUAUGCUAACUGUGGAGCAUGUGCAGAACUCCCAGGCAAGUUUAGGGUCUGUUGAGGUAUAUGCAUAAAGAAAAUUUAUUCAUCAACAAAUGGUAUGUUAGUCUGUUUCAGGAAGUUAGUUUAAAAAAGUUUGGGACCAAACACCUGGAAAUUCUUUCUAACUGUCCAGUUAGAAGGUGUUUGGAGAAAUAAGCACAGCCCCCAAAGCGAGGCUAAAACCUUGGUUUUUAGCUUUCAUUCAGUGAAAGCUAAAAACUGAUGUCCUCUUCAAAAGUACAUAAGCAAACAAUAGAAGUUUUCUCGACUGAUGAUUGCACUUCUUGUCUCCAGGAUGCUAACUCAGUAGCCAUAGCUGCGAGCUUGAAAUCAGGCCUAAUCGCCUGACUGCAUGCAGGCUACAAAGUUUCCACCGCUCGGCCCUGCACGCUCGCUCAUAAAAAGUAGCUUCAGUGUUUGUCCUCAUAAACACACCACAAGUAUUUCCUCUCUCUCCUCUCCAGUGUCUCGGCCUGUACAGCCUUGUUAAAGCCGAUCCAGUGUGAAGUUAACAGGAGUGUGUGGCGUCUGAAUGUAAGGCUAUGACUGUGUUUUGAACAGAGCAGCAGGGAGGCGUGUACGCAGCUACCACAGUGUGAUGAAGUCUGUGAGGUUUGGUUGGGAGGGAUACACACAAACAAACACACAAACAAACAUACACAGGCCACAUACUAACUCACACAUACUGUACAUUGAGGUCUGGGACAGAAAUAUGCUUCACGUAUGAGGGCUGGUGGUUUGUUAUGAUUCGUAAACAUGUAACCCCGUGAUUAAACCGAGGGACAACCAGCAGUGAAAGUGUAUUAAAUGUGCGUUAUUUUGCACUCACAGGGAUGCAGUUUACACAUUAAAACAAGAAACACAUGCUUGGAGUCAUGCACACACAAACACACAUCACUUUAUACCGCGCCUCAGUCUCAGCCAAGGACGGUGUAUCCUGAGUGUGUGUGAUGUAAUGGCUGGCGUGUUGUCAGCAGUCACAGCGACGCCCGUCACUAUUCUGGACCUGCCAGUAAACAAACUAUCUCUGUGUCAUUUCACUGCCAUAACCUUCGGUCACGUUUCAAAAUCAUAAGCUCCUUUAUUGUUUCUUGGUCGUUUUAAUGACAAAGCUAUAAAAUAUAUUUUUGUAUUAUUUCCACAUGCUGGAUACCUUCAGAGUAUCCUCAGAUGAACCUUGAACCUCUAUUAAGUUGACUCUCACAGUAAAUCUCAUUUUAAGACCAAAAUCAACACUGUAAAGUCUGUCUUGUUACGCUCUCUGACUUUCUAUCCCAUGGGCUGAACUCCACCCAAAGUCUACUGGUUCAUACAAAAGACAUAAACCUUAAAGUCAGAGUUACACAUUUGAUUAAAGUAAGAAGUUAUGAUACAAUGAGACAGGAUACAGUUCAAUACAACAUGCAUGAUACUUUGUGAUUAUAUAUGAUACAGCAUGAUGAGAGCCAUGGAGUGAGAACAGUGUGUUUGGAUACAACAUAAUAUGAUACAAUACUACAGUGUGGUACAAAACUACCAUCAGUACAAAAUAAUAUAUGAUAUGAUAUUGUAUGAUAUGAUAGGAAAUUAUAUGAUAUGAUAGAGUACAUUACAAUAUGAUAGGAUGCAAUACUAUAUGAAAGGAUAAGACACAGUACAGUAUGAUACCUUACCAUUUCAUACUACACCAUAUCAUAUAAUACAAUUCCAUAUGCCACCAUACAAUACCAUACAUAAGAUGCAUUGGAAAUACAUUUGUCAAAUGCAAAAAUAAUACAAAUACAAAACAUAAUAAAAUGUUUUAUCAGCAUUUUGUUUUAGCUAUUGGCCAACCUGAUCUCUCAUUGGUAUCGACAUAAGCCAUAGAAAGACUGAUAUCAGUCCACCACGACACAUUACUAUAUGGUUUAGUUGGAUUUAAUGCAUGAUGCAGUGGGAUUAGAUAUGAUACAAUAAGAUAGGCUAGAAUGCACUUUGCUGUUGUAUUGUGGGGUAAUGUAUGUAGGUCCCAAGUGCUGAAGCAGAGACUCACAGGGGCCACAAGGAUGGUCGUGAUUCUCCCCGUAUGAGUGCCUCCUUCUGCAUCACACACAGUUAUUAAAACAAUCCUGCUUUUUAUGGCAGUUAAUGCAUCUCCAUUACAUCAUCCUUAUACUAUUUCUCCUUUAGUGCUUGAAUCAUCCAGCAGUCUGAGUAAAUGGGGUCACCCUGUCCUCACUUAGUGGCUUCAUAAUGUGUCUUUGUUCAUGUCGGAGCAGGGCGAACUCCUGUGGACAUUAAAAAUGGUCAUUGUUGCUGUUGUAGCAGCCUCUCUCCUCUAGGUGAUAAAACCUGCUUGGCCUCAGCCAGCGUUUGUGCAGCAGCCCAGCUCAAACAGCUGACACACUGGUUUCCACAGAGCCUCUAUUCAUGAGUCAUGCUGUUCCUCUGUGGGUUCAAAUGAAUGGCCUGCAGCACACGCAGCUUCAGUCCCUCACUGUCUUUCUGCUCUUUCAUUCUCUUACAAUCAGCGCUCCUGAUCAUAAACACUUAUUAGAUUAGCAUCUUCACACGUAUAUUAGCACACACGUGGAGACACACACAUGCUCAGCUGUUCAGCGGUUUUCUGCUGCGUCACUGUGUUUGCCUCAGCUACAUGAGCUCCACUAUUAGACAGCACUUUAACGCAGACAGACUAUUGAUCAAAGCCUCACUGCAAAUCUCUCUUCUUCUUUGAAUGUUUGCUGUUUCAGUCUUCAUCUUUCCAGAAAUCACCCCAGUCCCCAUGGUUGUUACCUCUUUGUUUAUCUUGCUCUUGUGUUGCUUUUGCUUAAUGCUGCUAAUGUAUUGCUGUUUUAGUGUAUAAUUUGGAGUCAUACCCAAAGCGAAUGGAUGACAAUUUACUGUGUUGGCAUCUUUGUGCCUGUUGAACUUUAACACUGCCCUACUUAUGACAGCUAAUCCCUUCCUCUGCCAUGAAGAAAAGGACGUCUUUAACUUCAUUGUUAAGCCAAGUCAUGGAAUUGGUAAAAAUAAGGGUGAAACAAAAUAUACAAAUAUACCAAUAAUAACCUAUGAUCGUCCUACCUCAUUUUUUGACCUAUGACCUCUCCCAUGCACCCUUAUCCUAUCACAUUGUAUCCAUUGGCGUCCUAUCCAAAUGUUACCUAGUGUCCUGCCAUGUCCAAUCCAGUCACAUUUUAUCUCAUUGUUUUGGACCACUUCAUAUCCUAUCAUAUCAUGAGUUACUCUGCAUUUCCUGUACGCUAAAUUACACAGAUUAGUCAGGCAUAUAAAGGUGCCUGACUAAAAUUCCUCAAUAUAUACACUACAGGCCAAAAGUUUGGAAGCAAGAUCAGAUUUGUACAAAAAAAGAUCAUAGUUUCAUAGUGUUUGCAACACAAUAAACAUGACUAUUAUUUAAAGAGUAACUUAUCAUGUUUGGCCUGUAAUGGCCUUGCUUCCAAACUUUUGGCCUGUAGUGUAUAUUGAGGAAUUUUUAAAAAUUACAACAAAUCUGACUGUGAAUAAAUAAAUAAAUAAAUAUGAAUAUGUAUAUAUAACUCAUUCAGUUAUAAUUCAAGCAGGGCUAGCCACUAAUGAUACAGAACAGCAUCAGGCCUGUCUUGCAGCUUGCUGUCCCAUACAGUCAGGUGUUUCCUCUUCAUACUGAAAAAGAAAUCCUGUGUUUCCUGAGAUUAUGGCGGAGUUGGUAAAUCAAUCAAAAAUAGAACAAACUGGAAAGGCAGAGAUCAAAUGUCACCCCUUGUAACACAAACCAUGAUAAACUGAUGUCCAGAAGUAAUUAAACCAUGUCAACAAGCAGCAUGCACACAAUUCAGGUUUUAUAGUAGGAUCGUACUGAAGUUCUGGUGUUGCACAGAUGCUGGUUUAAUCGAAUAUUUGGCCAAAACCAAGAGGGAAUCAUAUGAUGUUUGCACUGAUUGGAUCUCAAAGUGUUUUAGCUUGAGGCUAAUAGAAACGCGCCCGUCCAGCCAGCUGCAGCAGCAUGUGGGUUCAUCUCUGUAGGCAGUGUUUGUGUCCACGUGGAGGAAAUAUUCACUGAGGAAUCUGCCACAGGAAUGGUGGGGAUCAUAUGUUUCCACACAAAGACCAUAUUGACUCAGAAGCACACGAGUGGCUUCUGUACGAGAUCACCACUGAUAAGACUCAGUUGUAUUGUGGAUACUUUUGUUGUAGUUUCUGUCGCAGUAGUGCCAGCAGUUGAACUUUCACUCACACACCAUAUGCUAACUUUUAUUCCUGCACAUAUGUGUUUGGAUGACAGGCCCCUGUCUUUAUAAGGACUGAGCCAACAAGGGUGCAUGGGAGAGGUCAGAGGCCAGCUUUCUGUAGUAGUUGACCUUCAGGGUCAAAGUUUAAAUGCUGGUGGGGUCAGGUUGCUGGUGUGACUGCACAGGUGGACGUCAGAGCUUUAGGGCAGAGCAGGGAUAUAACUCAGAGUAUGUGUUAGUUAAGUCUCAAACUCUCAGUGGUUUCAGACACUGGACUUGAAGUCAGUCAGUUGGGCCAAAAGACUCCAUUCAGGUCUUUUUCUUGGCACCCGCAGAGGGUGAGAUAAUGGAGGGAGUUUUCUGACAGGAAACUCUUAGGCAGUGAAGUAAUGGCUACACGAAGGUAGAGCCAGGUGUUUGCAGGCUUUUAAACAUUCUUCACAUGUUGUUUAGAGUUUUAUCAAGGCUGAAACACCUUAGGAGAAUGUUAACACAGCCAAUAAAAUACUUUAGAGUCUGGAUUGCAGUUUAAUGGGUCUGUAAUAGGUUGCAUAUUGUUUCUGUGAAGGUUUCUUGGCUCAAAUCUGUCAAUAGCUUACUUUGUCAGAGUAAGUUAUUAAAUUAAAUUUUUAUCCAUCAAUUUAAAACUUUGGGAACUGGUGUUGAACAAGCCUGUAUGGAAAUCGCAGACAGAAUAUAAAUAUGGAUAAGGAUAAUCACUAAAGACAUUUCUGUGUUUAAAAGUUAGACAGAAGUAGAUGACUCACAUUCAGUACAGGAGCACCUUAUAUCAGAAUCAGCUGUGUUCUGAUGUUGCUUUUACAACUUCAGAUAUGGCCUGAUACUUAUGGGUUUUGGUGUGGUCUGUAUAAAGCCCAGAAAGCACACCCAUGUAGGGCCCUAGUGGGACACCUAACUGGAGCUAUAGCUAAUUUUGUCCUCACUGUCGAUAGAGGCCUGUCAUUGGUUAGCCUGGUUGGGUUUAUGUAGAGCCAUGAAUGGGGCCAAACUGUGCCAACAUGGGUGGAAUAUAACCCACUGAUGACCCACUCUUUAUAUAGGUUUGUUUUCUAAAGUGAUACCAUGUAUACUCAUUUGAUACCCAUCAAAAACUUAUAAAUGGUGUGUUUCCACCAAGCAGUUCAGAUCGGUUCUGCAGAGUCCACUGAUACUGAUUUUUCAGACGGGUACUGACACAGGUUGUUGGUGGUACAUGAGGCUGAUACCUGUACCCGAACUAGCACUCUUUCGGUCAAAAUUUAGAGUUCAGAGCGUCAAACAUGUCUUUGAAUACCUUUAGAAAAUGUUUAAUUAAGACUGAAACUUUUUACAGCAUAAAGAGUUUUAUUAAGUUAUAUUAAACAGUACAGUGAUGUCACAGUGAUGUGAUGUCUAGCCAACCAGACAGUGAUGUGGGUGCGACAUUUGGUGGGGCAGAGUGGUACAGUAAAACAGAUCAAGAUCAAAAGACACACCAGCACUGGAGCCAAAGUGGCACACAAUUGAAUUCAGUCAUUUCAUUGGCAAAUAAUCAAACAAACAUUGAAUCAGAUAAUUGGCUUUAUGUCGAGUACUGGCUGAGCUAAUUUUCCAAAGCUGAUAAACAUUCAGUCCUAGAGUGUCGACAGUGUCACAGCCUCAGAAUGAUGUGAUUUUUGGCGUGCAUGUUAACGUGUCAGGCUGUUCAAAGUGCCAGUGUCAUCUUUUUCUGCAAGCCCAGCAGAUCUUUACCAAAAAUACACAGAAAUCAUGAGCUGUUUCGGGUUUGUAACAGAUGUUAUAAAUCCCCUUCUAUAUAAUGCUUUUCUUCCUAAGUUUUGUACGGGACAGCUGGAUAGUGGAAGUUGUAAUGGCCUGUCAGUUGAGCCUGUGGUAAGCUUCUUGUAAAAAAGUUGGUCUUUGUCAUGUUAACUGCAGAUUUUCUAUGUUAAUGAUUUGAUAAAAGUAGAUUUGAGUACAGAGUUUAUCUUUUGCACUUUCCCUCUCCAUUUAUUUUCAUCUCUGUACCCCUCUCUCCGCUCAGCUUGGAAAGAAGCUCCAAAUUUUAGGGAUGGUUUGGUACACUUGGUGCCCUGCAGAAAGGGUACCAAGAAAGUAGGUUGGUAUGGGUCAAGUAUUUGGGUACCUUUUCCAACUUUUGACUUUGGAAAUGCAGGUAACUGUUCCCUGUACCAUACUUCAACAAACCGCUUGAUAGAAAAGCAGCUCAAAAGCCCACCAACUGCCAGUUUUUCAUCAGUUGUCUCCAGAUAAUGUUCUAGAUGUCAGUGGUUGCAGCUCAACCUUGCUGCUAACAGGUUCAUGACACAAAUCAUUAGGGGUGGGAGAAAAAAACAACAACAUAGUAUUGCAAUAUUUUGUCUGGUGAUUUAUCGUAUCGUCUCAUUUACCAAGUAUCAAUUUUCCAAAUUGCUUGCUAAUAUGAAGUCAAAUCUAUGAUAAUAGAAAAACAAAAUCAACUGUUUGUCCAGUGAGAUUGGCAGAGGUGACAUCAUAGAGCAGGAGAAAGUUAGUACAACAAAUAUAUAUAAGGUAAGCAAGAUGUGCUACAUAAAAAUAAAAUACAGCAUUAAUAAGACAAACAUAAAGGAAAGACAAACGCUAAAUUAGCUAAACAGUUGAAACAAUGGUAUAAAUUGCAAUAUAUUGCAUCGCAACACUCACUGUAUUGCAAAAUGUUAAAAAUCGCAAUGAUAACGUAUCAUGACCCAAGUAUCUUGAUAAUAUUGUCUAGUGGCCCAAGUAUCGUGAUAGCAUCAUAUAGUGGCCCAAGUAUAAUGUUAAUAUUGUAUCGUAUAUUGCCACAAGUGAUUCCCACCCCUACAAAUCACAUUCAUUGGGUAUUACAAAGCUUAAAUUCUGUUGCAUCAGUACUUGGGUGGUCUAUCAUACACAUGUUAUGACAAAAUACAAUCUAACUAUUUAAAACAAGUCAAAAUGUGAUACUUGUUUAUUGGUGUAUACCAGGAUCUGCUCUUUCAGUAUGAAACAGAACCACAAACGUAAAGAAGUACUGUAAUUGGACCCCCUGCAUUAAAGGCAUGUCUGUAGCUUCCAGAAUAAUAACAUGUUAAAUAUUUUCAGCGUGUUUAUGUGUUUCUUUGUAAAACAACGAAAGCCCCCAAGGUCAACAGCUCGUCCACUAACAAACAGUCCUGCUGUGGUAAUGUGAGCAUUUUGAUCCCCUGCCCGCCCCUGCCGCCUCUGCAGAUGGUUCACAGCAGGAAUGUUGCAGAGCACCACGGGAUCCCGGGGAGUUUAGGGAACACUCUAUUUUUAGGAGGUGCAGGAGCUUGGCUUCUUGAAAAUGCAUUUGAUAGGGCUCUGUGUGUGUGUGUGUGUGUUCACGGGUAUUGCCUGAAGGGCUCUGCUAUUACAUGCACCUUAAAAGCUUUUCCAUGUUGAUGGAUUAUCUUCUUUUUUUUUAAGAGCAUCGGGAGAAUUUUGUUUCAGGAAUUUGUCCUGGUGGAAUUCUCAGUUAAUUGAGUUGAAGUAUCUUUGAAUUAAACCAGUGGAUGCAUAACACUCAUUUACAAUAAGUAAUGUGAAAGGGUAUGCCUUGGUGUGUUGUGGUGGUAUCUAUACCUUCAGGCUGCAUGUCUAUGUUUGGGCACUAGUCUGGGACACGUGUGCAGGUGGAAAGCUGUCAGUCAGUUUGUGCUCCUAGAGGCUUCCAGUGGUGUGACUCUACGUACUGCAGACAUGUAGCACUGCAUUGCUCAGAUAGCUGCCUGCAUGGCUGCGACCUUUGGGACAACGGCCGCGGUAGUAGCUGUCAGCCAGAGAACAGACCCCAGGAAGGCUGAUUGAUGAUGUGGACAACUGGGGCUGAAGAGGACAGGGCGAUGCAGGGGAGGGGGGUUUAUUCUACAUGCUGCUGGGAACAGGACACAGCUACUCUCUGUUCACUGUCAUAGAGGAAACUCAGAGCUGCCUUAUGUCAUCCAUGUCCAUCUGAAUUAUUUCCACUUGCUACUUCCUCUACUUUCUUUUUCUAUCGUUUGCCUCUUUUCAGCAGAUUUCUUCCUGAGCUGGGGCAUGACAUCUAAACUUUCGACCUCCUGAUUAUCAGUGCUGCUCACAAUGACAGGAAGUCUCAGCAAGUGAAAAAGCUAUUGCCUAUUUACAAGACAUUAAAGUCUUCACAAUAAUAUUUUCCCUCUUGUGCAGAAAGGCAGGAGUCACAUUAUAAAUAUCAGAACUAAACUGCUAAACAAGAUGGACAUAAAGAUCAGCAGCAUCUGUAAUUAUUUAUUUAUGUUGAGGUGGGAGUCAUGAGUCAAAGCUGACACUAUCAAGCUGUUAUCUGUCUGUGAAGAAUUACAUGAUAGGGAUAAGACCAAUUAGGAAAGGACACUUGCUCACUGAUAGGACUCAGAUAGUGUCAGUUCUGGGAGUGCACAGUAAAUUACAACCAAGAAGUUUGAAAGCUGCACAAGGCUUUUCUAGAAGUCCCCAUUUCAGAGCUUCUUAUAUGUUGGAGUAGUUUAGUAAAGGUGACCAACUUUAUACGGAAAACAAUAUAGAGUAACACUCAGAAACAGUCACAUUUAAGCUUAGUUUAUUGAACAGAACUUCACAUUGGAUUGUAAAGUCUGCAGGUGAACAAAGUCAACUUGUGUGCCAAGCUUGACAGAGCGAGCAGAGUGGCACAUCUGUGCUUGUUUACAUGUGGGUAGUAGAGCAUUAUAGCCUUGUGAAAGUCACCAUUAACCAGAGCUACAGCCUUAGUGAAGAGUGACUGUGUUCAAGGGCAGGGAUACAGGCAAAAAAAUAUUGUUUUGGGUUGAAUCCAACACAAGCUGUAGGUCUAACCACAGAAACAAAAGCAUUUCCUUCCUGCAAAAGCACAGAUAUUAAGAUCUAUUGCAGUCCUUAAAUCUGAUCAGAUCACUUUUGAGCAGCUGGGUGGAGGUGAUUUUAUUUUAGUGCAGCUUUGGAGAUAAAUUCUGCGCUAGUUGAGCAGAAAAUAAGUCAAAAGCUGAGGGACUAUGAUGUGAUCCAGCAAGAUGAUACAAACUAUCACAGUGAAGGUCGUUGCAGGGACUGAGGUAACAUCCAGUACUUUGAAAUUUGUCUGGCAAGCCAACGGUAAACAUAUUGAGAUCAAUGCAGAUCCUAACCCAAGUUUUUUGGUGUCCUGUGAUGGUUAAACACAAAUCACCCUGGAAAGGACCGGAGGGAGCUGUGGUUGAACGUAGAUUGAGCAGACCACACAUCAUUCAUCCUGUCAACCAGCAGCAUUAACUAUAAACAGAAAACUGCUCCCUACUCAUCCUCUGACAGAUUAUUGGACACUUAUCACAGACCACUGCCUCGCUCCCUGGCAGCCUGAAAGUCUGGAACAACGUGCUGGAUUUACAUCUGACCCCAAAGAUCAUCUCCAGUCUCCUCCUCAUAGCAGCCCUCCACCUCUAUUUGCUGUUAUAGGAGGAAGUGGAGACACUGAAUCCACCCCAACAGGUGCAGGGGUGCAGCAAUGUAUGCACGCUGGGUCAGAUCAGGAGGCAGACCCCCUCCUCUGACUCUACUUUGACUACCACAAACCCUCCUCAGAGAUCUCUCUGCUUUUGUUCUGUUGUCCCUCCCAGAUGGGAGCAAUCAAGUCCGUCUCAGACCGUUUUUACGAGAACUUCAGACUUUCCCUCUAAAUUCUUCUCUUUAUUGGCCAGUGUGCCCACAUGGACGCUCAGUACAAGUAGCUUCAAUAAAACCUCCUACAGACAAUAAAAUCUGGAAAAGUCUGACCAAAAUCCCUGUUUUAGUCUUGAUCCAGUAUGAAAGUCAGAGUAGGGUCAGAUCCUGAUCCAGACAGAUGUUUAGAAAUAAACCAGCUCUUUGCAGUCUGGUAUCAUCCAAACAAACCUCAGCUUUCUUCGUCUUGAUUGUACUCGCUGACCUUUAAACCCUCUUUCAUCCUUAUUUUUACCUCGUCUUUGUACACCACAACCUUGUUUGCCUGUUAGACUGCCAAAACUUUAAGUGAAUUUGUUUUUUUGGAGAGAUCCAAGGAGUUUUUUGAAGGUUUUGUUUGCCUUGGACUCACAGAAACACGCUUGACAAAGCUAUAAAACCACUUUGUUUCCCCCAGUGGGUGAGAGGUGCUCAUAAAACUGAGUGAAGAAUGUGCAGCUCCUGUAGGUCUGGAUGGACCGGUGGCUGUUUUUACUCUCGUGUCAAGUAUCCCCCAAGGGUGCAGUUUAAUAAAAAGUAAUGCUGUUUUUAUAGUUCAGUAAUAAGCUUCAUGUUCACAAGGAAGCACUUUCAUUGUGAUCAGUAACACUGAAGUCCUUAUUUUUCUGCACCUCAACCUUUUGAUUUCAUCCUUCAGCCUUUAGUGAGUUUUCCAGUCUUACAUUUGUGACACUUUUGUACCUUUAAAAUAUUUGUGUAGUCCUACUUUUUAUCACUCAACAGAUGUGUUUUUUAAGUGUGAUUUAUAAGUGAGUUUUAGUGUACUCUCUGACCAGUCUUGUACCACAUUAGGCCAAAUUUGAGACAGCAUUUCAUUUCUUGUAAGUUGCAUACAUUGCUCAGUACAAAAGAGACUGUAAACUGACCUCGUAUAAACGAUAUUUGUGACUACUGCUGCAGAAAAUUUUGCGUUCAUGAAAUUAAAAAAUAAAAAGUUCCUGAAUAAUUUUUUUUAAGUAUUAAUCCUGUUAGAUGGGUCAUACAGAAUCACAAUGAAGACAGAGAGCAAGUUACUGUGCAUAUACCAACAUAUAAGGUAUUGAGAGGACAUUUUUUUAAAUUAAUUUUUUCAUCAAAAAAAAAAAAAGUAAAAAAUAGAGGACAUUUUAACAAUAAAAUCUUAUGUAUAAUUCUGAAAUUUACCAAUAAUAAGGGAUAAUACUUAGAUGGGAUUGUAGACAGAGCUUGGCAGCCCUAGUUGGUUAUAUCUUUCUGGAAACAACACACCUCUAUGCCUAAGUCUAGAUGAGCAGAGUUUGUAUAAAACUGCAAGAAAAGGGAAACAGCUGGCAGAAACUCUGAUUCUCACCAUGUAACAUGUAGUUUCUACACUGAAUAUCAGGGUUUAUGGACGUAAAUGAAGUCUUAAAAAGAAGCCUGUGCUGAAAAUAUCUGUUUUUGUGAAAAGCCCUCUGUAAUUCAUUGUAUGGUUUGUGCCACUAAAUGAAAAGAAAAGUAAAGCUUUAAGGUGAUACAUGUCCAGAUAUUGCCCCAAUAAAACAGCCAAUAAUCAGUCAGUGAAUGAACCCAGACUGGAAAAGGUUAACAUCCACCAUAAUGAAAGUUCCUGGGAAGUUUUCAGAGAGUAGCUCUGUUAGGCUGACAGCUAUUAUCCUGCCCCUCCUCCUCCUCCUCUCUUUCUUUCUCUAAAUCAAUUCAUUCGAUGAAGUCCCCUCUCCAAGUCCAAUUAGGGGUAACCAUGGAGGCUUGAUGAAACCGGUCUGACGACUCAAAUGUUUCCUGUGAGCACAAAGGGUCUUUUAUCCAGCUGAUAUCCAUGUUUGCACUCGGAGUGUGAGUAUAAUCUGCCAGAGUUAUGACGUCAACCAGAGCCUGGACCGAUGCUACUGUUAGUAUGGAGGUGCUCUCGUUGUGUCGCUCCGUCUCGCUCUUGUUGCGUCAUUGCAGAGGCCUUCAGGGAUGUUGUUGUGCUCAUAUAUUGCUGGUGUUGACAUCAUUUUUCUUGGCUCAAAAAUCUGUCCUCUUAAAUGAAAUAAAAAGAAUAAUUUGAGGAAAUAUUCAUCCAGGAUCAGUCUACACAGAUGAGGCUCAGUGUUAUGCAUGUAGGUGUUAUUGAUGUUUCAUCUACUUUAUGAGUGCCCCUCUUCGUAAUAGGUCCCCACGACAAAUUUAAGACUACAAGACUCGAUUUGAGGCGGGUUUAAAGCAAGGACUCUGUAGUGGAAAUCACCACAUGGGCUCAAAACAUAUACACAUUGCCAGCGAACAACUCUGUGUCUUUGACUAUCUGCCAAAUGUUGGUUGAGUCAGCAUUUCAAAUUUAGCAACUGCCUCAAAAAUCCUCAAAUCUCUGCUUCAGAAACUGAAGGGUGACGUCACUUACAUCCAUGUUUUAUACAGUCUGUGAAACCAGCGCCGCAGGUUCCUGUUUAAUUAGCCUCUGCAAAUCAGUCUGACAUUUACUUACUUAAUACUAAAACACUGUGUAAAACCCUCUCCUCACUGUCUCCUGCAGUGUUUCAGCAGCAGGCUGUCCACAGCCCUCUGGAGCAGCAGAAGCAGAAGCAGAAGUCGGGAGGAGGAGGACCCAUCCCCUGUCAGAACUGUGGGAAGCCCUGCAAAGGAGAGGCGCUGCGUGUCCAGAACAAACACUUCCACAUCAAGUGCUUCGUCUGCAAAGGUAUGUAACACAUCCAGCUAUGACCUUUGACCUUUACACUGUCACUCCACAUGCCACAGUACGUUUAACUGUCCUCAAAAAAAUGCUGUAUUCGAGGUUGGCAGAAACACACCUGUAGGGUUCCAAUAAUAUCCAAGUGCAGUCAAGUCCUUAUUUACCAAACUCAUACAUGUAAGUAUUUGAUAUGGUGGAUAAAGGAGUGUGUGUGUGAUUUUAAUCUCUGUGUGUGUUACAUACUUGAAAUGUGUGUGUACAUGUGAGUUCUUGUGGUUUGGUGUGGGGUAUGUUUGUGGUUUUUAUUUUAACAUGUGACUUUAUUUCAGAGGAGUGUGUGUCAGCGCCCCUCCUAACUCUGACUCUCGUGUCAGGCUGCUGUUGUUGUCAACACGCUCUGGUUGCUAGGCUACCGGCAGGGUCGCCAAAGUGUUGUCAGCUUCUUGGAGUUUAUCGCCUGUUAUCACACACUGACCAGCAGACUCUCUGUCUGUGUGUCCUGCACCAUACUCCCCCACCCCUCCUCUUCUCCGCCCUCCGUCUUAAAUUCUUGUCAAAAGGGUGGAAUCAGCAGACGGUGUGCUUAUCCAAUAUUAAACUUAAAACAUACAUUUUGCCACAAAGAUUCUCAGUCUCUCAGAAAUAGAUAAGCUAUCCUUUUAGCUUCACUCUGGAUCUCUACACUUGCAAACCUGCAAAUGGGACAUAUGCAAUGACAAUACAGGACAUGCAGCGUUAAUCACUUAAAUCAUAUUUCACUUAAACACAAGGAGAGCUACACGCUUUGCUAACCGCAGAAUGUAAACAUGCACGUCACCCCGGCAUAUACCUGUAGUUUUUGUGUAGUUAGAGGAACAUUAUCUUGGUAGCAUUUUACAUGAUAACAGGAUAUAAUGAUAGGGCAAAAGAGUGAUAAUUGAUAUUUAAUAGAAUGAUAUUACCAUAUAUAAAAAGCUUCAAUCUGGGUAAUAAUCAUGGAAUUUAACAGAACGAUAACGGCCCAAAAUCUAACCGUUUAGUGUAAUUUCCAUGAUCAAGAGCUGCAGAAUACAGAUCCACCUGUUUCUAUUUUCUUAAUUGAUUAACAGUCCACCUAGAAGUCACUUUAAAUAGAUAAACAAGGGUUAAGCUAUCAGAAACCUUCCAUAGCAGUGCUGCUUUACUGUUUACCCAAGAGGCCUGACUCAUAGAGAAAUUAAGUAUGAAUAAUUGGUGUGGAUUGAUGUCUUGCAGCUUAUAAAUAGAGACUGCCUUACUCUCCUAAUUGGGCUUGGUUUGUUUUUUCUGUUUAAAAGAAAGAGUGAAUUAUGAUGAUUACAUGCCUGGAAUUGCACUCAUUAAUUACUCUUUAAAGAUCAUCAGAUGUUAAUACUUAAGGGUCAUUAUUUUGCUGUAACUGGUUGCUCUGAUUAAAGGGACAGAGAGCGUGUUUUCUCCACCCAGCGAGGUUGUUUGGCGUUUUUUCUGAAUAACUUAAUUAGGAAGUGUGGUGCCGCCAAACAUCAGCUACUCAGAGAGGGGAGUAUUAAUACCAUUCAGAUGCCUCAGUAAGAAGAGUCAUGUAAGGGGGCUGCUCAGAAAAUGCCUGCCUUUUUUUUCCCGUAUGUUUAUCCUAUCGCUGCUGCUUUAAUUGAAUUCCCAGUUAAUCUGGGUUAUUAAUUAGAUGAUUAUCCCAACAUUGCAAGAAUUCUGGGUGCAUUUUCUGCAUGCAAAAACAGCCUGAGUAGGGCUCAGAUUUCUCUAUCAGCAGCUCAAACCUUCAUUAUAGAGAUAAAGAGAGUCUCAGAGUCAGCGGCCAACUUCAACACAGCGUCAGGGGGGUUAGUGUUAUGCUUGAACUCAUUCCUGACAUCAUUUGACAAUAAAAUCAGGUGAAAUAUCUCCCCCCUGUUGAUCCAAAUAACAUAAACUCACCUCACCUCUGACCAACUGCUCUCUAUCUAAGCUGUUAAGAUGAACCUGGAACAGAAUCAAGCCCGUAACCCCCGACGACGUGGCUGUAUUAGUGCCAAUUACACCCUGCUUGGGUGCUAGCCAACAGGCCAACAGAGCCAGACCUGAAGUGAGGAACCGCUCGGAUCGCCAUGUGUGUAAUUUACACCAAGCUGAGAGGAGCAACAGAUUAAUGAGAGUUAGCAUUUGCCUCUUUUACUGAUGGUAAACAAAGUCUCAGAGUUUUGGUAUAAAUACAGCAGGGUUUUCAUAUUUUAUUAACUUAGUAUGGGAAAGCAAACCCAAAGGCCAUUCAGCGUUCAUACCUGAGGAUGUUGAGUUGUCUUUCAACAACAAAUCCAGUGACCAUACCCCAACCAAUCAUAUAAGUAAUUCCAGUGGCGUCACACAUUUGUUCUUAGCGAGGUGUUACCAACCCAAACAAUGGUGGUCAUCAUUUUGGAAGUGCUGACCCAACAUUACGUUCACUCAGCCGAGAUAAAGGUAAAGAGGUGGGGCUGAGGCAGCCAUCAACCUCCCGUCAAACACAUUUACCCAUUCAGACCAAGUGUAUACACUCAUGCUAUCAGAAUCAAAAACAGAAUAAAAAGUUGAAAAACUACUCAAAGUUUUGACACACUGUAGGUCAUAUUGGGAAAUUUUUGCAAAGGCAUCUGUGAAGGAAGUAAAUCCUUGUUAAAGCUGCAGUGUGGAUCCAGGAUCCAGCUUUUCAACAUACAUAUCAAUGUUUUUCAGCGUAUGUUUCAAAAUCUGCAGCUGUUUUGAAACCUAAAUCUUUUCACGUGGCCCUCCUCUCGUGGAGGUGAAGAUCACACUCCUAGCUGCAGCCUCUGGUUUCAGAGCAUCUGAAGAGCACUAAUUGCUGUUUUCUCUGCAGCUUCCGUCAACAGCAGGCUUUGUGGUUGAGGAAGUGUGUUUUAUUUAGGUACCAACUGGGACUGUCUGUGUGUAUCCUGUUUUGUCUGCUCCUUUGACGCCUCUAAGCUGACACUGACACACCAUCACUGACACACCAUCAAUUCCUCUGAGCUGCAGACAAAAGAACAAAAACAAGAGAGGAAGACUUUCAUCCCCAAUCUGUUUUUGUUUUCAUGAAUUGCCGUCACGUCAUCAGAACAGUAUCUGAAUCCAGAGGGGAAUACUCAGAUCUGGAAAUAUGUGGUCACGCCCUCAUGUUGACAAGCUCUCAUGAAAAAUAUUAGAUAAAGUAAAAGCUGGAGUGGUUAAGGAGCUCUUAUGUCACCCAUUCACGCCCUCUCAAACAGAGGAGUGGUGAUUGUUAUUGAGCUCAGAUGCUUUCACUGUCACAUGCAAACACUUUUACUUGCCUGAGAAAUAAUAAAUUUAUAGGUCUGACCAUGACCGUUUUUUCUUUCUGAUUGUUUAGCUUACACUCAAACAUUGUUGGUAUGGGGAAACAGUAGGACCUGAGUCAAGUUUGACAAAGCAGCUGCUGCAAGACACCACCUCCCUGUCAAUAUUAAUAGAAAGGCAUGACAUCACAGCUGAACUUUAACCUCUGUGCAGAGAAGACUGUAAGAAGUCGACUCCAGUACUGGUGAAAGGAGGGUUAACAGUAAACUGAAACCAGUGAGUGAAUGCAUGUCGAUCAGCAAGUGCAGCGGAGCAUUUCCAUGAAGUAAUAGUCAUCAUAAUAAUCAUUUUGCACUGCAGACACGCUAGUACUUCUGCAUUAGCGUCUCGGUCUGAUUGCAUUUUUAUGAAGUAAUUUUCAUAAAUGUUCUACCUUGAGCUGCGAAACUCUGCUGCACUUGGUGAUGGACAAACAAGCUGAGCAUUAUUUAAGGCUAUAGAGUGGCUUUUGGUUGAGGUUUGCACGUGGAGAUGUAGACCGCUGUGUAUUGCUAUCGUGCGGUCAUUGCUGAUUUCGGUAUAACUAGAGAAGCAAGCAGUCUGCAACAUUCAUCUCUCAAGGGGUUGUCUAACUCGGUGUUACGGUGUCUUUGACCCUAACUUAAAUUUAAGUUUUUCCUGUCAUGGGAAAAUUAGCUAGCAGAAACAAAAUGUACCAGGGUUCGGGAUAAGGUUACAUAUGCUGACAUUACACUCUGUGAUUGGCUGCUUGUCACCAGAGCUCAUCUGUUGAUCAUUAGCUGAUCUGACCACAAGCAAUGGUUGACAAGAGGUCAGACUUGGAUCAUCCAGAGAUCGGAUUAAGACGAUUUUAGGAAUUCUUUAUGAUCACAAAGCCAACUUGAGUCACUCCAAAACUUAUUUUGAAAGGGAAACUUAGAACCAUUUGGUUAAUGGCUCUGUGCAUUUUACUCUUAACUCUAUAAGCAGACAAAUAAGGAAUUUGACUUUCUUAUGUAAAAGCAUUAAACAGUAACACUAAAUUCUAAAACAACAUGUAAAAAACAUUGAUAGCACACUUGGAUUAGGAGUGGCUCUAAAUUCAAGCCCAAAAAAGUGACAUUGGUGCAUAAUUUAGUUUUAGAUAUUCUGGUUAAAUAUAUGUUUGAGUCUUCCUCAGGUGAAGUUUGUAAAAGCUCCUAACCCCAAAGGUUUUCACUGAAUUUUUAUCCCAUUGUGUAUGAAAGGGUUAAAAGCUGUCAAUAUAAUCAAAAUUGACUUACGAAAGUUUUCACAACUCCUGUAUUUAAAGUCUGCUGUGCCCUUUCAUUGACCUCACUGGAUAUAGUUUCUUGCGUUUAGAGGAGUGUGGAAACUUGGCCGAAAAGACAAUGAUAGUAGAAAGCAGACAGAGAGCAGGAAUAGUCUGUGAGUUUAAUGUUUUACCGAUGUUUACUGUGUGCAGUGUGAAAUCACAGCUCUGACUCCAGCUUUUGCAAACAGUCGCUCCGCCUUUGAGGUUUUGGCAGAUUUAUAGAUUGCAUUGUUUUUGCACGGCUGCCCGGCCUGAGCGCGUUUCUUCCUGGAAGUUAGCUGAAUAAAUAGAUGCUGCACGGCCACAUGUUGAAGCCCUGAUGCUGGGAUCGUCGGUGUUAUAAUAGCAGAUGGUUGUGAUGUUCUCAGCAGGGUGUUGGCUAUUGGACCGUCUCAUUCUUGGAAGCGGGCUCACCCGAACAGAGCCAGGAGGGAGAGAGUGUGUGUGUGUGUUGGUUAUUAACCUCAGGGUGCUUAACUCCAACACGGGAAAAGAAACUCAGGGCUUACUUUGAGGGAGGUGAAGAGCGAUGAAUAGUUUUUGAAACACGUAGCGUUAACUUUCAUGCUCUUGUUUCAUUUUGUUUUAAGGUAAAUGAAACCUGGUGGAAAACCGUCUGUAUAUACCUGAGUUUUGUGGAACAAACCUUCAGUUUUAAUGCUUACCCUUAAUCACUAAACCUUGGCCCUGUCUUAUAAGAAAAUAAAACCAGAAUGAGGAGUGAAUCAGAAGUAUUGGACUCAUCUAAGCCAGCAGAUGUUAAAUAGGAUGUAAUAGCUGCAAGUCUGGCCAAGACUUUUCCAAUCAAUUGUAGAAGCAUGUGAUUUUCUAGUCAGGUCAUGAUUAGGUUGAAAAACACUUUUUUUUCGCACUAAACUUUAUUUACAAUCUCAAUGACGUGUUUUUCCUUCUAACAAGAAGAACCCAAUCACAGGGAAUAUACUGCACCAGAAAACUGGACCAUAUUUCUGUCAUAGUGGAAUUAAACCACAUCCCUUUUUUCUUGUACAUGUCUGUUAAACUCUUAUAACUAGGUAGCACAUAUCUGGUGUUGACAGUUUCAUGCAUGUGGACAAAUUUUCCACCAUGUAUAUUGACUUUAUUUCUUUGGUAAUACAGCCUUCCUUUCUCGGCAUACACAGUACAAUGUGGAACUAACUCUGCUACCAUCAGUUGCUCCUAGCUUGUGUUUGUGGGGUUGUAGUGUGGUCUUGUGCUUCUCACAGUAAGUGCAAUAUAAUGCAAAUAAUUCACCACACAAUUGUUGUUUUUUUUCACUAGAAACGGAUGAACGAGGCAUACCAAUUGCAUUGUAAUAAAGCAAACAAAUCAACAUGUUUACUUUGCAGACAUGCUUGGUGAGAUGAACUCUAGUUUGCUUCCUGUUUGAGCACAUGUGGAGAGCAUUUUCUGAUCAUCCACCUUCUACACCUGCAGUGCUAAACAAGGGGGGGUUAUGUCAUCCACAGAUACCUGGUGAUAAGCUCCAGGUCGGACUAGAAAAGAAUAAAGCAAUUUUAAAUUGGAGGCAAGUUCCCAGGAGAGUGAAAAUAAGUCUACUAUGUUAUUAUUUUUUGGUCUUUUCAUUAUAAAAUUGAGAACAGUUUUGCUCGAUUAUAGAACAGACUGUUUCCAAUCCAGUCUGUAAUAAAACAGACACACCCAGAUGAGCUGUUUUCAAAUAAUGUCAAGUCAUAGGAUACAGUGUUGCCCUGUUAUUUAGACCAGAGACAGACCUCCCUGGCUGCCUCAUUAGAAGCCAGAGCAGAGGGCGACUGGACCUCUGUGAGACAAUCAGAUAGACCAGCCUUGAAUUUUUCCUCUUUCAAGCUCACUCCAUAGCUGUUCGGAUCGAUACCAGCAGGCUGUAGAGCGAGCAGUCAAGGUUAUGGAUGCACAAAUGGUGAGUCAUUGUAAAACAUGAGGUGAAGCCAAGGUGCCACAUUCACAGCAUAAAGCACAUAGCACAUGUAUAUUUAACUCUGCUCACACCCUUACACACACACACAUAUAUACACUGUGGAUGUCACUGUGAAACACGAGGCAGAGUCAAGGUCACACACAUGGUGGGGCACAGUAUACAUAUAUAUUUUAUAUGAAACAAAGACAGGAGAGUAAAUAAUAACGGUGGAGGUUUAGUAUAUUGAAUGGACACAUUUUCCUGUUACUGGUACACAAAGACAGUGGACACUCUGUGUGAUGUGUCUGCAGAUUCAAUCCAACAAAGCCAGCUCUGAGCUGUUUAAUUGGAUUUGGCCAAAAUGCAUCAGUCUGACAUGGCAUGCAAAUUCAAUGCACUUGCAGGAUGCUGUAUCCUUUAGUUACCUUUGAAGGCUUACUGACAAGCUUACACGCAUGCAUAAUUCAUAAGUGCAACCAUAUGUCACACAGGGCUUUAUAUGUCUUUAGAUGUUUUAGAGCUUGCACCACCAGCCCUACAUGGUUCCCCCUUUGUGGGAUACUGUCUACAUACCUCACAAACAAAUCCUAUGUGACUUUUGGCUUCCAGAUAGGAGCGUCCCGAUACAACUUUUUAACUUCAAUACCGAUAUUUUAGCCUUCAAUAUUGACUGAUACCAAUGUUGAUCUGAUAUUGGCACAAACUUGUGCACGACAAGUUUUGCACUCAGCUGCAAUGUCUUUUUUAAACUUUUACGAAAAAUACUGCCACACCGCCGACAUUACUACUACCCCUAGCUCAGGCAUGUCCAAACUAUUCCACGAAGAGCCGGUGUGGCUGCAGAUUUUUCUUCCAACCAAGCAGCAGCACACCAGACUUGAUUCAUUUCAUCAGCUGAUCUCAGUCUUCAGACAGCUGAUAGGUCAGACUGCAUGCUCUUGAUUGGUUGGAAGAAAAACCUGCAGCCACACCGGCUCUUUGUGGAAUAGUUUGGACAUGCCUUCCCUUGCUACUUUGUUAGUACCGUCAUACACACUGUUGUUGUGAUCAUAUGGGCUCUGCAUGAUGGAUCCUGGCUCUGUUAGCUAGACGUGCUGGAGUGGAGUCUGAAAUGGACUGCUUGUAUUGGAAUGCUGAUAUCUGAGAUUUUAGAUGCAGGUCGAUAUGAUCCAAAAAUUGUUUUUUGGCUGAUAUCGGACUGAUAUACGGUAUCAAUAUCGCAUCGGGACAGCCCUAUUUCCAGAUGACUUCAUUGAUCAGUCAAGCUUGGUAUUAAAAGCAAAACUUAAAGCCAGAAACCAAGGUUUGAAAUUGGCCCAUCCACUCAAAGCUAGUUUUGGUGCCAGGACCACAGAAGAGUUGCUACCAGCUGUUUUAAGGUUUUCAGCGGGAGUUACAGCUACAUCACUUGCAUCUUGUCCAAACCGCUGAAUUCACUCCCUUCAUCCCUCGGACCUUGUUUUUACAAGAGUAAAACAGACGCACCAUAUUUUAUUUACAAUUCACAAAAGGGCAGAUUUGUUUAACAUCCACCCAUUCAAGCAUGUAACUCCCUCGGAUACUCUUCAUGUUGAGCCGAAGUAAAAGAAGAUCUGACUUGACUCUGUGAUCCCGCAGUGUGGAGGAAGCAGAUUCAAGAGCUCACUGGAUUCCUCAGAGAGCUUUUUGAGUACAUUCACGUUAUGUAAGUGUGUUCACAGUGCGUCAGAUAAGGCCUAAGUGAUGGGAGUAAUCAGUUUCCUGUGAGGUAAUCUGCCUCUCAGCCUUUGGAAAAUGUUGUAAUCAAGUUCCUACUGCUGUGUAACCUUUACACUUUCUUUAUAUUGGCAACCUGAGAUGCUUUUACUGCUAUUAGCACUGUUAUUAUGUAGAAGUAGAGUCAAAGUGAUCAAGAUGAUCUUGGGUCUGGUGCCACGUCUUCAUGCUGUUGCAGGACAUUCGAAGUUUUACCGCUCCCUCGAAGAACCAAGGAGAACACACAACAACAUAUUUACACUCAUACGUCUGAUAACCACACACCCAGAGUUGAAAAGUUCAAACUCCCUCAUGAUUCCUGGAAGUUUUAUCUUCCCCCAGGCGUGGAUCCACCGACACAUUCUGUUCUCCUGCUGAAUCUCAGGACAAAAUGACUAAUAAGCUGCAUCAUGACCUCACCCACCAACCAAAGACCCCUGUGCAGAGUGAGGACACUCACUCAUCCACACACACACCCUCUGUCACCAUGGAGACAGGAUGGUUUCCAAAUGAUGGAAUCUGUUUGAGCACAACAGUCAAUUGAAACGAGAGGUUCAAGGUUGAUUCUUGGACUUUCUGAGAAAGUCAUUUGACAGUUUCUGUACUGGAUUGCUUAAGUUUUCAUGCGUCAUACUUCCCUUCCAGACCCACACAUAAAUUUUGUUUAUUUUUCAUUACCAUAUUUAUCAUUGUUUAACUGACUGUUUGUUCUGAGAACUCCCAGUGCUUCCACUUGCACUCAUGGAAUGGAGAAGCAAACCACCUUCUGUUUUAUGUGCAUGCAUGAAAAGCCAAAGCAGGGAGUGCAGUAGCAAAGACCUGGUACAGCACAAAGCAGCAUCAGCGACGGUACAUAUGACCGUGGUAAAACCAGACUCAGCAUAAAAAAGGAGGAGCAGAGCAGUUUGCACUAAAAGUAGCAGGAGAAGGUAUCUUAAAGUGGUUCAACUAUAAUGCCCAAUUAUAUGAAUUUGACUGGUCAUAGAUGGGUGGACUUGUUGUUAUGGUGACUGAAAAGACUUUAAGGGGGCGCUCACAACAAGCGCGAGUAAGACCAUCAACUUGCUUAAUUGGCACAAAUCUGGAUGUGUGAAUGAAUAGUAUUUCCUCGCUUCAUUCAUGCAACAACGGUAAUUUUAACAGUAAUACCUGCCAAUUCCGCAUUGAUUCAACAUGUAACUCAUUCGCGCGAAUGAUUUUACUCACACUUGGUGUGUGGAGACAGUCAGUGCAACAGAGAGACUAGAAUCCUCAUUUAACCAGCUAAGAAGAGGCUGAAGGCUAAAGUAUGACUUUUUGCCAGACAGAGGUGGAGUUAGACCUGAUAUGUAAAAGUCACUGCAUCAGACAGUCCUGUAGCUUCAGCACUGAUUUGAAGAUGUGCAUAAAGUAAGAAGAGCGAGAUGACAAGAGUCUUCAAAUAAUGGACAAAUCCACUCUAACGUUCUCAAUCCAUCCCUCUCUUUCUUUAUCCCCGUUCAUCAAAUUUUAUGGCUUACAAUCGUAACGGAUUACUAUUUAGUGAACUCAAUGUUUUCUCUUGUCAUUUGUCAAAAUUGACAAAGCCAUGCUCAUGGUGGACCACUAUUUGAUCUCUAUUUAAAAAAAGUGCACCCAAGAGUCUGGACCUCCUCUUCUUCUCCCCUUUCGGUCAAACUUUUUCUGUUUGGAUUUAGUGAUUUAGUGUUUAAGUUUCUGCACCUUUGUACUUGAAUCAUCUAGUUACAAGGAUAUCUCAGCAAUUGAGAAAUUGUUCAGUAUCUCUGCCAGUGAUGGGCCUUUUUGUGAUUCUUCAUAAGUAGUAGCACAAGUAGUCGUAGUACAGCUUUGACUUUAUAAGUCAUGACGAGCACUUAAGCUAGAAACGUUUCUUGACAUAAACCCUGCAGUGUCAGUACGACUUAGAUUAAGUUGGGGGAAUUUUCUGUAAAUUGCAGGUGUGUCUUGACCUCCUUUUUUCCUAUCAACCCCAGCCCCAGUUCAAUUCCCCUCCAUUAACAGACUCAUGCAUUUGUCUCUGCUUCGUUUCAUCAACCUCUCCCUGCCUUUUUACACAUCCCACAUGAGUGAGGAGUCAGGAUGGAUAACAGCAAAAAGUAAAGGAUUAGAGGAGGCAGCUUUGACGGUUUCCAUCAGUACUGAAGGAGCAUCGUUCCUCUUGCAUUGAGACAAUUAGCUUGAUCUGUUUUUGAGGUUAGUUUUUCUGUAGCUUUCCCUUCUCUGCACCAUUUGCAUCCUGCUGCUGUGCUGUAGAUGAAAAAAUAAUAUGAGAUGCUUGGGUUUGCUAUCACUGUUAAAAGGCUGUAAUGUGUUCUGGUAGCGUUAGCUUUAUAAAUGAUGUAUGGGCUCAUACUGUCUCUGCUACUGAGCUGCUUAAGCGACUGAGUUAUACUACAGUAAGGAGAGGAGUCUACACGGCGUCUGGCAGCACAGGUAUAAAUAUACAGGGAUUGUAAAAUGAACUGACAGUAAGCAGCACUCACCCACAUCGGCGAGGAUUACCGUCUCCAUCGCUUACAGGUCUCUGUAUCACUUUCUAAGAAACCGAGCUUUUAAAUUCUACCAGACAAAAUUUAGCUCAGUCUCAAGUCAUCAGAAACAGGUUCAGACAAGUCCUUUUUAGCCAAGUCAGUCUUUCAAGACUGGCUGAUAGCUGUGGGUCUAUUUUAAAUAUGUGAGAGUCUGAAGUCAAGGCUUAGAGGGUAAAGAGCGCCCUAGGAUUAGUUCCAGAGUAAUCAAAAACAAGUCCAAAGUGACAUUUAGGAUCUUUGCAAAACAAGUUGAAGAAAUUUCAAACCAUUUGGGGGUAAGCAAAGACUGGCCUAAACCAGAGUUUCGAGUUUUUUUAGAGAAAUUCAAGUAGAUUUGGAGGACUGGUUAAGCAAAUUGAUAUUGUCAAGCCACCGAGGGCAGAGGUUGUUAAUGUGAAGACAAGUUUAAAGUCUUUUGAUAGAGUCUAAGAUUCAUAUACUUGCCUGUUCAUGUUUUGUCGGAUUGAACUGACAUUUUAUUAUUGCUAAGUUGAGUUCAGGCCAUCUAGUCAACACUGAGCCUAAAAUCCACAUUGUUGUGAGAUUAAAGAACAAUUUGUUCUUUAAAGGUUUAGGACUGUUGCCAUCAAUCCAUCCAACCACCCACCCACUGAUCUAUCUAUCUAUCUAUCUAUCUAUCUAUCUAUCUAUCUAUCUAUCUAUCUAUCUAUCUAUCUAUCUAUCUAUCUAUCUAUCUAUCUAGCUAUCUAUCUAUCUAUCUACCUACCUACCAUCCAUCCAUCCAUCCAUCCAUCCAUCCAUCCAUCCAUCCAUGUCAGCGCCCUGCAGGUAUGUAUUCCAUCCUCUCAGGGUAUAUUAUCUCAUGGUGGUCAGGUUUCCAGCCUUCUGGACUGGAUGUUAAAGAGCCGGUAGCAGCUGCUGGAAAGUAUGUCGUCCACUUCCUGAGAAAACAUUCCCGCUCGUGUUGUUGUGGUCGAUUUAUUAUCACAGUGUAACUGCUGUGAGUGGUUGAUAAAAAAGUGAAACUGUGCAAACACUGCACAAAGGCUGUUCGAGGUAUCUGUCAGAGUUUGAAGGAGAAGGAUUACAGACCGGGAGAGUUUUUUUUGCUGGUAGGAACAUCUUGAACUUUCAGUUUUAGUUCAGGGGAAUUCAGACGAAGGGAAAGUAUCUCAGUGUUGUAAAAUGUCAUAUCUUCUACAUUAGUGUACUACACCUCAGUUGAUGUUCACACUCCCUUUCAAAGUCCUUUCAUCCCUGAAUAUAUAAGCUUGAUCCCUCAUGGGUGUUCAGUGGUUGUGUAACUGCACAGUAAGACAUUGCCUCUGCAGCUGGAUAACAAAUAAGUGCACACUUUCUGCUUUCUUUUUAGUUACACAAGUUAAGCUGCAAACGCGUUGCCAAACAGUGCUUAUCAUCCCCUCAACCUCCAUUUGCAGUCUAUAAACCCCAAAUCAAAAAAACUAAUCCUUGGGUCAUAGUUUUCUUUACCAGAUGUAUCAGAGCCAAAGUUGUAGCUGCUGGAGUGGUGGCUGAGAUAGACAAAGUGAAUGUGGGAGGGGGUGAGCAGCGUGUGGAGUAGUUAUCAUCCAUUUAUCGUUAUCGAGGUGAACUGCUCAAUUUAUCAUGGUAUUGAUUCGAGGCCAUAUUGUCCAGCCCUAGGCUGACUGGUAUACGAGGUGUGUGUAAGCAGUGGCUUGGUUUUUGCACAUCUGGGGAUGGAUAGCUGUAAGCAAGAACAAAUGUUUGGAAGUCAAGUAAACCUUUUCUGUAUUUGUGUCGUUAAUAUACUUUAUUUACAUGCCAUCAUCAGCGCUAAAAUAAAACAAAGCCUGGGAGUCUCCUUUGGCCUUGUGCUGGUUUUAGCAGGCUGAGGGUUGGCCUGGGUGGUCCUGAAAGCUGGAACUUUGUGUUCAAUUGUUUGACCUCUCAAAUCUCGAUCCAAUCUCCAAUAAGGGGAACUGUGUGGUACUCUGUCUGCGGCUGUGUGUGUCUGAGUGUAUUGUAUUGUCUUUACUGUAUGUGCGUGACUUCACCCAUGCUUUGUGCAUGUGUGCCCUCAUUCCUUCUCACCCUGGUGCAGAUUUGUCUGUGUGUCCAGAAAGAAUAUAUUAUGUCUGUGUGAUCUCACCUAAAUCACGACAGUGUGUCUUACCUCAUGCUUUCACACCCGGCUGCAGUAUCGAGACACUGUAGAUGUGUGUGUGUGUGCCUGAAAGUUCACUGUGCAGUCCCAGGGUAUAACACCAACCAGUGAAAACAUUCCCUCAUUUAUCUUUCCUGACGUUUCCUCGAAAAAAGAAAGAAUAGAGGGGUAUUGUUUCUGCUAAAGGGCUGGAAAAAUAGAGGAAGUUUUUCCCCUCGAGGGUGUGGCUGGUCAGUGAUGUCAUGCUGUUGCUUUGGUUACAGUGUAAUCAUUGUGUGUGUGUAUUGGAGGAGAGGGUGAUUUUGAGUUCCUGUCAUGUAUUGUUAAGAGCCAGACAAAUAGACAGAGUCCACAUACGUGAGUUAAUAACACACCGGCUGUGAUACAGUGUGAUGUUAUUUGCUCUUAAAGCAGGUUCAGUAAAACAUCCAGACAAGUCCGACUGGCUCUGCUCAAAACAAAAACUCCUCUUCUUUUUACUACGUCUCAAACAAACCUCUAUAAAUAGUUGUGUGGGUGCCUGUGAUGUUUAUUUUAGUAAGUGCCUGUCACACUAUGGUGCAAUAAGUUCAUGUCUGCUGCAUAUUACUCCUGUUUUAUAUAAGUAUAACAUUCACCAGUGGAGUGUACGAUACAAAAGGGCAUCUAUUUAUAAUAUCAUGUACAAACCAAGCUCCACAACAGAAGGGUUGCUUUGUAAAAGGUCGAACUUAAACAACUUUGAUUUAUGGACAGCUGCUCAACAGUUCAGGACUGCAGGCAGUCCAGUUUAUCAGCAGGACUCUUCUACUACAGAGCCAUGCUGUUGUAAUCCCUGUUGUCAGAAUGUGGUUUGUCAUUGUCUUGCUGAAAUAUGAAGGUCUUCCCUGAAAAAGUCUUUGUCUGGAUGGCAGCAGAUGUUGCUCUUACUGUAAACCUGUAGAAAUUGUUCAGCAUUAAUGGAGUCUUCACAGAUGUGGACACUGAUGAUCUAUAUACCAUCAGGGAUGCUUAUAACAAGCCAGGUGGCCCCUUUCCUUUUCAGAGUGGAUGAAGCAGCGUCCAUAAUUUCCAAAAAGAAUGUUCACAUUUUGAUUUAUCAGACCACGGGACAGUUUUCACUCCACCUCACUCUACCUAAAAUGUAGCCUGGCUGGGCCAUCCUGUUGCGUGAAUCACUUGCCGUUCCUUCCUAUUGGGAGUGUGCAUUCCCAAUCAGAAAAUAACCGGGCCAAUCAAUCACCCGUUCCCGGACAACAGGGAAAGGCAGCCCCUGAUUGGUCCAUGUGUAGAUGGUGACGUCUAACACAUGCUGCGGGACUUUUCAAAGCGCCGUUCAUUCAGAACGCCGUUAAUUCUGCAGUUGACUUUGCAAAGUCGGCGGAAAUCGUUUAGAUCCGACGUCUUCUGCGAAUCUAAAAGAUUUCUGCCGACUUUGCAACGUCAACUGCCCCCCUGUACCUGUCAGAGCUCCUGCAUCACCACUCCCCAGCCAGAGCAUUAAGGUCCUCUGACCAGUUGCUUUUGGACAUCCCCAAAACCAGAAUUAAGUCUGGAGGUGACAGGGCUUUUUUAGCGGUCGCCCUGAGACUCUGGAACAGUCUACCUGGCCGUCUUAGAGCCUCACAGACCCUAGAGACUUUAAAAUCCUCCUUGAGGACCCACCUUUUUUCCCUUGUGUUUAAACAUAAAUAAACUCACACAAAUCAUAGGCACUGUAGCUGUUAUUCUUUUACUGUCUGUAUUUUGUCCCACUGUUUUUGAUUUUAUUGUUAUCUAUCUAUUUAUUUACUCAUGUUAUUUAUCCUAUGUACAGCACUUUGAUUGACUGCUGUCUUCUUAAAGGUGCUUAUAAACUUGACUUGACUUCUUUGGAUGGUACAUUGUUAAUCUGCAUGCAGUGAUUCCCACUACAGAGUCACUUGUAAUUUUAGUUAGUCUGUUAAUGAGCCUAUUAUAACUGUAGAUUCCCCAUCUCUGCUGUUGCUCAGUAAUCUUUAAUUACUGUGGGUCAGUUCUGGUCUGAUUCUGGUUCUGAUAAAUGUGCAAUUGCCAGCUGGGUGAUUUUAUCAUGUAAAGGUCUUUUUCGUGAUCAGCCUCAUCUAAUUGCCUCUUCUUGUCUCCUCUCUUUUGUCCACCCUUUCCUUCCCUCCUCUCCUGCAGUAUGUGGAGUCGAACUGGCCCAGGGAGGCUUCUUCGUGCGGCAGGGCGAAUACAUCUGUACUCAAGACUAUCAGCGACUGUACGGCACUCGCUGCUUUAGCUGCCAGGACUUCAUUGAAGGGGAAGUCGUGUCUGCCCUGGGCAAGACCUACCACCCCCGCUGCUUCGUCUGCGCCUCCUGCAAGUAAGAUACUGGGAUGUGGGGUCCAGAGUCAAGGGGUCUAUUUUCACAGGACCUGCUCUGAAUCAGGCAAAAUCUCGUCUGUAUUGCUGUCAAGCUUUUAAACAGUUAAGGACCAUCAGAUCCACUCUUUGGUCUGUCAGUGCAGAGUUAUCCAGUCUUAUGUUUGUCACCGGGGCAUGUAUCAGUGUUUGUGUGUGGGGGGUGAGUGGGUGGUUGUGUUUCUCAGGCCUCAGAAAGGUAACGGGAGCCUCUCUCAGGCAGGAAUUCGGAGUGCGUAGUCAAUCAGAACAGCCACUUAGCCCAUUCCCACAGAUAGUGUUAACUGCCUUUUCAAGCGUGUGCUGGUUUCCUGUGUGUGUGUGUGUGUGUGUGUGUGUGUGUGUGUUCAUAACUCUGUGAGCCCUUCACUGAACCUGAGAUCAGAAUGUCCUAAUGUGGCAUUUGAGGGUUUGUUACGUGAUCUUCUUCUCCACUCCUUUUCUCCUCUGUUAACAAAAAUCUCCUUUGUGGUGAAACACACGCGCUUAUUUUACUGAAUCUGAAAAUAGAUCUGAGAAAAAAAUGUGGCUUCAGAUGUGACUUCACACACAGCUGUGUAUGUUUGUGUGUGUGCAUAAGGGCAGAGCUGUAUUGAUCAUCAAUGAUUCAUCAAGAGAAAUCGACCCCUGCUUUCACUCUCUUCGUCUGGGGUUGUUUUUGUGUUUCUGUCUGUCUCUGCGCGUUCCUCUCUGUCCCACUUCAAGAUUCACCUGCAGUGAUGAAUCCAAUUAAAACAGACUAAAUAUAAGAAGUAGACGGAGCCUGUGGAUCCAAGCUGUGAAGCAUUAACCUGUAUCUUUGGUUCAAGUUUUCUUCAUCAAAGUUUUGAGUACUUUGGUCUAAUCUGGAGCACAAAUGGUUACCGUGUGAUUGUCAGGUUGCUAAAACAUUAAAUGUUACAUUAAAAAAUAACAGAAAAGGAAAAUUUUGUAAGUUUCCUAAAGUCAGAGGUUGGCACUAUUAAAGGGAUCAAUCAGUUAACCUUCAAGAAAUAAAAUUAACAUCAAUUUUGCUAGCAGUUAAUCAGCUAAUUUGGUUAAAUGACCCCACGUAACCUGCUGCAAAUACGAUAGUCUGCCACAACCUAAAGCGUCUGCACAAUCCAGGUCCAGGACAUGAUUUGAUCUGGACACCUUUUAUUCAUAAAGCUCCACACUUUGCUUCAACUCUACAAAGGCAGUAAUGGAGGCAGAAUGGAUGCCGUCCGCCUCCUCGCUGAGUGAAGCCACAGAGAGAACAGCACCCUCUGGUGAUGGGCUGCAGUACAGGUCCGAAAUCCCGCCUCCUCCAGCAAUCCCUGUGGAGUUGUGGACAAACUUUAGACAUUAAUUACACAGAAUAUAAAUUUUUUCCCCCCUGGUCGUGAUGUUGACAUGUAGUUACUGUAAGACUGGUUUUUGCUCAACUCCUCUUUUUCUGUACAGCUCCAUUUUUAAAAGUUAUUAAGUUAUUAAUGUUUUCUAUGAUUGACACUUGGUACAAUCUAAGGGUGUAUGAAGAUUGCGUAGCUCACCCAGGGGAUACACUGUUUGAGCCCAACGUCAUUACAGCUACUCUCUGCGACUGUCCCGCCGAAUACGUACAAUGCUACUGUGCAAAUGGUGGAGUGCAUACAAUACUACUGCGCAAUGUUGGCUUCAGGAAGUGGGAAAAAAUUGAGGUAAUACCGGGAGCUUUUCAGCUUCAAAUCAGUAUACUGUCAGAAGGCGGAACCAAGUUGUCCAUAGUAUAUAUCGUCUGUGGUCUUACCGUGUUAAUGCAGGGUUAAUGCCUAAAACAGGUGUCGCUCUGUUUUAGUGAUCUAGAUCACGUGGUUCACCAAGAACCAGUGUUUCGAUGAGGUUUUGGCCUUUUUAUUUAUAAGUUAACCCAAACAAAGAUAUUGGCAUUUUCUUCUUCUCCAACCAGUCCUGUAAGUCAGCUAAAGUCCACACCGUGUUGCAGGUUGUGGUCACUUUGAAUCUGUUUUCUUCAAUUUGGUUGAUGUCUCUUCAACUGAGUUUCUCAAUUAUUUGAUAUUUGUUCUUGUGUUUAAUAUGGCAGAGUAAUGAUUUUCAUUUUAAAUUUGCCGCCCUGUCUUUAGCCCUUUUUUCCGUAGGCUGCAGUUUGUCAUUUAGACUCCUGGUCCCAUCAGACACUCGAUAGAUAUGCAACUUUCCUCCUUUGUAAUUAAUAAUAGUAAGAAUCUGUCUGACCUGUCUGCUAUGACAGCUGCUAAGCCACAAAAAAACAGAUCCAUCCCAUCAUGUUCCAAAUUUUUGGAGACAAACAACAGAUUUGUGAGCUUUUGGAUGCACAAACAAUAGUCAUUUUCUUCUAUUUGAUGUUGUAUCUUUUCCUUUGUUUGUUUGCAGACAGCCGUUUCCAGCUGGCGACAGAGUGACAUUUAACGGGAAGGAGUGUAUCUGCCAACAGUGUACCCAGCCUCUCCCUGCCAACAGCCCCGCACCCAUACAGGCUGUGCACAGUCAGUACUUUCUUUAUGUCGGACUGGAACAUCAAUCACGAAACCUACAUCCUGCUUACUAUGAUUUGUUGCUCUGCUCAUUAUAUUCCCUGCCUCCAACCUUAAACUGGCACUCUUUUAAAUUGUCUCAAGUCCACUUUCAGUGAAACAAAUGCUCUUUUUUGUCUUUUGCUAAAUCAUAUCGAGGUGCUGCAGAGGGGAUGGUUUUCAUAUUUUAUAUUCAUGUGUUGGUUUUCUGCAGACUGCUGCGGCUGUGGGAAGGAGUUUAAGAACGAACAGUCUCUGGUAGCGCUGGAAAAACACUGGCACCUGGGCUGCUUCAAGUGCAAAGUCUGCAACAAAGUGCUCAACGCCGAGUACAUCAGCAAGUGAGUCAGGAUGAAUUUAGAAGCACAGUGUCGCCAUGAAGAGUGGCUCUGCUUCUAUAGGAGUUAUCAGAUGAUCCAUAAAUGUUUGUAUUACCAAUCGGAUUGAAACUUGAGAUCCUCAAACCCCAAAUCUUUACCUUUCGGUGUCCAAAACCAAAAUGAUUUUCUUUUAGGCAUCAACUAAAUUGGUUAGCUUAUUCAGCUUAUUCACAGACAUAUUUGGAGAGAAUUUCUUAACUUUCACAGGAUUGGACAGCUCAGAGCUGACAGCCACAUAAACACAAAACCCAGGAAUGAUCAGCACACUGUUUCUGUCCAGUUCAGCGUCUGUCACCCUCAAAAAUGUUAUGUUAUUAACCACACAGAGAAUCAUGACGCGUCCCUCAAGUGUAUCUCAAGUUCUUUUCACAAGCUUCUCUUCUGCCUCUAACCUGCUGACUCACCCUCUGUCGUCUGUACAGGGAUGGGAUCCCCUACUGUGAGAUGGACUAUCACGCCAUGUUUGGCAUCCAGUGUGAGAGCUGCAAGAAGUACAUCACUGGAAAAGUCCUGGAGGUAAUCUUGUUGUUUUUUGUAGCUGCACUCUGAGCUGUUAUUUUCCAAAUCUUGACCCUCUUUCUGCAAAACCUUCAUCAAACUUUUAUGAAACUCACCUCAAGUGCUACAUUACAAAGGCCUCUAGGAAAUGGUGUCUGAACAGAUGCUGAUUCAGCUUCUAAUCAUGUGUAACUUUUUUGGAGUUUUUAGACUCAUCAAAACUAAAAUGAGAUUAAUCCCUCUGCAGCCAGCCGUGUGCUGCCCUACAGAGAAUAACCAGACUGCCAGGAUCUGCAGAUAUUCAGCACAAUCUCUCUCUUUUGGCUGUGGGCUAAUAGCUUUGACCUCACUCUCUGCUGCUCUCUCACAUGUUACCUUUCCUUGUUCCUUUCCCUCCCCUCACCCUUUUGGAAGGUUGAAUGUUAGAAUAGAAUAGAAUAGAAUAUUCCUUUAUUGAUCCCCCAUGGGGGAAAUUUUUUUGUCAAAAAAAAAAAAAAAAAAAAUGUUCUUCGUUACUCUCAAACAGAGCUGCACCACUCCUUGUUCUAAUAUCACUGAUUCCUGGUCUUUGCAUGUGUCAAACAUGUCAUUAGAUAUGAAGAGUAUGAAGCAUCAACUCGCUGUUGUUGUUGGUGUACAAUGCACCAUCUAAUCUAAUUUUAUGUAAUCUAAUCUAAUAUUCUUGGGCUUCACAAUCAUAUGAUAUAACAUUGAAAUGAUACAUUAUGACUCUGUAUGGUAUGAUAUAUAAGGUUCAUACACCUUUAUUUUCCCUAAAGGGUAAUUUGGUUUUGGCAGUUUUCCCAAAAUAUAAAUAAAGUUCAUAAAACUACAUGACAUGAUGUAACAGUAUACAAUACAAUACAUUCAAUUCAGUUCAGCUAGAUUCAAUACAAACCCAUAUGAUACAAUUCAGUAUGGUACAUUAUAUUACAAUAGGAUUCAAUACAGUACAAUACAAAUCAGUGUAUGAUACAAUACAAAUUAGUACAACUGAGUACGUUACAAUGGGAUAUAAUUUAAUAGGGAACGAUGCAAUAUGUUAUAUAUAACAUAUACAAUAUACAGUUCAGUAUGUUACAAUAUGACAUGAAGAGAUAGAAUAUAAAAUCAUGCUAUCAACGCGAUAUGAUUCAAUGUAAGUAUGGUGCAAUUGAGCCCUGUACAAUAUAAUACAGUAUGAUACAUUAUGAUUACAUUCGAUACAAUACGUUUCAGUACACUGUGAUAGGAUGUGAUUGAAUAUGUUACAAUACAAUAUGAUACAAAUGAAUACGAUACAAUAGGAUUUAGUACUGCAUAUUAUGAUAUAAUAUGACACGAUUGAAAAUGUAUAAUAGGAUUUAGCCCGGCAUUGAUAUGAUACAAUAUGAUAUGUGUAACUACACGUUGUCAUAUGCUACAAUACACUGUGAUUUGGUGGGAUUGAUUGAAGUUGAAACAAUAUAAUACAUUGCAAUAACACUUAUACCACACUGAAUGUGUGAGAGUCAGGCCUGCAGUCUUGAUAGGUAAUGUUCCAGACGGUAAUGGAGUACUGUGAGAUCUCUAAGAAGUGAAGGCGGUUGCCCAUUUAGGGCUCUUACUGUAAUAUCAUAAGAUAUGUUUUGAAGCAGAACACACAUUCCAGCUUGCAGAAGGAAAAAAAAACACAAUAAUCUUGGAGAAUGAGCAGCUGAAAGGUUUGUUACAGAGGCAGGUAGAGGUCUAGAGCAGAAGAAUGUGUCUGGAGUGAAGCAGCCUGUUGUUCUGCAGGGAUGGAGGGAUGAGACAUGGGAUACUCUCCCAGGGCAUAGAGAGGGAUGAGAGAAGGAGGAAGAAAGCUUUUAGAAAAGGGGUCUUGGAAGCUACCGCUGUGACCUCAGAACAACAGAGCAGCAUUAUUGAGACCAACAAUAAUCCCUCUCUCUUUUACUUUCUCUCUUUUCUUUCAUCGCAUGACGCCUCUCACAUUCUCCCCUCUUAUAAACACCUAUCAGGUUCCAGAGUGAGGAGGGCAACGGGGAAAGAAUCAGACGAGAGCAUAUUACAAACCGUUUUGUAUGAAGCCACUGGGUGUAUACUUUGAUUAUUUGGUCCUGUAGUUUUUCAAGCUGAAGUCAGUCUAGUGGGACUAAAAGCACCUGAACCUGUUCAGUGUGUGGGUUUUGGUUUUAUGUUUGUGUUUGUGGAGCAGGGAGAGGCUGAGUGGUUUUGUGUUUGUUUGCUCGAGGCCAGAUUUUCCAUACUUCAGUUCUCCUUUCAUUACCUCAUACUCUUAAACACAAGACGAAAGGUUUAGACCAGGGGUUAAUUAAAGGGUAAUUCAGGUCAUUUUGAACCUGUCCGCCAUUUAGCGUGCAGCUAUGAAAAGUGCUGCAACAACUGGAACGUAAUCUCUUGGGGCAAAUGUGCCUGAUUAUUAUACUAAUAUUCAUUUUCAUUGUUAUGGGUGUCAUUUUGGUGGUUAUUGUCAGUACUAAUCGGAACAACAACACCAAAAACUAACCUCCCAGCACAAUGUUAGACUAGAAACCUCUAAAUUUGUAAGAUCAAUGUCACUGAUUUUAUUAAUGUAGUCUGGUAGCUUUAGAAAAGUUAAGUAACAGUCUACUUCAGUGCUAGUUUAGACAGGCCACUAUGCUGAGCUCUACUAUUCCUGCUUCCUUUGCAACCCGUCCCUACCCUAACUCAUCUUUUAUGCUUUUCAUGGUUUAACAAGUGUCGUGUACUUCCUGUUCUGUUUUGUCUUUGCUGCUGCUCUCCCUGCCUUGACUUUUUUAUGUAUAUAUGAGAGGGGAUGUUUGGGAUAUGUUAUAUGUAUUCCUAAAGACACCUGGUCUACCCUGUCCAGGGGGUCUUUAUAAAGAAUAAAGCCACAUGAUGAAAUAUAACUGUUUGCAUACAGAUUUCUGAUCUGUUAGACCAAACUGGUCUCACUGGAAUGCAACUAACUUUAUCAAAAAACUAUCUUUUGUUGUUUUAAGUAGCGGGAAGAAAUUUGAAGACAAACCUUUAGAGAAUGCUUUGUGCCUGAGGGUUGCAAAGUGGUACUUGCAGACCAUUUCCCAACUUCUCCCAAUGCAAUCUGCAAUCUAAAAUUAGGGGCCAAGUUUAAAAAUAUUCAAACUCCCAUUCAGUGUUUUAUGAUAUUGGAGAUCAUAUUACUUCCAAACUAAUAAAAGCAUUAAAACAAACUUUCUAUGGUGUAAAUCCCCCGUGAGAUGGUGACAUGCUCUAUAAAUAAAGACCAAGCUCUUUGGCAUCUUUUUUCAUUAUUAAAUCAAAUGCCACUCUACUGAGCUGUCACUGUGUAUUAGUUUAGACGCCAUCCGCAGCCACUCCACCUGUGCUUUGCUGCUCUUUGAAACAGUGACAGGGAGACCAAGCAUUCAAAAUGUCAUGACAUUUGGUUUAGAUCAAAGUGUCGGCCUUGUGGGAAUGUAUUGAGUCAAUAACAAGCUGGCAUCAGUGGAGGAGGCUAAAAUGAAACUGGUGCUGUUAUCUCAUCUCAUUCUUGGGUUUAUUUAUUGCUCUACACAGAAAUGACCUGCCAUUCAAAUAGUGAAUAGGUGGUGUAAUGUCUUUUUUAGUUGUUGUCAGGCCCUUUGUACCAUUUCAUUCACACAGAGUAUGAAAAGAGUUUCUGAAUUUUUGAAGUUUGUUUCAAUCUACAAAGCAAAGCCUUGUUUGCAUCUGGCUUGACCAGGAAGACACACUGACUUUUAAACAUGAUAAAGGUUUUUAAAUGUCCCUGACAAUCACAGACAGUUUCUCUUGUAUUAAUACUUCAGUGUUAAUACAAGAGUACAGUGUUUCAAAAUCAUAAUAAUGAAAAUAACUUUAUUACCCACUGUCAGUUACAUAUUUUAUUUAUUAGGGCCUGUUUACACUGGCAGCAUUUUUGUGCUUGCAGUGCCCACAGUUUUGAUUUUAGGGCACUUUUAUCAUAGAGCAUCUCUGUGUCUCUUAAUAGUGAUCAUUUAGUUAAUCAUUUUUGUACUUAUCAUACCACACUGCAGUCAUCAGCAAGAUAAAGGCCUGCGACACACUUUGGUGAGUGCUAUGGCUUGUCAUGACAAUGUGCUGGUGGCUAAGAGGAUGACACACAAUGGCCAGCUCUUAAUAUCAACAUAUCACUAUCAGUGCUCAGUUUUAGCAGCAGCUUAAUGUAUUUUUUAUUAACUUUGAGGCUGUCAUGAGAAAUCUGAUGGAACAGACUUAAAUUCAUUUCUCUGUGUGACCGACAAGACGAGCCAAUGAGAUUAUCGCUGACGAGGUUGGUCAUUUCUCUACUUGAGUUUUUAUUACUAGAAGGCCAAAGUCAGACGAAGUUUUAACAACACACUGUGGAAAAAUCUUACUUUUUAUACGUUUUUUUAUAGGACUCUCAAUAAGUAAUAAAUCAGACUGAUAUAUAGGUCAAAAUAUGAUUGCCAAACAGUGUCAUUUUACAGCACUGUCAGAAAAUGACUCGGCACGAUUAAUUGGUAUCAUGAAGACACUGAAAUACCCUGGAGUGAGUUUUUAGAGCCUUUUUUAAAGCUUUGGAUGUGAGUUAGUCCUGUACAACAGGGAUUGUGCUGCAAAGCCAGAGCUUUUUGGAGAUUUGAUUUUAUGUUGGCAUGUAUCAAGACUCAAAAAAUUGGAUUAAACAGAGGUAGAUGAAGGUACUCCUAAACUUAUAAAAGACAGGCAUGUAAGCAAUCACUUUUUUCUCUAUUGUGCUUGAAUGCAAAGCUCACCAGUCCUGUUUCAGUCUUCUAACUUGUUCAGUCUCUCAUGUGGCUCAUUCUUGUGACAAUGAGAUAAAGCAAUCAACAAAGCAUCGGGGAAUGAUACUUGAAAAAGCAGAUGGUUGCUGGAGGUAGAAGAGGCAGCUCUUUGCAGCCUCACCUGGCCUCUAACCACUCAGCUGUCUUCAUUUCUCUGAACUCUUCACCACGUCUGUUUGGACUCUCUGCAGGAGUCUCAGCCUCAAACCUCAACCCUGCAGCCCUGUUCCAAAGUAAACCCUCCAAUCACCAGCUUUCAAUCCGCCCCUCCUCUUCCUUUACUUAUCAGUCCUGCAGGACAUUGAAUAUGAUAAUUUUCCCCUCACACAGCCUUGGAUUCGGACAAAGGAAGGAUUUGAUUGUGGUGCUAUCUCCUUUCCGGGACUCCCAGGCCUUCCAUGUUUGAAUCUCAGUCCAGCCCCGGUCUUUUAUCUUUUGGCCACCAUGUUUCGAAGUCGCCUUCCCUUUCUCUGGGUCUCUGUCCUGUUAUCUGUUUCAGCUUGGGUCAGGUAUAAGCUUUUGGCACGGUGUCUGAAACGUGCUUCCAUUUUGAGGUACCUGAUGGUCUUUUUUCUCUUGAUAACACCUGGACUUAAAGUCUUCCUGCUCAUGUUUGCUUCGUUCUUCAUAUCCCCAGUUUCCUCCUCCCUCCAUCUGCUCCUGAUUCUUUCCAGCAUGAUGUUAUCCAAGAAACAGGGUGUCUACGUCCUGUUUUCUGGUUUCUCUCCAUGUUGAAAUGACGCAGCAAAGUGGAGAGACCUCUGAGGAGUUCAACCUAAUCAGGCCGCUGCUGAAGCAGGAUGGGAUGCCUCUGGGAGGCAGAGAUCAGGAGACACCAGAUGUCUGUUUUGCAAGAAGAGGAAAAGUACGACUUCAUUGCAGAAAGAAUCCAUCUUGAUUUGUUUAGUUUAUUAUUAAGUCCAUAAAUCAUGCACGCGCUAAAACAAGUAAAUCUGCCAGCAGGGUGAGAUAAUAUAACUAGAUCUCAAUGAAGCCAAACAUAAUACAGCACUGGUGUUGAUCAGACCUUCUCUAUGAGAGCAGAAUGGUGUUUGACUUACCAAACUGACUAAAUGACUUGUUUAAAUAAAGAGUGGAUCAGGGGAGAGUCAUUUUUGGAGCAAAAUUUGCUGGUUCAAUUUGUUAUGCUGGUAAAACAGCCUAAUGCAGGGCUGAAAAUCUUCUCCUGCAGGCCUUUCUCUGUUUUUGCACAGAUCACAUGUUUGUAACCUUGAAGUGCUUUCUUGGCAGGCGAGGUAUUAAACUUACAGAAACAUGAAAUAUGAAAAUUUAUAACAGGGGUCACUAAAAUGAUCAUUUUAUAAUCCUUAAUAAUCACUUUAUUUCAAAUGUUUUUAAACAAAGCAUCUACCGGCAAAGAGAUUUAUAUAAGGCCAGACCUGGAGGCAGGAAGAGCAAACCUACCUCUCUUUUUGUGUACAUACCUGAAAACUAAGGCAGGUAGACCAGCAGCAAAGACCUCAUUUAGUUUGCAUUAAAAACUGUUUUUGAGACCAUACUAGCAAUACAACGCAACUCUUAGCAGCAUUUUGAUUUAAUGUAAUCCACUUCAUGGUGUGAAUUUUAAGAUGUGUUACUCAACCACAUGCUGCUCUGAUUUGUCAGUGUAGUCUGUAACCAGGACUCAGAGGGAGGUACACCCACAGGUCAGAGGUCAGUCUGAUUAGCUCAAAAGUGUCAGCUUAAACUCAAAGUGACAUUUUAAUGUCAUUUAAAACAAAGUGCAUAUAACCAAUGAAUGGUCAGCAGAGCCAUCCAGGAGUUGUUAAAGUAACAUGGGCCGUGUAAAAGCGCAGUGUUGGAGGUCAUUUUCAUCACAACAACAGCAGAAAGCAGUAAGACACUGGAAUUUGUAUUUUUAUGAUCUGAGUAGUGAGGCACACUGAUCAAUCUCUCCCUUAAAUCAGCUGUGAACUGAGUUUGAAGCAGAGCCUCCUACGCAGCACAGGUGCGCCAUCUUGUGGUUGGAUGAUAAAACACACCCAUAUUUUUUGUGUUUAUUUGUAACAGGUGGCUUUUAAAUCAAGUCAUGCUAAUUGGGCUAUAUUACUGUUAGCAAAGCAGCACUCCUGAGAUUUGUAGUUCUUGUUGUUGCAGCAUUUUAAUAAGCUUAUGAGGAUUUGCCUUAGAAACAUACUUCAGAGUGUCCCAAGGACUGAAACAGUUACAGAUUAAUCCUGUAAACGAUGGCGUCCUGUACUUUUACAGCUUUUUUUUGUGAUGCACCACUGAAAAGCUUAAAGGAAAUUUGAAGGAUUCCCAUUAGGAGAACAAAAUAAACACUGAUUUCCACAGUAUCCUGAUUGAUCUUUGUUUAAUUUUCACCAGGCUGGAGAGAAGCACUACCACCCCACAUGUGCCCGCUGUGCCCGCUGUGAGCAGAUGUUUGCAGAGGGAGAGGAGAUGUACUUGCAAGGUAAAGGCUGUUUAUGGUAAACCGUAAAGUUUGCAGUGUAGUAUCUUUAAAUGUGUCAAUCUCAGAUCCCAGGGAGGGGACUACAGCUGUUUUUGUCUAUCUAUGACAAAUGUACCCCCCCGAAACACCUGACCCUUUAUGGUCGGAGAGUAAAAAGAACCAGAGUGCAGUCAUCUCUUUGUCUUUGCUGCUCUUUACAAGCCUGCUGUGAUGCUCACUGCACCACAAACCAAAAGCAUGGUUGAUGUCUUCAUUACUAAUGAACUGGGUGAGCAGACUGGUGGAUGAAUCAUGCACACUUGUGCCUGAGUCACUCUGCCACAAUCAUGGAGGUAUUAUUUACUGCUGCUGCAGCAGCAGCAACAUAAAGGAGCAGCUGGUGCUUCGACUCAUGAGCUGGAUUUUCUUCUGCUCUGAUUGAGCUGCUGCUUGUCACUCCAUCUGCAACAAUUUUGUGAAACUAUGACAAUCUGUUGGAAAGAAGUGUGAAGGUGGUUUUAGAUUGUCAUAUGCAUUUGUUUUAAAAUCUAUUUGUGGUGUAUAGCAAUUAAACUGCACAAAACAGGCACCUGAUAUACAGAGGCUUAGUCUGUGUUGCAUUAGCUUUGACCUCCUGUCUCAACCAUCCUUUCAAUAAAGUUAAAAUGGCUCGAAAAAAUAAAAAAAAAUAAAACACAACAAAAAAAAAAUGCAAAAGGUUAGACAAAAGAAUGGUCAAGCUAACAUCUGGUGCAGCAGGUAAAAAAUAGAGUAUAAACAAACACUGUGUAUGAUUUAAAUGGUGCAGUUUGUAGGCUAAGGUAGGGCUGGGUGAUAAACCAAAAAUGCACAGAUACCAAAAUUUACAACAGUAACCCUCGUCAUUUUGCCCAUAUCGGUAUAUUUGGUGUCAAAAAAAUAAAUAAAGAAGAAGUUGGUUUUGGAUGUGUGUAGGUAGGCUAUGGUCUCAUGUCCCUUUAAGACGCUGUCCUACGUCAGAGACAUGACCCCACCCCAUCCAGUCAGUAGCAAAGAGGGAAAGACAGGUGAGGAGUGGAGGACAGUUCAAAAGUGGCUGGAGCGGCCGCUGAAGUAGACGAAGUUAAUGUAAGAGGGGAUGAGCAGCUUGUGGAGUAGUUAUCGUCCAUUUAUUGUUAUCAAGGUGAACUGAUCAAUAUAUUGUGAUACUGAUUUUAGGCCAUAUCGCCCAGCCCUAGGCUAAGUUGUAGGGAUAGGGACAAAUACUCGACAUACUGUUGUCAUUACUCAAGUAUUACAAUACUAAUGCAUGCAAGUUUUUCGCUAAAGUACAGCCUACUCCCUUAGCUUACAAGCACAUGCACCACAUCAGCUGUGACCAGAAAAAGUGAUGUGUGAGAAGUUUGACAAAAAGGACGGUAAUAACGUUCUGUGUAUGAUCUGCAGUGUUACUAGUUUGAUGCUUCACUACAUGUGUUUAAAGCUCUGAGAGAAGACAGUGGGGACAGAUGACAGACAGUUUGGCAUCACCGCAUUUGCAAGCCCUGUUAGCAGACGCCGGUCUGAUGAGUCCCUGUAAAAAUAGAAGUGUGAAUGUGCAUGCAAAUUGUUGGAUCUCUGACUCUCCCUGGUUUUGUUUUGGCCUCUGUGUCUGCAGGAUCUGCUAUCUGGCAUCCUCCAUGCAGGCAAGCAGCCAAGCAGGAGGAGAAGAGUAAGGUGGGUGGAAAAGAUCUUGAAAUAUUAAUUGAAAAAGAAAAGAGGCUCUGGGCUUUGAUGGUGCAAAUCUCACAAUUAGGACCCAAAUAGAUCCAGAAUACACCCCAGAGUGUGUUAGGGUGAUUUUAAGGCUUCUUAAUCAUACAGCUGUAGACAGACUAAACAAAAGAGGGCUGUAAUCAUCAGCUGUAAACAAAACACCAGAGUUAACACUUCAUCUGCAGCCCUGCAGCUUUACAUCAAGAGUCAGCCCUUCCUCGUUCUCCCUCCUCAUUCCUCAUCAUAACCCAUCUCCUUCCCAGAAGCAGGUCCGGAUACAGCUCAAUGACGUCCCUGAGCAACAGGUUGGUGCUCCUGAACGCCCCUGCACCCCCGACCUCACCAAACCUCCUCACAGCCCUCUACCGCAUGGGUUGAUCAUAACCGUAGACACUGUGCAGCUGUUUAGCAGCAGCCAUGCUUAGACGCCACCUCCUGUAGAGACUCUGAUUGGUCAGUUACUGAUGCUGUGUUUUAUCAGCUGCUGCAUGUUUGAAGAAGCUCUGACAUGCGAGUAGAAAUGAAUGUGCUUUAGUACCUGCUAACUCUGGUUGGUGCUAAUCGCCAGUGUUCAGCACGGCUUCACUAAUUGCACCUAAACUAGUUUGACUUGGCAUAAUAAUGCUUAGCGUAGUCAUUAAAAUUUACAUGUACAUUAGUUUGGGUGAAUGAAAAGAAGCAACAGAGAGUAGGAGGGGAUAUUUUCUACAAUCACAAAGUCAAAUAUAAAAGUUUUCUUCUUGAUUCUUCUUGACUCAGACUUAAGGUUUGGUGACUCAACUACUACCAGUGACUUGUAGGAAAUGAAAUAUGUUUUUUUAAUUCUGUUGUAGCCAAAAUCACAUAUUUGAGGGUAUCACCAAAACAUCAGGCACAAAGUUACAAAUAAACUUUAUCCAGCAUGAGCUCGUAUGAAUGAUCUAAAAUCUCUCUCUGUAAUAUAUAUAUUUACUCAUGACUGUUUUGGGGGGUUUAUGUUGUGUGUGUUUCAGGUGACUAGGACCUCAUCUGAGAGCAUCACCUCAGUCCCAGCUUCCAGUGCUUCAGGUUCUCCGAGCAGAGUCAUCUAUGUAAGACUGCACCACCUCUUCACUGCUCCAGGGGGCAGCAGUAGCUCUUUUUUUUCCUUCUCUUGUUCUGCAGUAACUGUUUGAUUCGUCUCUCUGCUUACAGGCCAAACUUGGGGAGGAGAUGCUGGACUACAAGGACCUGGCGGCUCUUCCAAAAACCAAGGCCAUCUACAACAUAGACAGACCUGACAUGCUGUCCUACUCUCCGUACGUCAGCUACCCGUCUGAGGAGAGACACUAUGGAGAGGUAGGCUACACGAGCCCUUUGUUUUUGACCUUCGUUCUCUUUAUUACUCUUUAUUAUUUAUCUCUCUCAUCCAGUGAUGGACAUCAAGACGGUAAAUCUGCUCAAGUUCUGCCCCUUCCAUCCUGUAUUUCUUAACCUGGGUCCUGAUUUUUGAUGUAAAGGACUAAUAAGUACAUUACUUUAGCACCAUGCACUAUGACCGCAAAUCAACCACUAAUUGGAGGUCUCUUUUGGAACCCUUGAGAUCAUCAUUCUUUCGUUCCAUUGCCUGAAUGAUCACACAUUCAGAGACCUUAACAUGCUCCAAAAAUCAUCAACUUCACACUCAUUUGGCCCCUCAAAAAAUCUGAUAUCCAAUAGAAACUCUAUAAAUCGCUAGUACACAUCAGUGGGUGUGGCCUCGUAUUUUGGUGUCGUGCCACUUAACAGGAAGUCACUGAAAGUCCUUCAUUUAAUGUCCAGUCUGUUUAAUCAUUCAUACACAUGAUGAGGGUCCACCCCUGAACCAAUCAAAGUGCUCAUUCCUCAACUACAGUCAUAGCACCCCACUGUGGAAUGACAUGGUGCGAACUUUCACAUGCAUUGUCUGAUUUGCUUAAAUGCUCCCAACCUGAACUCAUCUACAUACAUUUGUUUUGUCACAGUAAUGGCACCACCUAUUGGUAUUAAAUGGUGUCAGCUCUCAUUAACAAAUGGCAAUGACCCCUUAUUGGGCUCAAUACUGCACUUACAUGAUCAUUUCUCAAGGUUUUAAUUUUCUUGAAGUCUUAGCUCCAUCUACUGGUAAAACACAGGACUACACAGCUUCUUGCCCUUGUUUCUUUGUUACCCAGCAUGCUUUCUCUCCAUCACGUCCCCUUAUUUUUGUUUAAGUAAAGUCAGUGAUUAUCCUUCAUUGUUGCAGCGUUUGCUCCUCUUUAAGAGUCACAGCCAUUCCUCUGUAGCGCAGUCACUGCCUCACCACCCCCUGAGUCUGCGAUCCAGUGUUUGACUUUGGAUCCACUUCAUUCAGCUCAUGCAUUCAUCAGAACUGUCCUCACAGUGGACGUCAUGACUCACUGACACCGAAUCCUCUCUCUCUCACGGUUGGAUGGUGAACUCAUAUCAGCUCAUGUAUGAGUUCGUCCUAAUCAUAAGCUUUCCCCCCCUCUCUUCAUUUGCAGUCCCCCCAGCUGCUUUCUCCUACUCCUACUGAGGUAAUGUGAUGCAUGAUGUGUCAGAGUGGAUUUCAGACACUCUCCAUCUGUGCUCUGCUGUGUGUUAUUGUGUGGUUUUGUGUGGUGUGGACAUGUAGGCACAGAGGAGUUGUAUUGAGUGGUGUGAGAUUUAAAGGUGUGGUGUGCAGUUUUAGUCCAGUUAUUUCAGCAAAAAUCUCCUGCUGGCUGGGGGUUUCUCAAACUGUCAAAUGAUGAAGUGAUUUAAAUUCAUGAAAUCACAGAAUUUUAAUGUUUGAUCAUGGUUAGUCAUAUUUCUAAUUGCAUGUAUGGAUUUCCAUUAUUUUUUUAAUUUCAAACUGGUUUUUUUUUCCACAUUAACAUUGUAAAGCAGUUUGUUGCAGUGUCUUUAUUUGGGAAUUAAAUAAAUGCACCAUUUACUGCACCACCUCUUCACGGUGGUCUUAAACCAGGAUUUAGAGGUCAUAAUGAUUAUUCUGACAAAUGCAGUGUUUGUUUUGUUUAAUUUGAGGAUAACAUACUUACACAUGAUGAAGAAAUAUGAAGAAGUCCAUGUAUAAAAUGUCGAAUCGACAUCAAUACUGGAUGCAGCUAAAUCUGAUAUUAUUUUGCGCCAUCUCCAGUUUAAACUCAGGUGAGAAAUUAACUCUGACUGUGAUUUUUAUUAUGUGUUUGUGCAUCCAGGGUGAUGGAGAGAAGUCACCCCGUCAGCGGAGGCCCUCCAGUCCCAGCUCCAACAGUUCCCUUGGGGGCUACGGACGCUACACACCAUCCCGCUCCCCCCAGAACUACAGCCGACCAGGUAGCAGUCUAAAAUGCACACGUUUAAAAAGCUGAAAUCUGUCUGUUGUUGUUGCUUAAGUCUAAGUGUUUCUCUUUAUUUCUGUGAAGUAUUACUCUUUUUCAAGAAAAUCUAGUUGGUCUUCUGGGUUGAAUGCCUGUUCAAAUAUCCCAUAUGCUUCAUCAUUUCUUAUAGGUGGGAGAAUUUUUCAUCUUAUCCACAUCCAAAACCAGAAACUGAGCCCAGUGCUUUUUGGUUGCUUCAUUGAAACCUUAAAUAAUCCAUCUUAAACCAGUUGAAUGAGCUGAAAAGCUGCCUGGGUUUUACCACCUACUGUAGUCUAAUGAUCUCUUCAUAGUAUUAUUUCACUUAUCCUUGAAGAUUGUUUUCACUGGUGCUUCCCGAAUAAUGACAUUUGAUUUUACUUACAGUCAGGUUUUUGGAUCAAACAUUUAAUCUUCUAUCAGAGGAGCUGCCGCUUUAUUCCCAUUGAAUUCUCCAGUACAGAGAAAAUUUCAUUGUUGCAGGGAAACUUACCGCCCACUGAAUCUCAACUUGUUUCCUAUGAUCUAAUUGGACACUCAGGCCCAGAUGUAAACCUUGGUGGUCGAGUCAUCAUCCAGGCCCGUGACUCCAAUUCCCUCCCUUUGCCUCCAAAUCUCAUGGGUGCCAUUAAGUACCCCUCAACCUGGGCUAGGGACUCAUCCCCCCUACCUCCGUGCUAUCCUGGAGGGGCUGAAGGAAGCGGUGGUGGAGGUGGUGGUAGUGGCAAGCUCUCGCCUCUACCAGGAGGUGGCAGUGCGAGUUUGUCUUACCAGUUAAAUCCCACCACUCUGGCUAUGCUGCAGCAGCACAACUACAUCCCAUACUUCAGAGGUAUCAGAGCACACCGAGGCUGAGAGCUGGUCAGAUACAGAGCAUGGGCGACCUGCUGGAAUCAUUGCUUUAGUGAACAAUCAGAGAAUUAAUAUUUAUACACCAUGGGUCGAACAUAAACAUACAACCCUUGGUUUGAGAUUAAAAGACAAAAAGUGUCACAGAAAGGUUACCCAGCAACAGCAAGCAGCCCGUCCGAUCUGUGUAUGACUGAGGCUGCCAGUCCUAAAGAAUGGAGUGCUGUGAUACAAGUGUUAAACUGACUUCACUCAGCAUGGGGUUUGAACAAGCACCAAAUUAACCAUGUGGUGGAAAUUCACAGAAUGAGUCUCAAGGUUUUUAGCUUCACUGUGGAUCAAUGAACCCAAAGGACCAUAUUUACACUGCAGACAUUUUCGAGUGAUGCUAUACCAAGGAUGGGCAGGCUCUGCUAUCUUUUCCACCUGCUUUUCUGUAGGCCUUAUUAAGUCAUGAACACAUGAAGACUCUGUGCUACCCCCCGUAAGUAAAAAAGACAUACGUGAUAAAAGUCUGGAUCAUGUCAUGUCAUGUUAUUUUAUGGCUGGAUAUAAUAUUUACAGCACUGUCGGGGCAGAGGGUGGUGGUCUGACCCUCGACAGAUCAAUAAACACUUCUGUCCAGCUGCUGUCUUUCUUGAAUCUAAUGGCGUACCCUUGGCAGAGUCUCACCAACCUUGGUGCGAAGUCACUGAAAAAUGGCUGCCAUGUGAAUGUGGUCUACAGAAAAAAAAGGAACAUCUGAUGUGGUUUGCUCUGCAUCUGGGUCCGAGACCCCUGCUUGAUCACUCAUGAAGGUUUAUUUUGUGAAUUUUUGAAACCAUGAAACUGCUCAUGUUUUUCACGAUACCUCCCUUCCAGAAAUCAACAUCACAAACCAGUUCUGUGCACGUUCCCUUAGUAUGAUUUAACCCCUGCUGGAAGGCUUAUCCAACUACCUCCCUUUGCUCCAUCUUUUCCCCACCCCCAUAAUCUCCCUCACCCUUCAGGGUUCAAACAGGACCCCCUACCUGACCCCAAACCUAGGACCUCCCUCCAUCUCAGUUUACCUCCUCCUAACGGUAAAAACUGGAAGCCUUUCUUUUUCUCUGUGUUAUCCCCCCUCCCUCCCCCUGGUGGAAUGGUCAGCAGGUUUUGUGAUGUUGUUGUCCGGUAUCGUGCUGUUGUUUCAUGGGGUGCAUCAGGGUACGAUCUCAGGACCACUUAGAGUUCCCAUUCUGCUUGCCCUGUUCAGUUGUUUCUGUACAUUGUUGUGUGGUGCAUGGUUGAACUUGAUUUGGGCCUGAGUGUGACCUGGAUAUAUUCGAUGUAGUUUUCAGAGGAAGGUCAGAAGUGGUUUCAUUUGUGUGCUUGUUCGUUUGGACUGUUGACUUAUUGUUUGCCUGCUUUUAUGGAAUGAUCUCCUCUUUAUUGUACUGUUUCAGAUCUGAUCCCUUUUGUGUUAACCUCUUUUUACUCUUGAUGUAAAUCAGAAGUUCAUUUUUUUUAAAUUAUUAUUAUUUACAAUUGGGCUUGAAUAAAUUACUGCAUCGUCAACAAAUACAUUAAUCUAAGAGAAAAACUCCCUUCCCAAAGGCCCUGUCGUACAUCUUUAUUUUUACCAUGCAGAUAGAUGAUAAAAUAGAAUAUUAAAAAGUGGACCCCCUUUGCCUUCUCCAGCUGUGUGUCUAUCCUUGGCGGUCUAUUUUCUUGGACCACUUUGUCCCACUUUAUGUCCUGCCAACCACUUUGUCUUAACGGCUCAGUAUAACUGUUGACUCUUGUACAUGGUGUUGACUGUACAUUUAGGCAAAUCUUGUGAUGGUGUGUAUACCACAUUUGGAAAAAAAAAGAGCUUAAUUUUACUGUCACUGCAUAUCAAUUCCAAAUUUUAUUUAUCUUCCAAUAAUGUUUUGUAUCAGCCUAAAAGACCAAGUGUGGUCCUACAUUUACAGAUUUAAUGUUAUGAUGAAGUUCCUGUGAACUUAUUUUACACCCCGAAAAAACUGGUGUCCAGUUUUUCCAACAUUGGUUACCCAGUUGGAUCAAUAAGGCUGCUGACCCCAAGUCACGUUCAUACUUUCUGUCAUAUAGGCAUAAUGUUUUAGUCCAACAGAAGAGGAGCUGAAAUGUUAAAGGUGGUAUUAAGACAUGAGUAAAUAAAGAAUCCACAAAGGAUUAUCAGGUCCAUUUCUUGAUCUAAAGAAAGUUCUUGUCAUAUAGAGGUUUCUACAUGCAGGGCCACUUUACACAUGUAGAAACCUUGCAUGGUCAUUUAUAUGGUACUGGGCCCUUUGCAGCAGGACUGUAGUUAGUCCAACAUGUGCUAACUUGGACUUUGUGUGAUAAGAGGAGGAGGAAAACAGACGGGGUUUCCACUCCAACAUUUGCACAUAAAGUCACGAACACACGGGCCAGGGUUUGUUGGUGGUUUUUCCCUGACAGGGUGGAGAGGCUGAGAGUAAAGCUCUCCUCACUGGAGCAGAUAAAUGAAAAGACGUGGAGCUGAGGAAUGAACCAGCCUGAGUGACGAGGUGUAAUUCAAAGCCAGUUUGCCAGUUGCAGUGGCAUGUAACAGAGUGCACUGCUGCUCCCUCUCAGGCCCUAUCUGCUCCUAACAUGCCGUGAAAGAAGGCGAUUUGUUUUCAUGCAGCAGCCACCCGCUUAACUGAGCUCUCAAGUUUCUGUAAAAGUGAAGCAACAAGACUGAGGAUCUCGCAAGAAUGACUGAGGCACUUUUAUCCCUUAAUCCUUGCUAAUGAUACCGAAUCCUCUUUGUAUCUUGCUCAUGUGUCAGCAGUUUCUGAUUAAGAAAUGGCACCGACCUUGAAUGUGAUGUGUAAUCUGCUCACAUGAAUUAUGACCCACCUCCUCCCUAAACUUUGCAGUCUGCUGGCACCUCCUCCAGAUGUUUGUGAGGAGGAUCUGCCCUACAUUUAGAGCUGCACUAACAGCACUCUGGUGUAUGUGCGUGUGUGUUAGUGAGCAUGUGUGUGUGAUUGUGCGUAUGUGUAGGAGAUCACUCAGACCAGCACUAACAGACCUGCUGUGUGUGUGUCGGUGAUCUCAUCCACUUGCAUCCAGAUCGCUGCUGAUGGUUCCCCUCAUGUGGGGAGGAGAGGAGAGGAGAGGAGUGUGUGUUCAAUCAGCUAACACUCUCUCUCUCUCUCUCUCUCUCUCUCUCUCUCUUUCUCUCAUGCAGACUCUAAAUCUCAGUUUUUUCACAGAGCUCUGGAUGUAGAGUGUUUAUCACUUUUGGCUUUAUGGGUGUCAGUGACUCCAUCACCUAGCCUGCCUGUGAUGUAACACAAUAGGGUGUGUUGGGAUUACAGACACACAGCACACAUAUGGGUGCAGUCAGCCAAAGAGGACCCAUGCUACACCCUCAGUCUUACAAUAAAACUCUCCGACCUUGACCUGAUUGGGUAGCAGGUCUGUUUGAGAUGUUAAGUGAUGAGAAUGAACGUCUUGGGUCAAACGUGUUUUAGGUCAAUAACCCUUCUGUUGUCAUCAUGUGGUGUACAAUGUUGUAGGUGUAAGUAGCAUAGACAUCAGCGUAGGAAUUAAAAGAGGGCUGCGUCAAAACUGCAUGAAACUAUCUUAAGUGCAAAAACUUGUUUCAGCCGUCCUGGAACCUGACGUAGACCAGAAAGAUACCAGAUUCUUUGACGACCAAACAGAGCCAGGUUGAGCAUGAAUUGGAUGAGUUAGCUUCUAAAAAUUGGUGCUUCCAUUGUCAGCUAAAGGUGUGGAAAAGGCUAGAUGUAUGUUGAUGUAGAGAUUGCUUUAGAGUUUUUACAAUUCCCCCAAUCUGUUCGACAAGAAGUCAAGGCACAUUAACGAUCAGUGUUGUGCGUAAAUGUGCUAAACUUGACCUCAGACUUUUACAAGAAUAAGAGCCAUGAAAGAAAAGUAUACAUUUAAGGUUGAGUCUUCAUUUGAACCUUUUCUCUUGGCAUGUUUUGGUGGGAUAGAUAAAACAUGAGAAUAAAGUUGUGAAGGUGAUUUACCUUGAUUGAUGGGUGGUCUCAGUCCACGGCAGUAAGGGGAACCGUAUGAGGUGAUUUGGUAGCUGGCAUGACUUCUCAAGAGGGGUAUAGAGGAUGUUGCCAGGAAAAGAAGAGAAAACAAAGCAACCGUUAGUCACUUUGAAGUUGGGUCUCAUCACUUAACAGCACAGUGGCUUGGGUCAGAGGAAACAGUAAACGGCUGGGUUAUGAAGUCACCUAGAUUGUUUUAAACGUCGCUGCCUCCUUUUUGCUCUUUGCUAUUUCAACAUGACUAACUUAACGCUGCCUUUUUGCCCUCUCCCCAUCACCCCUUGUCCCCCCUCAAACCCCUUCCCUGUUGCCUCCCUGCUUGCUGACUCCUUUUCCCAAAUGGAGGUAGUGAAAGUGGUCGAAGUACCCCGAGCUUAUCCACCUACUCUGACGGCAAAUCCCCCUCCUCUACUUCUACAUACGUGGCUGCUCCCCGGCAUUUCCACAUACCAGGUAGGCAACGCCCGCACAGCUUGGCCCGCUGCUUAACUUGUGUCCUAUCCCCCCAUGUCUUACCUCUACAGAGCAGGAGCCAAUCAUCUUUUCUUCUGAUAUGUACUCUAAAAUCUCCAUCCACUGAAGGUUAGAAGCUGCAGGACUUUUAUUUAAAGUUCUGAUGCUGAUUCCUUCCACACAAAUAAACCAAUAAGGCUUCAAAGAGAAGUUUUUCCACUGUUUUCAACUCUUUCCUUUUCAGGUACUGGACAACUUUAAAUGAAGCGGUCAACAUGUUUGAGAUGUGGGUUUGUUUUGUGCCAUAAGGUUCAGAUUACUGGUCUUUUGCACUUGCUAAGACUGUGCAAAUUUAACAAAAGUUACUCCAAUUCACAAAGUACACAUAUAAAGUUAAAUGCUUGCAAAAAAGUGCUGAAAAGCAAUUAACAUCAAUUCUAAAUGCACAUAUUUAAAUAAGCUGUAAUAUGUUUGUUUGGGGCAAAAUAUUUUCCUAUGCAAGGACCCUAACGUACUUUUGGCAGUCAAGAUGUAAUUAUUUUUUCCAGCUAAAACAGACAUCAGUUUAACUCCCAACACAGAAAGAGUCCUCUAGAUAGAGUCCCUGUGCACCCCAGACCAACAAAAACCAGGUCUUCAGUCUGCAGCCCAUGGCGCAAUACUUUCAUAAGCGCAUUAGUCAGAUGGUAAGAUGCUACAAGAGUUCCCAUAUAUUUUUCUGCUUAUUACAUUCAGACAGAGAUGCAAAUAUCAUUUUUCCCAGAUAGUGUCAUUAAGUGUUUCCUGGAGAUGCCAGUAUUUCCCCUUGCUUGCAUACACCAUAUGAAGUGGUAGAAUAAGGACACCCUCAUCACUGUCCAAAAAAACAGCUUUACCUCAAUCCUGCAGGGGCUAAACACUGAAGACUGAGCUUAGACAGUCACCAAGCUCUCCAUCAUGCGCACUCUCAAAUAUGUACAGAUUUGUUGCACUCUAUAAAUGCAACUCAGUUCAUGUCUUAAGCUUGUGAUAUCUUGAAAUAAGAUGUUUUUUCUGGAUUUUCCAGGUGAGUGUGUCCAAAAUUUAGCCUGAUAAGACAAAAACACCUUUUAAGGGUUACGUUUUGGAGUAGAUUGGCACAAACACAAUAAUUUAUGCAUCAGGUCUGAACUUCUGUGAACUUGUUUAUAACGCUGAGAAAAAGUAAUGGUGUAGUGGUUUGUGCAAAGAUGAAUUUACCUUAUUUUUUUACAGUGUAAAAGCUGACGUCCUUCCUUUGAUUAAUGGAUUUUAAAUUUCUAUUUCAUUUAUUUUAUUUGCAGCACUGUCCACACUUAAAUUACUGUUCAUUUUACAUGAGAUGACAUCAAACAGCAAACCCUUCAAUUCUUUUUGUCUUUCAUGGAAGAAAAUCUGUGUUAUCCAGCAUAUUGUUCCCAUUGACAAUUACACUGUCAGUCAUCCAGAGGAAAAGAAAAAACCUCCCAUGUUGGAAGCGAUUAAGUGGGAAAAAGUGCAGUGAUUAUCCACUUAAUGGCUUUCAGAGUCAUUGUCCUUAUUGCUUUUAAAUGGAUAUUGUUUCAGAUGCUGGCAGGCACUGAAACAAGCUGAGGGGAUAACCCAGAUGUGUUGUUUUUUUGUUGUGAGUCAUGUUUCUGCUGUGGUUUAUGUGCGACAGUUGUUCCUAAGUGUUUCUGUCAGAGGCCUGUGUGGGUCUGCUGACUGUAAGAUGGAUUCGAUUAAAGCCUCGGGGUAAAACAUACUGUCCCCAUUAUUCCAGAUAUACUCAAUCUAGCUGUACAGUUAAUACACUCAUACCAACCUUUUUAUUUUGGAUGAUUUGAAAUCACCUAAGAAUGCUAACUUUGAUAUUUGGUUUGAUAUUUUCUCUAAUUGAAUUAUUCUGCAUCAAAUAACUUCCCUGUCCCCUUCAACAAACUCAAAAGAGUCGAUACUUUUGGAAUAUGCUGCAUGGAUAAAAAAAGUGUUGUUUUUUUUUCUGAUGUGCCGUGAUAAAAAUGACAAAUGUUUUUGAGUAAAAUCAUGCUAUACUGCGCUCCUCCCUCCCCCCUUUUGCUUCUUCAAAAUUACCUCAUCCCUCAAUAACUGCUAACUCAUGCUACUUUUUCUCCAUUCUCUCUCUUUCUUUCUCUCCCUCCCAUGUUGCCUUUGUCCAUUUUCUUUCCUCUGCGUCUGUUCCCAUCUUCAGAGACUAUGGUCAAAGAUAAUAUCUAUAGAAAACCCCCCAUCUACAGACAGCAUGGUACAGUCUACUUCCUCCUUAACACGUCCUUCUCUGGUCUGGUCUCUGCACGAUGUGUUGCAUGUCGCCUGUCAGUCAUCCCAUCAGCCAAGUUCUCCCCCCGUGUCCUCCUCGGCCUGCAGACAUCUCAUGGUUCAUGGAUCUACAUGCAUAGUGCAAGGUCCAAAAUUCAGACGCUAGAUCCUGAUUUCUGCAGCCCAACCCAACUGUUGGCUUGCCUCUGAUAGCAGCUGUCUCUGCAAUAAAGUCAAAUACAAAAAUGAUGCAUCAUGGGAGUUGGCCAGUAACAAAAACAGCUGGUUUAGACAGAAGAAAGUGAUCAGGUUUUCCCCCCAAAAUUAGGUUACAUAUGUAGUGAGGGUUAACAGAUUGUCCAGUGUUCAACAUUUUUAAACUGUAACCCAGAUCCCUGAUUAAGUCUGUGGUUGGUUACCUUCUCUAUGGUGGCCCUGAAGGUAAAGCAAAGUUUACCUACAAAAAGCAAAGAUGUUAAAAACCGAACACAUUAAAAAAAGUCCUCUUCUAAUUAGAAAAAAUAGUCCAGAAAACUUGACAAAGAAACAAAAAACUAUGAUUUUAUAUCUCAAAGGAUGAACUUCCAGGUUUAACAAUCAACACAAUUUUACAUGGCAAGUUAUCUCACAACACAAAAGCCGAGAAAAACAUCUUUAUUAACAUUUAAUGUAAACUUAACAACACACCAUCUCAGGAAAAAAAAGAUUCAGGAAACUAUUAAACUCAAAAAGCACAUUACGAAAAAACCAAAUUCAAUCACAACCUGCCACAAAAAUGAAAUUUGUAAAGUAAAACAGAAAGAAAAAACUAGAAUUUAAAAUGGACCAAGGUUAUAACAGUUUUUGAUUUCCACUAGAUUAAUUUCUCAAAACUCAUAGUUUUAGUUUAGUUUUUGAGUUUCUUCUUUUUUGUAUUAAAAAAUACUAGUCAGGGCAAAAUUCCCCAGAAUUGAGAAAAACAAACAAAAAAAAAAAAAACUCAAAAGUUAUCAUAUCUGGCUUUUUGCCUCAUCAGAGACGAUUCUUCUGCCAAAAUUAGUUACACAGCUGAUGUAAUAUCACAUAUGCAAACCUUAUUUUGGGGUAUGGGCUCACAUAAUUGCAUCCAGAGGUGUCAGUUCCUGGGUUGGGCCACCCCAAUCAAAAAGACACGCCCCUGCUUGUUAUGAGAUACCUCUGCCAGAGUACAUUAUUUAAGCUCAACAACAGGUAAAUCCAUGCUGGACAGAGGGCUCUGAUGAUGGACCACAGGGGACAGAAUGGGACUUAACCAACAUGUUAAAACUGAUGAAGGCCUGCAGCUGAAACUAGUUCUGAAUGAAUAACUUAAAGGACUCUCAGUGUGCUGGGCUCUUAGUUUAUGGUGCAUCUGAGAUGUUUGUGCGCCUGUAGGGAGUCUAUCCUUAGAGUGUGCUCCUAAAGAAACCACAAAACAACUGAAUACAUGAAAGUAGUGCAGAAACACAAUGCCAAGGACACAAAACACAAUAUUUCAACUCUUUCUUCAAUGCUGUUUUUCCCAAGAAAUGUAAAAUUUGUCCUUGAAAGCCACUAUACAAAAUUGUAAAGUUACAUGUCGAUAUUGCAUUAAUGUUCCAGUCCCAGCUCACAGAGGCCAGUUUUAUGUCUCAUAAUAAUCCUUAAAAGUGUUUGCAUCAUUGGGUUCAUUUCAUAAAUCCCCUAAAUGUCUGAUUUGACGUUGCAACACAUUGGCUUUAACAUGGGACUGUUGGAAUUUGGGGGCUUUGGGCGGUAAUUUGGCUCAUCCUGUUUAUGCAUGUGUGCACUCAUCUCACCGGCUCAUUUGUCAGUUUUACUGUUUGAACUGUGACUGUGUGUCCACUGUGAGUGUUUGGGUACAUGAUUCACUCCGUAUGGUCGUAUUUGAGGUGUUUAUCAUUGCACCAAUCACCGUGUCUUUCCUCACCAUUGUUUGUGUGUCUUAUUUUUGGUGUUCACUUUUCACUGUAGUCGUGUCCUGUUGUUCGGGUCACUCAGAGCACACUGAUGUAGGAGUCCGAGGAGUUUUUUUUCACCUCUAUCACACAGGAUUCCUCUCUAUCGAACCUGACACCUAAAUCAGCUGCAUAUGGCAGAGUCCUACAGAUUUACGAGCCCGCCAUCAGGAUCUUGGUUGUGUGCAUUCAGGCAGACGUGAGGUCACUGAUGAGGCGUUAGCUGUCGUUGGCCGGUAAAGAGGAAGAAAAUCGACUCAGUUCUGAGGAAAACUGCUCCCUUGUGGUUCAACCUUAGCGUUUUGUAAGGUGACAUCAUGUAUGAGUGGACCGCACAUACAGUUGGGGAAAUUUGGCCCACUGGUCCAAUUUUGUGAUACAUAUAUUAUGUCUGCACUAAGUGUGUCUAGAUGACCUCGUCCACUGUACAUGAAGACGCUCAACGUAAAUUCAUGGAUCUCCACUUAGGAACAACAUUUGUUUGUUUGAGGUGGGGAGAGCACGCCUCCCUCCAACUCAUUUGCAUCCAUAAAAAGCCAAAGAGGGGAGAGCAGCAGCAAAAAUUGUGGAAUCAAACUAAUAUACCGCACAGUCCAGGCUUAAAGACUCUUAAAGGGGGCUGGUGUUCUCCGAUAAGUUUGACAUCAGCUAAGUAGCCAUGCAACUAUUGCUGCUCCUAAAGCCUGAUUUAAACUUCUGCAUCAACCAUAUUAAAUAAAGCUUGCAUUUGUAUACUGACCUGCACCUUCUCCAAACCUCUCUACGAUUGGUCCACUGGGUAAAAUCGUAUUUCCUGCAUUUGCAUCAUUUCUCCCUUUGUUGUGCAUCGGAUCUGCAUUCCACAUCUAUUCUUCUUCUACAUUUAUUAGCUCCAACUUCAACACAAUGCACUCAGAUUUGGUUGCCAUGAUCUCUUAUGCACACAAUGUAGCUUAACUGGAAAAACUGGCAGUAUUAAGAAACAUAAAAAUCUCAUUGCCAGCCUGAAUUUGUAUGGAUUUGCAAACUGACAAGGACACUUUAAUGCACAAAUAUGUAAUGUGCACAAGGUCAUGGACCACCAUGAUGUAGAGCUUAUGCGGAAAUACAGUAUAAAUGUUUGCAGUCCCAUAAGUGUCAGUAAAAGGAAAAGGGUUCAUUUUCCAGGAAGACUGAAUGCACACAAUCAAUAUCAGAGAAAUUGUUUAGUUUGAUUUGGAUUCACUUGGAGCAAAAGUUGAAUUCUGGGGUUGGUGGUGCUGGAGCAAAGACAAGUAGGUCAGAAAAGGUCUGUUGUCAAGGUUAAUGAAUAAUGAGAAGGAAUGUCUUGACCAAACCUUUAUGCAGUUCUUUCUGGACCUGUGAUUUUACCACAAUCCCUUGUAACGUUGGCUUUAUUGCUAAAAUGUCUUUCUAUAGUGACCAGUUGUUGUUGCACCCGUACCAUCAUUAAAAGCCCUGUCAGAACAGGGUAACACAGACAUUUCUGGGUUGUUAUCCACCCUGUCUUAGUGUAUGUGCAGAGCUCUUGUAGGUGCCAUGUGCAGUUUAUGGUGUCAUGGUCGGGUGUGAUUUAUAGGCUUUGUAGAGCAGUACAGUGGAGCUGAGAGGCUGUUUAUCCAGCUCAUUACCUGUGACUUCCUGUAACAUGUGACUGUUUUACAGCUUCUAGAACAUCCUGGCAGGAUGGGGAAGAUAGCAAGGUGGGUCUGUGUGUGUGUGUGUUUGUUUGUUUGUUUGUGUGUUUGUCUCUGUCUCUCUUUUCAAGCCAUUUUCUUAAACUUUGCAAAUACUGUACAUCCAUUUACUAAUUCACUAACUCAUACUCUGCCAUCAUCCAUCACUUCUUUCCAUCUUUCUCUCUGUCUCUCUGUCUCUUUCUUUUCUCCCUCUAGAGGACCAGUUGGAUGAUCUUGAAGAGUGAAAUUGAUGGUCAGAUGGGUCCAGAAGAUCUAGACCCCCGCAAAUCCACACACAGUCUGCCCACGGAUACGUCCCAGCCCAGUGAGUUUUAAGUCUUAGAUUAAACAGACAUGAAUCAAGAUACCUGGAUGCUCUGGCUUUACAUGAGAACUUUUCUUCCUCUGCAGAUUUCCCCUACAAUAAAUCUGCAUCUUUACCCGGAUAUGGAAGGAACGGCAUCUACAAGGUGAGCUGAUGAUGGCUGUUAUGAUGGAGUUAUAAAUGACUUUUUUUUUAGAUCAGACAAUGUCAAGCUUUUCAUUCACCUCAGGCUUAAAAUUCCCCACACCUAAGUACUAAGAGUGUAUUUGUGUAAAAAUACUGUAUUAAUGAGGCCCAUUUGAAGCUUUAGCUCUUCAAUCAGUGCUCUUUCACUCCCCAAACAGUUCCUAGAGCUGUUUUUUAGACUGUCUACAGCCACAGUGCAACUUUUAUGCAAUAAUAUAAAAUGAGUAAUGUUGAAGAAAACUGAAACAAAAGUAAAAGGUUAUGAUUUUUCAAAUGACUGUCCAUGUUGAAAGUAAACAAAAAAUUACCACAAAUUAUUAUAACAGUCAUGUGUAACAAUGUUGCAUAUUGUGGUAAAGAGCCACCCUAAAUAAUGACAGGAGGAAGUCCGUGAUUGAGACAGUCCAGGUCAAAAAUUUCACAGUCAUUUUUGAGGGUCACUUUAAUGGACAACAGCUUGACUAUUUUUAGUGAUCACUUCCUGCCAUCCCUGGAUAGAUGUCUAAUGGGGCGCUCACACUAAGCGUGAGUAAAAUCAUCUACUCGCUUAAUUAGCGCAAAUCUAGACGCGUGAAUGAAUAGUAUUUACUCAGUAAUUUCAACGGUAAUCCCUGCUGAUUCAACGGGUGGAAUCAAGUGAUAGACAAAGGUUUUUUACAAUUGACCAGGUAAUCCGACCUCCUCACUCACUUGCCUCCGGGCGAGCUCCUUUUUAUUCCGAUUUCGGUAUUUGAAAGAAAAGGUAUCAUAUAAUUCGGGACACCCACACACCGACCCGAUCAGUUUGUCCUCCAUUUUAGAUACCAGUAAACAACCAUCUGUUUUCAUACAUCACCCGGCAAACUUUGUGCUGAAUAGUUAUUGUGACACAAAUAUCCGCUCAAGUUGAGAUUCGCACAAUUCGCAUCAGUCGCGCCGCCAGAAUCGCAGGAGGGUGUGAAGACAGUAAGGGAUUAAUGGAUGUCCAACCUAUGAACACAAACUAUGAUGGGGAAAAGAAACCUGGAGGUUUGUUUGUUUGUUUGCCUUGCGGGGUCAUUACUCAAAACUUUGAUAAACAUAUUUUUACUACCAGCUGCACCUACGACAUGUCUGUCACAUCUGGUACCAGGGUUUAGCCAACAUGACUCAAAAUCACAACCCUUAUCAAACAAAAACCGCCCUCAGUGUCCUUUGUUUCUGUGAUACUUAGAUCUGGCUCAAUGAAAAAUCAGGCUCAGAGCUUUGGCAGGUCUGGAGAGGCAGCGGGGGGGAAUGUUUGAUUUGCAUUGGCUGCUUUACUAAGAAAUUUUUCGCAUUGGACUCACUGCAGAGUGACUUGUAAAUUUGAAUGGAGUGUGCAUGUCACCAUAGAGAGGGAAAUAAACAAUUGAACAAACGGAUAAAGAGCUGUUUCAGAUUUAGGAAGAACCAAUCGAAAAGGCCGCUAGGUGGUAUCGUCAUGACUCUAUGUCUGAGGGAUCAGGUUUAGGGUUACUUGUCCAUCCCAUACAGUAAAGGCGAUUUUACAGCAAAGCCUAGACAUAAUGCCUGGAGAGCUGUCACAUCAUCCAUGCCUUUCUACAAAGCUUUCAACUGUGGGUAAACACAGGCGGUAUUAAACCAAAGCUUGAUGAGCUGGUGGAGGUUCACCACCUUGAGGCUGUAAUUCUAGUCCCUAAUCCAAACUCUAUCACCCACUGUGCCAUGGUAUUCAAACUUCUCAGCUUCUUCGUGUGUUUACGCCAAAGUUUCAUCCAAGUCCUCCACAAAGUAUCCACUAAUCAGCACAGGAAACCUCAGAGAAGCAUGAAGACCAUUCAAAGUUUUCUUCCUCUUCUGCAGAAUCCAGCCUCCCAGAGUGUUUUUCUCACAGCUUUGGUUUUAAAUUACCCUGGGGUCACGCAGUAUCGCUCACUCCACAUAAGCAGGGCCCCGGUUUAUUAUGAGGAUGUUGGGGGUAUUUAGUCUAUCAUCCACUGAUGUGAUAUCACUGUGUUUGUUGAUGGAUUGAGAGCAGGCAGACAAAACAGACCAGAGGAGGAAAUGAAAGCGAAGGAGUCACGAUGGAUUCAUGGAGCAGAGUGUAUUGAACUGUUUUUCACAUGCUGACAUUACUGGUUAGUGUUGUUGAUGCGGAGGAUUUAGUGUGGCGGCAAAAGAAUGAAUGAACCCUGGUGUUUCUAGCAGCGUCAUCACCACGACGGUCUAACAGCUUCUUUGUUCAUUUGUUCCUGUGUUUCUGCAGGCUGCAGAGAUGGUGGAGGACGAGGUGGACCCAGACUCUCACAGCUGGGGCGGCAUGAGAGGUGAGAGUGUUUGAUUAUUCUGCAGUCCUUGUUGGUGUGCAAACUCUUUUUGGUUUUGCUCUGUUGGAAAGUGCAUAAAAUAUGAUACAAUGCAGUCUGUAGUGGAGAUGCACUGAUCCAUUUUUUACCGAUCCAAUCUGAUACUGCUGAGUGUAUCGGCUGAUAUCCGAUACCGAUCCAAUACUACUGUUGAAUGAAUGAACUGUAUACCUUGCCCUGUGAGUGAAGUCAUCAGGCUUGACAUUAGCCUUGUUAAAAAAAAGGUGACAAAUUCACACAGAUAUAAAUUUACUUAAUAUUAUUCAUUAACAAAUAACAAAUUGCACAUCAGCACACAGCAAAAAGGAGUAAGACUUACAUGUAAACAUUUAGUUUAAAAGGAUAGACAGACAUAGAAUAUAGAGCGAACAGAAUCACUGUGUUGCUGUGUAUGAUAUUAAUUAGAAGAAGAAAAAACUGGAUUGGAACGAUGGACCGGCGUCAAUUACCAGAUAUCCGAUCCAAUUAAUUUGUCAAUAUUGGAUCCAUGAUCCGAUCCAAAUAUAAGAUCAGUGCAUCCCUAGCCUGUAGGCCUCCUGCUGCACUCGAUCCAAAAUGAAAUUUUCCUUCAGAGCCAUUUUUCCAUCCCUACAAGGAAACACUCCAACAUCACUAACCCAAUGUUGCCUAAAAAUGAAGAUGACUCUCAAUUCUGGAGCUUCAAACUUCAAACAUAACUUCACAGUUGUAUCGCAGAGAGAUCCCAGGGUUUGAUCCCAAAGACAGUCUUCCCCUGUGGGCUAAAAUCUUAGACUAUGCAACAUUGAAAGGCCUGUGUGGUCUUUCAUCACCGCACAGAUUAAAGGUCAGCUCACCCUGGUUAUUCAGUGACUGUGCAUGCAGAGCCCUGCAGCCCAGUUACUGCAGGGUUACAAUGCACGGAGGUGAUGUCAUUUUUCCAGCUGCACAAUUAUCGGUGUGUGUUUAUACGAGUGUGUGAGAGCACAAUCAUGGCUGACUGGAUGCCAACCUUAUAACUCUCUGUGUAUAUUUGUGGGUGCACGGCAACCUUUUAAAACCAGUUUCAUGGACUUCAAGUACAAUAUUUCUGAUGAGACCUGAUUCCACAAGGUGUAAUUUAUUUUAUUCAAUAAUAGGUGUGCUAUUGUAAUAAAAAAAAUCAUUGUUCCACCUUAUUAACGCUCUGUUUUUCCCUCACUUUCCCCCCUCUCAGAAUACAAGGUAAGAUUACUUUGAUUGUUUAAUACUUUGCUAAUAAUAUUCUUGGCAGCUGUAUGUGCUCUCUGGAUUAUGAUUGUAUUCCCUAAUAACUCUCUCACAAUGCUUUCUCUGUCUGUGCCAGAUCUACCCCUAUGAAAUCCUGGCAGUGACGCAUAGAGUGAAAGUGAAGCUUCCCAGAGACGUAGAUCGCACCAGACUGGAGGUGAGCCGUAAUCCUUCUCUCCCCGCUCGGCUGUUUCUCCCCUUUUGUCUGCAGGCCAUUAAACAACCUGAGAAAACGUCCACUUGUGGUUUGGAGAAUGACUAUUAAUCAGAAUUAGGCUGUUAGGGGUAAAGACAAGCAGCCGAGCCAGGGUGGAAGGAGGCCAGAGCUUAAAGAGGUGCCACCUCCAAUUUUUGUAAAGCUCAAUGACUAAUUACAAGUUUGUGUUGUGGUCAGAGGAAUGUAGACAGGGAUAGGGCCGUAUUCUCUACAAAAGAAAUUUAUAAAAGAUUUCCAGUGCUUGGGGAAAACUCUGGACAGGGUCUCCUUUGUCCUAUUUUUGGUGUCAUGAUUCUCUGAAUGUUUUCAAGUUAGGACUGCAUCAGACCAGUUUAUCAGCAGGACUCUUCUAAUACAGAGCCAUGCUGUAAUCCCUGUUGUCAGAAUGUGGUUUUUCUCAUUGUCUUGCUGAAAUAUGAAGGUCUUCCCUGAAAAAGUAAUUGUCUGAAUGGCAGCAGAUGUUGCUCCUAAACCUGUAGAUAUUGGUUAGCAUUAAUGGAGCCUUCACAGAUGUGGAAGAUACCCAUGACAUGGACUCUGAUGAUUCCUCAACUAGGGCUGCAGAUCGAAUAUCUUAGUUAUCAAGUAUUCGACCGAAUAUUCCAAUUACUUGAGUAAUCGGACCCAAACGGUAGACUCACAUACAGUGAGAUUACCUAUGUCACAAUUCCUUGCUCCGCCCCUGGAGCCCCGCUAUGCAGGCCAGACUCGGAGAAGUAAAGGGAACGAUCGCGGGACAAGCGUGUGCGUUAGCGGAUUGUAAUGCUCGUAAAAAAGCUAAUUAUGAUAUUAACUUUCAUCAUGUCCCCAAAGACAUAAGUGUCUGAGAGCUGAAUAGCUCCUAUGUUACCUGCUACUUCUACUACAUCAGCAAUGUUGGGCUGCAAGCUAAAAUGAAGAGGAGUGUGCAGAGCAGCGCUGUCUCCACCAACCACUCAGAGGUGAAGUGCGAAUGAUCUACUGGAGCUCUGCAGAAGGGAAGCCCCUCUCAUCAUUCAUUUUUUCCACUCCGCAAAACCAAAAUAUCGCUUACUCCUCCCUCUACCAUUGUGACGCAAGUGCCAUGGGUCACCUUGAAAAUAAUCUGUGCAAAACAGUGACGAUUUGAGCUUAUAAAUGAGUACUCGAAAAUUCCUCGAUCAUUAUUCGUAAUCGAGGUACUCAAGGUACUCGAGAAAAGGUUUCAGCCCUAUCCCAUAUCAUCAGGGAUGCUGGAUUUGGACUGAGAGCUGAUAGCAAGCUGAGUGGACCCUCUAGGGUAUUAAAUACCUGAAUUGCCCUUUAAAUGUUAGUAACAGGUGUGGUUGCCCCAUGUGCACCGUGAUAGUUGGUCUUCAUAUUUGAAUAAAGUAAACAAAGGCCUUUGGUUUCAGUCUGACCUCAGCUCCACCCGACACCUUCAGGUAAUAAAGCAGAUCCCUGCAUCCAGGUUACGAGGUCUGGUUCAGGGCCUAAAACCAGAACAGUGGAUCCUGUUUCUGCAGCACAUUGCUUUGGAACAGAGUGUUAACCCAUGACAGGAGGACGUGUUGCUCCUGUGGUUCAGUUUGCUGGAGAUAAAGUUCAGGCAGAGACAGUCUGAGUCAAGACUAUAAACUCUGGUAUUAAACCAAAUGUGAAGAUAAUUGGCAGUGUUAUUGGCUUUUCUGUCUGAUGUUGUAUCUCAUUACUUCCUCUCACUCCAGUUCACGGUGAGUUGAACCCACAUGCAUGUCGUGUCAUAAAAAAUUAAGCACUUAAUGUACCGUAAUAACUAAUUUCCUGCAGCAGUUUUUCUUACCCUACAGAUCCAGAACCCGUAGGUUGAGAACAGGAAAUAUUCCAGUCUCUGAAUCGUGGUUUUUCUGGUGGUGCAGGUCCUGUCCUUUUCCCCCUGAAACAGCCCCAUUAAAAUAUUUAAACCCCCAGUAACCUCUAUGUGAGCUCUCCUGGUGAGCCCAUGGGUUUUGGGAAUCAUGUCCCACAUGGAGUCAGAUUGUCGGGGUACGUAGGUGUUACUGACGCAACAGAUCUCCUUUGUGGUCGGGAUCCCCAGACUGGAGUCCAUUUACCAUUAGUGUGUCAGAGAGAAAUACUCUAAUGUCUGUUUUACCCACCAAUGAUGUGAUCCCCGACCCCAUGGUGGUUUUGGUUUACCCAAACUAAUCAGCAGCUAAACCCAAAUCAAAAUUCAAACUCAGAGUCCAGACAGAAACAGAGUCAGGAGGGGAUGUUGCCAAAUUAGGACGGAGAGAAAUAUCAGCUUGGCGUUUUUAAAACACAGAACAAAGUCAAAGAAAUAUUUGAAUAUUUCUGAAAUGACCUAGGUCAGCUUUUCAAAGUGAGUUUGAUUCAGAGGAGGAAGGUUUUGUGUCUGUUUGCAUGACUGUGAGGAUGGAAAUCAGCGAGAGCAACAGGUUUUUCAAAGAUGAGCAGCAGCUGGAACAGCAGUUAGCAUCCAAAACACACUGUAACACUGACAUGACACAGAGCAAAUAGGUGAUGUACAUCCAUCUGUUAUACAGUCUAUAAUUAGGACACCAACUUAACUAAUUAAUUCAUUGGACUUACCUUAACACCAUCCUCCUUUUCUUAUAAACUUUAUUCUUCUUUGACAGAAACUUCUUAUAAAAUCUAAAACUGCCAAAUAAACUCCUUCAGGCGCAGGUGGAGUAGCUUGUCUUUAAUCUGUCACCUCAUACUGCAGUAAAGGACAGUGUUUGUGUAUUAAAAGGGUUCUUUGUGAGGUUUGUAUUUUGUACAUUUACACUUCUUUAGAUUUUUAAAGUUUUUUUUAGAAACAUGCUUUUAUUUUGAAAUGAGAUUCAUGCUUCUUCCUGCUAUUUUUGUUAAUUGUGGGCCCUUUAUAUUUGAGGAUAAUUCAGUUGAUAGAGCAGGAAUACUACUUCCUGAACUUAAGGCAGCUCCUUUAUUUCCUGUCUUACAUUAUUGGACAAACUAAAUAAUCCAGGUGUGACUGACCAUUAUGACGAAUCACCUGGACACACCUGGAUUAAUCAGUUUGUCCAAUAAUGUAAGACAGGAAAUAAAGGAGCUGCCUUUAGUUCAGGGAGUAGUGGAGCUGUGCAUAGAGCCCAUUGGGGAAAAAGAGUUGGUUGUUCCUAGCAGGACAUAAGCUGCAGGCUGCAGCUGAGUGGCACCUAACAUACGACCUAUUAUUACCUAUUGGAAACUGAGUGGUAUUACAGUAUGCUUAUUUUUUGCACAAUAUUAGUAACUUUAUUGUUGAUUCUAAUAUAGUGUGACAAGCCUAUAUGGAGGUUUUUGCACAGGCAGAACUAGGGAAGUUAUAAAAGCAUUGAAAACAGGUCUUUGAAAGAGUAGCUUGACAUAGAUGUCACUCUGUUUCUGACCUGGAGUUGAGGUACAGCUGAAUUAGCCUCUCACAUGUUCAGUCAUUUCUUUCGUCUUUGACAGCUGAUCAUUAUCACCUUGUGUGAAGAUGUCUUCGCUCUGAUUUAACAACAUGAAAUACAGUCACUCUGUGUUUUUCUUAAUAGUAGUGGUUGUAUUCUUUAUUGUUUGAUUGCAUGUUAUCAUCCUUUCAGUUUGGUAAGUGAAAAAUUAAAGGGGUCUGUCUGUUCUGCCCUCCGGGUGAAACACUCCUCUUUCUGUUGUUUGGCAUAGAAACCAGGUGACUGUCUAUCAGGCAGCACCAGCAGCCUGUACUUUACUUUAUUAACUCUAUCAAUCAUCAUCAGAGGGGAGCACAACCUCUGUGCACGCAAAGAGGUGCAGGCUUUUGUAUUGGGUCUGCAUGCAUGCUCUGCACAAAAUAGACCAGCUUCAUGUCAAAUAUUUCAUCUUUUCCACUCAGUAAUUAUCUUUCCUUUGCUGUGAUUUGAUCUUGCAGAGACACCUAUCUCCUGAGGACUUCAUGCGCGUGUUCGGCAUGACCCUGGAUCAGUUCGACCGUCUGGCCCUGUGGAAGAAGAACGACAUGAAGAAGAAGGCGCGCCUUUUUUAAGACCGCAAAACAACAUCUCAAUGAGCAUCCGUCCUGUUUGGAGGGAAGCAGUGAAACAAAACCAACCCAUCUGAAGUAUCUAUAUAUGCACCGCCAUGAUACCCUUACUCUCCACCUGUAAAACGCCAUGCCAUCUUGCCUGUGACGCCGCGGAAACGGAGGCUCCGCCGGGACAUUUUCACGAUAUUGAGGCAGCAUUUAUCGCUUUUUGUAUGCAAUGUGGUCCGAAUGUUUGACUGAAAAACCUCAACAGAAGAGGACGAGGAGCUGCGUUUGCAUGGCCUGUGUUGAUGCUCCUCACCUCCCCGUGGUUUCUGCAUCCUCCUCCCCCCCUUGACUUUCAGCCCUUCUCGAUGCUUUCAUACACACAUCCUCGCACAAAGAAAAACUGCUUUUUGUAAUUUUGAUGCAGGCCUUCUCCCAGGUUUCUGUGGUUUUGACUUUUCAGUGUCAUCCCCCCCUGUCAGUUUUUACUUUAUCAUCAUAUCUGUCUCUUCAAAUUGUCAAGUUGAUGCUCUGCUUUUUCUCUUUCUGUCCCUGCGCUGACUGUUACAUCAUCACGCCAGUUCAGAUUUACAACCUCGCCAUUACAUUAAGACGGAGAAGAAACAGCAGACGCACGCUGUUUGAGCAUGUCAAGGCGAAAGACAAAAAUAGGAGACGACUACUGCUGCUCUGAUCACUCGUGUCAAAAGCACCUUAUCAUUCGCUUUGAUUUUCAAUCGUCUUCGAGUACGUGCCCUGAUAUGUUUGAAUGCAGUCCCAUUUCUUACAUAAGCAUCUCAUAAAUCAGCUCAGAAAGGCGAGCCAAACAUGGCAGUGAAUCACAGAUUUGAAGGGAAGAUGGGGGGCGUAAAAGGAGGAGGGGUAAAGGUCGGCUUCAGGGUGUGCAAAGGUGUCAAACACGGAGCAUCGCCAGAGUGACGCACACUCACAUCAAAAACAAACAAAAGAAAUUAUUUUUAUAAGCUAUUUUUGACUUCUGAAAGCAUCAUAGAGACCGAUCAUAACACGCUGCAGCUGAAGAAAUCCUGAUUUUCUUACCAGACAAACAGAAACACGCUGACUUUGUUAGGCUUCCUGCAGCUCCAGACGUGCUCGAUUAACCGUCCUGUCCUCUCAGAUCGAGAUUUAACUCUUUCUAUGUUCGUUGUUUGAAAGCAUUGUUGCGUACAGUAAAAUAAGCUGCAGUCUGUCGGCUUUGCUUGAUGAUUUCUGGACUGCAAACCGAUCAACUCGCCAACUAACAUACUGUAAGAUGUAUGUGAACAUAUACUGGACUUAUACCAGAUCUAUCUGUCUGUAUCCAAGCCAUGGUGUAUAACUCUUCAGGCAUGCAUGAGGGCGGGAACACGGGGUUUGUCCACUGGUUAGAAACGUAUGAAAACAUUAUGAUCAAUGUGGUUUGAGUGAUUUUUAAUGAAAUGCCCAGGUCAGCUGCUUACAUUAGUUUGUGUUAGGUAUUUAUUUAAAUGCAAUAUCGAUAAGGAAGCGAUUUUAUUGGAGGAUGUUCAGGUUGUAGUGUUAAAUUCAUAGCAUCACAAAGAGGAACGAGCUUUUGAAGAGAAACAUAUCAACGUUUUGAGUUUAACCUGAGUGUCAAAUGAUUGUUUUUCUUUGCUCCUGUAAGUAACACACUAACUGUUGUCAUAAAAACGUCAUGUCUUCUUUCUAAUAUUCAUCUGCUAUUAAAGUGCUUUAUCCAAACUACAGCGUCACCAUGGACUGGGCUGUUUGAGUCGUCUCAGUGAGUGUGUGUGUGAAACGUUUUACUCAAGGAAAGACAUGAGGAUGAUUUUGAAGACAUGAGGAUGAAGUGGAGUCUUUCAUUUAAACUCAAUAAGGUAGGGUCAACUUUGACACCGGAGUAUUGUCAGCUAAUUUGUGAAGGAAAUAAACCAGAAACUGAGUAAGCAGUUUAUCAAAACCGAAAAUUUAAAGUAUAAUUGGCCCCCUUUAUUUGCUUUUACCGUGUCUAAUUCAAUAUGGAAAAGGUUUUAUUUUACAGUUUUGUAUCAAAAAUGAUCCUCCUUUUACUGUUAAAACAAAAAACCAAAGCACAAAGUCACCUGGCCAGUAUCUUCACACGUAGCAUGAAAAAGAAACCUCAAAUUUCAUUUUUUUCCCAUAUUCUUUUAAUCAUUCUGAUCAGACAUUUAAAAGAUGUUUACAGGCAGAAGUGAGGAGUUAAAUUUUUCAAAAUAAAAGCCAAAAGGAUCAGAGAGUUGCAAGUAUUGAACACAGAACCUAUGAAUCAGAGUUAACAUCUGAGGGCUGCAGGAGUGACACAAAAAAAUCUGUUUUUUUAUUCAGGCUUGGAGUCAUUCAGAAAACAUUAAAAGAGUUCAGUCAAAUGUAGCUCCAUGUGAAGAGGGAGUUUGUGUUUUUGAAAUGUGACUCAUUGCACUAAUAAAAUUGGGUUUUACGAAAUUUUCUCUCUGACAUGAGGAAAUAUGAAGUUAGAAACACAUUUUCAGCCCAGAUGACCAAACACAGUGAGGUAUUCUUCACUCUCAAAUCUUUUACAGCCAGGAGAAAAAUCCUCCUUCAUAAACUAUUGUGAAACAGUCAGAGAAAGUUUUGACUAAAAGGAAAAGUAAGAUCCUCCUCUGAAACAAGACAAGACAGAAAGACUUCAAUAUGACAUCUACUGUGAUUUUCUUAAAAUGACUUCAACUUUAACAAAACUCACUGUGAGACAAAAGGGUUUCAUUUAAAAUGUAUGCAACUGCUGAAACAUAAGUGUCUAUCAGUUUCCAUAACAGCUGGUUCAUGCAGACUUGCUACAGUUUUUAUGAGACAUGGCUUUAUAACAAUAGGGUGACCAUAUGUCCUCUUUUACUCAGACAUGUCCUCUUUUCAGGGGGCUGUCUGGCUUUGUCUGGGGUAGAUUAUAAAAUCAUUCAAAUGUCUGGAGUUUUGUGCGGAAGUUUUGAGUUUGCGUCAUGUGGACUUACUGAGUUAGAAGCCAACCCGAAAAACUCAAAAUUUACUAAGCCCAACUCCGUGACUCCGCCCCCUUGUAAUUGUGUCUUUAUUUUGGGGAUUCAGAAUAUGGUCACCCUGUAUAACAAACUUUUAAAAACUUCCAAGCUCAUAAUUUUUGUUUGCCUUCACCAACCUGCUCCUGUAUCUUAAACCUUGAAGCUAAAUUUCCUUGAACUUGUUUUCACUGCUGUCCCAAAUUCAGCUUCUGUGGAAGAUCUGCAGCCUCUCAGUUUCUCCAGGAGGAGGCUAUCAAGAAAUGCAGCUGCAGUUCGUCUUUUAGGGGGGGCUGUGUGCAGUGCUGGUAUUUGUUUGUUUUUGCAACCAACAACAGAUCAGUUGACGGAUCUGGUUCUAACCUUUGACAUCUUGACCCCGCAGCACUGAAAGAGGAGUGGGAGUGGUUUUGCAUGCAUGUGUAUGGAAAUCUUCCUGUCGUUGCAUCAUCACAGAAGCACAUUUAAACCUCCUUGUACAUAGGAGGCUAUAGAGACAUUGCGAGACUUUUUACUUCCACAUUCUCGGAUUUGUUGUUGCUGCAGGGUGGCUUCAGUAUAAAUGCAGGGGCAAAGUUUUAAAGUCAUAAAAUUAGAC